GAGUCGCGGGCGUCGUGCUUCUUGAGCGCCGCCGCGCCGUCGGAAAGGCGAGCCGCCGAGGGGCGGAGAGAGGCCGAAGGAGGCGGGUGAAGAGGGUGCCAUGUGAGUCGGAGAAGCAAAAGGCAGGUGGGAAAGCCAGCAGGAUGGAGAGGGGCCGAGGCAAGAGGAGAAAGAGCCAGCCGCGGCGGCUGCUCCUGUUUCCAGCCGGCUGCACUUUUGACGCUGUCCAGCUCUCCAAAGCCAAGCGCCAUGUAAAGCGGCAACUCUUCUAAACUUGGGCGUAGGCGGAGAAGUAAUUGGGUGAGCUAGGCAAGGGGAAGAAUCCCAGUUCCUCCGGACUUCUUUUCUCUCUCUCUCUCUGCGCCCCCUUCUUUUCUGGAUAGGCUGAAGAAGCUGCGGGGACGGCGCGGCCGAGGCUAAGAGCGCACCUCACUUUCCGAAGAGGGACCCGCACGUGCGCCCUGGGCGCCUCCAGCCCUUGAGACCCGGGCGCGGCGCUGGGCGAAGUGUGACUGGGCGAGAAGCGAGCUGAGCGAGGGCGCGGAGGUCCCUAACCUGGCGCGGGCGUCGAAGUGUCGCGGCGGAGCCCCUCUCGGUCCCCUUCCUCAGGCCAUGAUGCCGGGCUGACCGGCUUCGGGGCUGGUGCCUCUCCAUGCGGUGACGGUGUCCUCUCCAUCUUGCCAGCGCUAUGGCCGGGGCGUCUGGCGGGGACCGUGCCAUGGUGUCUCCGGCCACGAUCCCCGGCGGCGGCGUGGAAGCCCAGCGGGUGGAGUUCGUGGCCCUUACAGCCGUGCAGACGGAGAAAAACGACGUCCCUGCCGCCGGCAGCCCCAGGCGCCUGGGGCUCCUCGGGACGCCGCUGCCGGUUCCCCCGGGGGGCUCCGGAGCCCGAUCCGCCUCCAACAAGCGCUACCGGCGCCUCCAGAACUGUCUCUACAAUGUGCUGGAAAGACCCCGAGGUUGGGCGUUUAUCUAUCACGCCUUCAUGUGAGUACUGGACCCCCCAGACCCUUCCCGGCCAACCUGAAACUUUCCCCUAAGGGUCUUUGCAUAUGAAAGGUGCCUCUUUGCAUGGGGUUCCGCCAUCCAGGGGUGCCAACUUGAAUAAAAUAUUGUGGGGGCCCAGGUAAGCCCCACACCACAUAAUCGAUCACAUGACUCAGUGCACACACAUCAUUUGAAUGGGAAUGCCCAGCCCCCUCAAAUAUUUUAUUGUGGGGGCUGAAGCCCCCGUGGUCCCUAGAGUUGGAUCCUAUGCCACCAUCCACCCAUGCACCCAACUCUUUAACUCCUCCGUUCUCCCUGUCCCAUCUUUUAACAGGCCCAGAACUAAAGACCAUGUUCCUCUCUGUGUCUUUCCUCCUCCCCUUUCAGUAUUAAGAUAUAUUCCAGCUAUUCUUACCGCUUCCCACAGUUUUAUGCUUAGAGAGGAAACAUGGGGUGAGGGGCGAGAGGACUCACUAAAUAAGAGAUGUUCUGGUGGAGCUUGCUUCCUAGUGGGGCUUGCUUCCUAGUAAACACAGGUGAGAGCCAACAUUGUCUAAAGCCAACCAAGGUUUGCUACCCUGAGCUGCUUAGUAAAUAGCUUGUUUACAGCACUGGGCAGGUGUGCAGGCUCAUGCAAAGCAUAUUGAGGGCACUGUUGCAAGGGAUGCUCAGCAGGCCAGUGCUGCUCCACUUGUGAACGUGGCCCUGAAAGUCAACAGAGGGCUGAGCCUGCCGCUGUUCCCAGUCUGCAUAAGUCUUGUGUUCUUUAAAUUGCGCGUCUGUGAAAUGCAAAGCCAGAUUUAAAUGGCGCUUGGCAAAGCAACUUUUGACAUGACAUUUGGGAAGUGCAAGUUUCACCUGACCAGUCCUUGACUACGCAGCCUACCAUCUACAUCCUAUUUUCUUAAGGGCCCAGCCCCUCCUUCCUACAAAGGACUGCUGGAAUUGGAGGGCAAAGCUGCUUCUCUGUCACCAAAUCCAGAUCAUGGCCAUAUUCCCCUUCAGAAAUCCAUUUCCUCCUUGACUUCUGGCCUGCUUGGCCAAGACCUUUGCUUUCUUAGGCAUCUGUACAGUCCCAGCCUAUCUGGGAACUACUUUGCACCUGCAGGCUCCUAUUUGGUUUUCUCUAUUCUUCAGGAUUUGCUGUGGGGGCAGGGGCUCUGCUAGAAGAGGCAGGACGUGCAAACUAUUGUUUCCCUUAGGAAAUAUCUGCUGCUUCUUGGAUAUUUUGUGCAAACUGGAAAGGGCAGCGUUGUUGGUCCAGCGGUCCCCUGUUGGUCUUGGGCAAAUGCCCAACUUUACCACCCUCUUACUCUUGCUGAGUGGCUGCUGAACUGAAAAAAGUUGCACAGUGUCACGGUUAGAAUGUUAGACUUGGAGUGGAGAGACCUGGGUUUCAAUUCCUGUUUAGCCAAAGAAACUCACAAAGUGGUGCAGGCAGGGCCAGUCCCCAGUGUUCAAACUAGGCUAACUCUUUGGGCAUCUCUCUCUCUCUCUCUCUGUGUGUGUGUGUGUGUGUGUGCGCGCGCAAAAGAGCCAGCCUUCCCUCCAAUGAAUCCUAACCGGCAGUUUCCCAGCUUUCAUACUUUAGAAAGAGGAAAUAUCAUAAAAUCAUAUAAUUAAUAGUGAAGUUGUAAGGGACCACAUCUGGAGCAUUUUUAGAACCUGAGAUAUGAAGCAAAAUGUUCAGGCACUCUUCCUCUCAUUUUUGAGUGUCUGAGAAACUAGCCUGCUCUCCCCCUGCCACCCUUCUCAGUUUUUUGUUUUUUUUUACUUUUUGUAAAGUGCAUGCCCACCUUACUGCUAUGCUCAUGCAUGCCACAUCUAUAUCUUUGGAGGAAGGGAUGGGAUGGGUGUGUGAGAGAGAUCCUAUAUGGCCAAUGGCCCAUUCCCAUAUGCAAAUCCUUGCUUCUUCUGCUCCCCCCCUUUUCUUUUGCAAUUUGGUGUGAUAAAAGAGCCCUGUGUAACUCUGAAGCCUGCACGUUCUUUUGCUGAUCAAAGUUUGAGCCAUGAUAAGGUAUUGUGGUGCUUGUUUUGCUGCUCUGUUUCUUUGGCCAACACAGAGAUCAAUAACUUGAGCUGAUGCAGAUAGACAGGCGGCUCCUCGGGUCCCCACUUGCCACCCGCAAGACUUAGGGCGCAGUUUAAAAAUCAGUUUGGAAAAUAUAUUUAAUGAUGAAGCCAUUAUUUUGCUCUUAACUUCUGGUGGCAACUUAAGCAAAUGGCAGGUCUUCACUUACUUGAUAUCACUGAAGCUAUAACCUCCAAUUUGGCUAGGCAUUGUUCCCUGUAUUCAGUAAAUAGUGGUAACUGUUUGCAAUUAAGCAUAAGUGUGCCCAAGCUGUAUUCCUAGUCUGGUUAAUAAGUGGUAAAAGGGUUAGUGCUGCUCCUUCUGUGCAUUCUGCAGAUUGAACAAAGGGGCUUGGGGUUUUUUAGUUUGUGUUUUUUUGCCUUAAUGAUUGUGGAUAUGAAGCCAGGCAGAUAACUCACCUGGAAGGGGAGUGAUUGGCUGUGAUUUGAUGACUACUUACUUUUGCCUUAAAAUCCUGGGUAAAGCCAUAGCAUAGGAUUACAGUGGUACCUCGGGUUGCAGAUGCUUCAGGUUACAGACGCUUCAGGUUAUAGACUCUGCUAGCCCAGAAAUAGUACCUCGGGUUAAGAACUUUGCUUCAGGAUGAGAACAGUAAUUGCGCGGCAGCAGCAGGAGGCCCCAUUAGCUAAAGCGGUACCUCACGUUAAGAACAGUUUCAGGUUAAGAACAGACCUCCAGAAUGAAUUAAGUUCUUAAACCGAGGUACCACUGUACUCUUCCCACUCCCUCUUUCAUGUAAGUAAUCAGUUUCCAGGUGAGAGGUUGGGAGUGGCUGGAUCUAAAAUUGAGGUGCAACUCUGACUGUGCCCCUGUUGUUCAGACAUUGAGGGCACCAUAUAUCCAGUACUUUUCAGAGCAGCACAGCAAAACAGAUCAGGAGCUUACAGUUCAAAUUUUGCAGCAGUGGAAGCAGCUGAGGAAGAGACAAGGGUAGAAGGGAUGGAUUUUGAGCAAAAGCAGCUUGCCUGGACUCAAAGUUCAGUUUCCUUUUUGGAAGGAGAGCUGGAUUUUAAAGUGUUCUUUAAUUCUGCUUCUUUUAUAUGGAACGACAAGUUAGAGGCAUUAUCUGGAAGACUUGGCACCAGGGGUUUCCGUUGCCUGAGCCGACUGAGGGAAGGGAGGGCCAGAUCUCUUAAGUGAUGGCACCAAACUUUGGAGGCAACCAAGCACAUAGAUUUUCCCCUUCUUGUGCAUCUCAAGCUGUGCAGCCACAACAUUGUGCCAGCAGCCAGAACCAGUUCCCGGGCUGCCGGGGUGCAUUGGUGUGAUGUUUUUGAAUGGUAUGGAAAGUCAGUGGAAAGUCCACCCCUCCCAAAUGAAAGUUAACCUUAUUGAUGCUGAGAGAACCCUGUGGUGACAGAACGGCAUUUCAGGCUGUUUGGACAGAGCAAUUCCUGCAGAUCUCCCUGUUUUUCACCGCUGCCUGCUUAAUCUUACCCAGGGCAUGUUCCUCCCAGCUUCUGAGCUCAGAAAUGCACACUUCUUCUGCCUCAGGACCCAUUUUUCAACAAGAAAACAUGUGAAGUUGUAAGAUGGCAGUAGGUAACUCUGCACAUGAGUAACAACAGAUGUCUUUGAUGAUGCUUCCAUGCCCCAGAGCCUUUGAUCUCUGAAAAGUUUAUAUUGGCCAUACUAGCUAAGGGGAUCCUCCUUGGCUAGGGUACCAUUUAGUUGUGGGGCUAACAGGUAAAGGGGCCCGUUUGUGUUAUGCCAGCUUGUGUACCCUGAAAGGUACCUGGCUAGUGGCUGUUGGCAACGUCUGUCUGUGGAGGAAGGAUGAGGAACCUUUAUCCCUCCAGCGGAAGUUGCUGGACUAAAACUCCCUUCACCUCUGACCAUUGGUCAUGCUGGUUGAUGCUGAUGGGAGUUCAUACCUUACUUAUUUCAACCAUUUGUAUAUUAGUUAAUCAUAGUUGUCUCUAAAUAAUGAGUCCCAUGACACCUGGAGGACCACUGCUGGAGAGGCUUCUCCAGAUCUCCCUACCCUAGGCUGGCUCCUGCAAGGUCCUUCAGGAAGAUGUAAGGCAGAGUUGCAACAGGAAAGCUGAAUAUGAGGUCCAAAGGAUAUUCCUUCCAUCAUGGGGAAAAGGCUCUUGGUUUCAAUAGGCAUACAAUGCUGUUGGCAACUGGGCUUCAGUCUCCUGUCCCAGCUCCCUUUCUGCUGAUUCACCCCAAAAUACCUCCCUUUUUUGCAGAAUCUGAUCUCCACUACGGACAUGAUAAGCUCCUUUAUCCUGACUCAGACCAUUUGUCCAUCUAGCUAAGUAUUGCCUGCACUGACUGGCAGUGGCUCUCCAGGAUAUUCAGACAGCCUUUAUUUCUCUUGGUCCUACCUGGAGAUGCUGGGGAAUGAACCUUUUACGUGCAAGUCAGGUGCUGCACUUUUUCUGGGCCUCUGUCUUGCCCUACCCAGCUGCUCCUUGUGGCAUUAUUUAUCUCUCCCUCUAUUAGACCACCAUCUCUUCUCAGUUGUGUCUACCUCCUUCGCAGAUACUGCAAGGAGCAAAGCUAGCAUAGCUGUAAAGUGGAACAGAAUCUCUCCUUGAUUGGUGUGAUUGGUGUGUGAGACCAUCAGACUGCCUUGGCAAUCCUGCCCUCCAACACCCUGGGCAUUUGCCUCCCUGUUCAUCUUUUUAAAGAAGCAGUCCUUUAUUCCCCCCCUUAAUUUUGACAAUACAAUUAUUUGCUUCUCCACUGAUCAUAUUACCGUCUGAGUAGGGAUUCAGUUCGGGCUGUUCCUCUUAUCUGCCUUUGUCUCCAAACAGGAACUAGAUAGGUAACUAUUCCAUAUUCCUUUGCUCUGAGUCAGGCAGGGUGGAAGAUGUUAGUUUUGUGUGCCCUGGAGGACACAAGCAGCUGUUCUCUGCACUGGAAACUUUGGCUGAGGCUUUUUGUUUCUUUGGGAAGGUGUGUUUUGUAUAGACAAUCAUGAUACAAUAGCUAUGGCCUGAUGCCUAGGCAUUUUAAAUUGGUUUUAGCUUUAGGCUAUUAAAAGAAGAAGAAGAACUGUGACAUGCUUUGAUACUGUUAGCUAUACUUUCAUUGUUAAAGAAUUUUAUUUUUUAAAUUUCUUGUUUUGAGCUGCCUGAGAACUUUCAUAGAAUCAUAAAAUCGAAGAGUUGCAAGGGAUCCUGAGGGUAAUCUAGCCCUGCAGUGCAGGAAUGUCAACAAAUGCAUCCAUGACAGACCUCUGCUUGAAAACCUCCAACGAAGGGGCGUCCGCAUCGUCCUGAGUGAGACUGUUUCACUGUUGAACAGCCCUUACCAUCAGAAUGUUCUUGAUGUUUACUGUAUUUUUCACUCUAUAAGAUGCACCAGACCAUAAGACACCUAGUUUUUGGAGGAGGAAAACAAGAAAAAAAAUAUUCUGAAUCUCAGAAGCCAGAACAGCAAGAGGGAUCGCUGCGCAGCGAAAGCAGCAAUCCCUCUUGCUGUUCUGGCUUCUGGGAUCGCUGCGCAGCCUUCAUUCACUCCAUAAGACGCACACACAUUCCCCCUUACUUUUAGGAGGGAAAAAGUGAGUCUUAUAGAGCAAAAAAUACGGUAGUUGGAAUCUCCUUUCUUUUUUAAAAAAGUGGGAUUUGGUCAAAAAAGGUGGAAUUUAAAUAUUUCAAACAAAAUAUACAUAAAAAGCCCUGUGAGAUCGGUCAGUCCUGUUGAUAUGUGCUUUAAUCUGUUUUCAGUUUAUUGUUUCUUUCAAUGUUUUAAGUAGUUGUUUUUGCUGAUUCUGUUGUUUUAUUCAUUUUGUAAACCACUUUGAGGUUUUUGCUAUCAAGUGGUGUAUAAAUUCUAUGAAAUGAAUCAUUAUUGUCACUUUUAAAGGCCAAUUCUCACCCCUACCUUGUUCUGCAGCUUAGCAGCACAAACUUUUCUGCUGAUACUCUUUUUAAUUUUUGAAAUUGUUUUUAAUGUUGUCUUUUAAAUUGUUGUAAAUCACUCUGAAACCUUAGGGUGAAGGAUGGGUAAUAUAGCAACAACAACACAUUAUUUUUCAUCUAAGAAAGAAAAACUUUUUUCUUUUUCUUUUUGUGAAUUUCAUACAUACUGGCUUUUCCAGUCUCUUCCCUUCCACUCCCAAGUUCAAGGGAGAGAGGGUGUGCUUUCCUGCUUUGAAUUUGAAAAGUUGUUUGAAUGUUUAAAUAAGCUGGUUUAACAGGCUCAUAGGCUUUCCAGGAUUGGAAAGGACCCAGAGCCAAAACCAUUCAUUUGUGGGUCUCUUUUUCCUGUGCGUAAAAGUCUCUUGGCAUUACAAACUGUUUAAAAAACCCCGGCUGUGAGCAUCCAACUAAAGAGGCAAUUGGUGAAAAAUCUACUUAGUACUGUACUUGAGGAAAUGUUAUUUAUGUUAAAGCCGGCAAUGGACUUUUGGAGAGAGGCUGCUUAGUUUAAUUACACUGGAGGAAACAAAGAUUAAAAUCUUAAUCUCUUUCUUGCUGCCCAACAAGGCUGUCUUGACUUCAUUUGACUGUGUAUGUUGUUCAGUUUGACUUUAUGCAGGUUUGCUCAGAGCUAUCUUCCGUGAGACUUGCCGGGGGGUAAGCACACUUAGGACUGCGGCCUUAAAAGUUCCUUUGGCCAGGAUCUAGAGGGCAAUGGGGACUCAGUUGAAUUACACAGCAACUUGAGAAGCAAGUGGAAAUAUAUUUCUGUAACAGAUUGCCCCUCUGCUUUCAGACUUACGAUAAACACUCAGCCUAAUAAAUGCCAGGGAGAAGCUACUGUUUGCUCUCCUGCUGUGGGACCCAGAAUAGUAGAAGAAUAUUUUGCAAAAUAAUAAUUGCAUAUUAAAGAUGAUCCUGUUAUUGUAGUUAUUUAUUAUUAAAAAAUUAUAUAAUAAUUUUUAUUGGUUUUUACACAUAUUUUCCAGCAUAUCAUUCUUUUAAACAUCAUUUCAAAAUCUUUGGCUGUCACCACCUAAGACUUCCUUCAACCUCAACUGAUGGUUUUCUAAAAUCUUUUCUAAUUAUGCAUUUUGUUACUAUAGUUAUUGCUAUAACUUCAAAUCUUAAAACCUAUUCUUUUCACAAUAAUUUAUAUAUUAUUCCUUACAAAACUUCUUUUAACCCUACAAGCGAUGGCAAUUGAUUACAGUUGCUUUCCAAAUAUAUCGAAAACUUCUUCCAUUCCUUUAGGAAAGCCUGGUCCUGCUGGUUCCGAAUUUUCCUGGUUAAUCUCGCCAUCUCACAGAUAUUUAUUAAAUUGGGGCAUGGGUGGCUCUGUGGUCUCAACCACUGAGCCCCUCGGACUUUCCAAUCGGAAGGUCGGCGGUUCGAAUCUGCACAAUGGGGAGAGCUCCCAUUGCUCCGUCCCAGCUCCUGCCAACCUAGCAAUUUGAAAGCAUACCAGUGCAAGUAGAUAAAUAGGUACCGCUGUGGUGGGAAGAUAAAUGGUGUUUCAGUGCGUUCUGAUUUCCGUCACAGUGUCCUGUUGUGCCAGAAGCAGUUUAGUCAUGCUGGCCACAUGACUCGGAAAGCUGCCUGUGGACAAACACCAGCUUCCUCAGCCUGAAAGUGAGAUGAGCGCCGCAACCCCAUAGUCCCCAUUUAUUUAAUUAAUUUAGCUUCUGCCUUUUUCUCAGUCAGGAUGCAAGGCAGCUCAGAGCAUAAAUGAAAACAAAUACAGCUAAAUCCACACAAUCAAUAUAAAUAUUGUUAAAAAUUAAAUACUGUAAUUAAAAGCAGUACAAAACACUUAAAAGCAUUUAAAAGCAAAAACUAAGAAAAGAAAAAAAUCCUUCUUGACACUGUAUAUAGAUGGUCGUUUUGCAAUUGUACCCAAAGAAUUGGAUGUUGCAAGAGUGGGAUUCUCUGGUAGUCUCUAUAAUGGUAGUCAUGAGAAUGCAGAUGACUUGGUUCUAAAACUUCCCUGGAUCAUGUCCUUUACUGUCUGUUUCAUCCCAGAGCCUUAGAGGCAGGUAAUAGUAGAAUAAAAUUCAGAUGAAGGUCCCACUCACGUUGCUGCACAUCAUUGACCCAUUUCUGUGGUCAAAGCACAUAUAUUACCUGUGUUUUAUUCAACUGUGCUGUGCUGGUUCCCAGUAUGGAAUUUGGCAAUGGCAGGAUAUGAUUUUAAAAGCAAGUUCCUAGUCCACAUGGUGAGAGAGAGAUGGUCAUAUUUGUAAAUGUUGUAUCUGCUUGCCUUUGGAACUUAAAGGACUGUAUGUACAUCAAAAUGUCGUGAAUUUCACUAAACUUUGGGUUUCCUUGGUGUUAGAAAUUUGGGGCUACAGCUUGUGAAUGCCUGUGGAAGAGCAUAACGGGGAAGAGUCUGAGGUGCACACUGAAAAAUUCCUAGUUCUAGGACUUACAAUAUACAGUUAAGAAGUUACUCAAAUGGAGGGGAGGAGGGAAGUCUUGAGAUUCGGAAGAAUCUUGUGCAAUAUUUGUUUUUACUAUGGAUGAAUAUGAAUGAAUUUGUAAAACCAAAUAAAAAUUAUUUAUAAAAAAAGAAAGAAAGGCCUAGUUCUAAUUUCACCACUGCUGUAAAGUCAGAAGGGGCGCUUAAGCAAGCUACAUUCUCAGUUUCAGUUGUCCCAUCUGCAGUAUGGAGAUAAUCUGUCUGAUUUGCAGCAGGAUGUAAAGCAUUUUGAACAUUUAGAUUGCAAUCCCAUUAAACUCAGUGGGGUGGACUUCCGAGGAGACAUGUAUAAAAGGGUUGUGCUUUAUAAAUGCUUAUUAUUGCAUUGUCCCAGCUGUAUAGCAGCUUCAAUUUGAUUCCAGGCAUAAUGCAAGAUGAAGACAUAUCUAUAAAUCCAUCUUUCAUUUGGCAACGGGUUGCCGUAAAUUGCUUUGGGCCAUAGCUCAGCGGUACAGCAUCUGCCUCGCAUGCAAGAGGCCCCAGGGACCAGAGUCAGUCCCUGGCACCUCCAGGUAGGGCUGAGAGAGGUCCCUGCCUGACACCCUGGAGAGUUGCUGCCAGCCAGUGCAGACAGCACUGAGCUAGAUGGACCAAUGUACUCAAUGUACUUACUAUAAGGCAGCUCCCUAUGUUUUCUCCUCCCUCAGAACAAGGCUUUGUAUUUGCUCUUCUUGAAUACACUUCUUUGGAAUUCUCUUGCUCAUUCUGAAUUGCCUGGGUGCUGCUUUCCGCAUUUGGCUUCUGUCUCUCCCUACAUCUGAAAGCUCAAGGUAGCUAACAAUAUUUUCCUUUUCUUUUUUAAUUGAGAUGGAAAUAUAUCAGCUAGCUCCACAAUGUGGAGAAUAAGAACCCCAUCCCUAAACAGAAUCAAUGGAAUAUUUAUAUCUUUUUAAGGUUGCAGAUUUAUUUAUUUUGAUUUGUAAAAAUAUUUAUAUACCAGUAUUCAUAACAAAAAAUAUAUCAGAGUGUUUUACAAUUUGUGUGUGUGUGUGCUGUGGUUAACCCCUGGAAGUUGCUUCUGCAAGAUGUGGCAAUGGCCAAACAGUUUCAAAAGCAGGGCAGACAAUUCCCAGAGGGAGGGUUUUAACAACAACAAUGAGCUAAGAGGACCCUCCAGCUUCAGGGGCAGUUUACCUCUGAAUGUAGGUUUCUGGGGAACAGGCAGUAUUGCAGGGAGGGGUGCUAUUAUUUUCACAUCCUGCUUGUGAAUUCCUGGAGAUGUACUGUUGUCUAGCCUAGCGUAUGGAACAGAAUGCUGGACUUAACUAGAGUUGUACUCAAAUGUCCUCUCAACAUUCUCUAUUUGUAAGUCACAGUUUUCCCAGCAGCCUCCAGUCGGUGUGGUACCCUAUUAGCAGUUGUAGCCACAUAGCCAUGUUUCCCCCUCUAAGGAAUAUUAUUUGUCGCUGCUUUUGUGUUGACAGUCUGGUCACUAUUUUGAAUUCUCCACAAUCCCUAAUGGGGUGGGGGCAUGAGUGGUAACCAUCAUCAAAAAAUGGUGCAGAACUGCAAGAUGGGAAUUGCCAUGUGGUCUUCUUUGAGGCAGGGGAGUGUGAGAAAAAUAUGAGACAUUUUCUCGGAAUAGUAUUUUGAGAAAUUUCAGCUUAGCUCUUGACUAUAUGUACCUUUGGUUUGAUUCAGCAAGUUACCCUUAUAGUCUUUAACUUAUAAAAACAUGAGAUAUAUAUAUAUAUUUAAAAAUCAGCAUUAUCAGGAAACUUGAGUUGUCAUAAGUGACCCUCUUUAUAAAUAAAUGGGAGCUAAUUGCAUGAGGUGGAAGUUCCUGGUACAAAUAAGACAGCUUUCGGCUGGCUGUUGUUUAUAGCUUUGUCUCCGCCAUCUGGGUGUGUUAAUACUGGCCUACUUUGCAGAACUGUUGUAGAGAUAAUUAAGAUGAUGCAUGGGUAAUGCUUUUGAAUUGCAUUUUGAAAUGUGCUGAAUAAAAGCUAAGCAUUUGUUAAAAGCAGGUUUGCCCUCUCUCCCUUUACCAACGCGUGCCACGUAAAACACACAUCUGAAUUUGUUAAUUUCAUUAACAAACUCACGCUCAGCAACAGCAGAAAAGACAGUACAAUUCAUCAAAUGUGGGCCUUGGAAGGGAGAGCCUCACGAGUCCGUGCACCGGGGAGUCUCAGAAUGAAGAGUGAUUGGGUUAGCGGCAAGCGGCGGAGGACCGCCUUGCCUCUAAUUGUUUUGUAAAGCCCACAAAAGCAUUAAUGAUCUAUGAGUUAAUAGCACUGGGUGGCGAUGUUUCUUGGGUUCAGCACAAAGGGUAAUUAUGCAAAACAAAAGGAGGAGUGGCAGGCCUUGAAACUUUGCAUCGACUCCCGUGCUGGGCGCAAAGAGACAGCGUUAAUUCUGGAGGGUUCAGAGGUGGGGCUGCCUUGUGAUAUCGAAGAUGACUUCCCCUCUUUUCCACCUAAUUAGAUAGCUCAUCUUCUUUGAGCAUCAGGGUUGCAGCAGGGUUUCGAGAAAGCAGGAAAGCUAUAAAUCAAAGAGCAGGUGUUACGAUUCCCCUGUGCUGGGGAUCUUGCUCCCUCCCCUCCCCCCAGUCUCUCUUAACUGGGUUAUUUUAACAGGAUGGAUAGAUAGAGAAAAAUAUCAAUGUGCAAAAGGAGAGAAGUGGUGUGCCUGAUGAUUAUUACUGAUCUUUUCCUAUUAGCCAUGCACCAAACCCCACUUUCAAAGCCUGGUGUAAUGUUCAGAUUCAUAAGAGGCAUAGUUUUCAUUUUAACCCUAUUCAUCAGGUCUCUAGCCCUCGUGGUGUGUGUUGUAGAUUUGGUUCUUCUCUGUCCCCUGAACCAGUUUCUGCACCAGUUUCUACAGCUGCUGUGGACCCCACUGCAUGCUGUGUAGUGCAGAAAAGUCCACAUGGAACUUGGUGCUGAUGCAGAAUUUGGGCUUUUGACAAUCUUGGCUUUUCAUUGUAAUCUUCCAGGUUUCUAGCCCUCAUCAUAUUUUUCGGUGUGCAUUAUUGCCUGCCUACUCACCUGCUGGUCUCUACAACUGACAGAGCUUCUGCAACUGAGUUCCUGUGCCAGCUGCCAAGCCAGAAAUAUGGGGGAGCUGUUAAGUAAAGAAUCAGUCUUAGUUGGUAGCAGCAACUGUUCUGUACUCAGCUUCUACUGUCAGUCCAUCGAUCCCUUUAGAUCAGUAUUGUCUACACCACUGGUCUUCACCUGGUGGGUUGGGACUCACUAGUGUGGGUCAUGGCCUGAUCCAAGGUGGGUCGCAGCAAGAGCUCUACCACCAUGCAAACAUAUAGUAAAAGGUUAAGAAACAGAUCCCCAAAAUGCCACUUAGUAGAGUUGUGUUUGUUUCGCUGUGAUGCCCUUGCUGUCGCAUUACAAAAUGCUUUCUUUCUCAGUCCCCCCAAAAGAGAUAGAAGUGAGAGAUUGCAUUGUUUGUAAGUUCCAAGGGUUCAGUAGUUGUUUAGUUGCUUGUUUGCAAAUAUUGUGCUAGAAAAUGAGAAAUCCCAGCAAGGGAUUUAGCAGGGUGGGAGGGAUGGCAGUGAACUUCCAAAGCACAGCAGAAAAUUCAGCCCAGUGCAGAAUGUUUCCUUAACUCCUUGAAUGUCAUGGAGAGAAGCUCUCAACAGAGAGUUGUCUUCUUAUCCAGAUCUGUUGUUCGGAGAAGGAGUCUCCAUUGCUACUGAACUGGUACCCUGGCAGUUUGUGGAAGUUAGAAGCUCAGGUCUUUGGGCUCCAUCCCUGGUUGCUGGGAAGUGGCUGGGGUCAUGCGGGAGGGGGGUGCUGAGUUCCACAGGUACAUCGCAUUGGGCUGAGCAGGCAUGACUUGUUGCAAACUGGGAGUGGUACAAUGAUUGACAGAAUUCCAAACAAAUAUAUAUUGAAAUCUGAUAAAUUGUACCAUGCUGUCCAGAAUCAUGUAAAAGGGCCCUAUACUGAGUGAAAGCUUUCUUAUUCUGUGUUCUCUUAAUUUAAUGUAUGAUGUCAGUCUUUCCAUUUCAGCCACAUGCCAUACCUUGUUUAACCAUUCAGUUAUGGGUGAUGUGUUUGUUAUUUCUUGCUUUAGAAGGCACUAAAAUCUUAGCUGCUAGCAAAAGAUUGGCAACGUGAGUUUGUGGGCUCAUUAACGCCAAAUAAAUCUAUGGAAACUGUUCCCAUGUUCAAUAAGAGGUCAUAUCUGAGGGAUGUAUUAUUUGCUAGAGCAGUCAAGUCCAACAUUUUCCUGUUGCCUAGAAUGAACACACAGGGGAAUGUGGCUCCACACAGGGAGGACUUCCUGUCAUACCUGCUCUGGAGCCUCCUCCCCUUGUGUGUAACCAGGUGGAUGGGCAUGACCCUAGCUGACCAUGUAAAAGGGCUAGCCACGCAGCCAUCUUCCCUUCUUCUCCUUUGGACUUCCUCUUUUGGAUCUUCACUUCUGGAUCUCUACUGCUCCUGGCUCUUAGCCAGCACAUGGCACAUCCUUACAGAGGAUGAAAGCAACAAGUAGGUUUUUUUAAAAAAAGGUAAAAGGGUAAAGGACCCCUGUACGGUUAAGUCCAGUCAAAGGCGACUAUGGGGUUGCAGCACUUAUCUCACUUUCAGGCUGAGUGAGCCGGCAUUUGUCCACAGACAGCUUUCCGGGUCAUGCGGCCAGCAUGACUAAACCACUUCUGGCACAACGGAACACCGUAACGGAAACCAGAGUGCACGGAAACUCCAUUUACCUUCCCGCCACAGCAGUACCUAUUUAUCUACUUGCACUGGCGUGCUUUUGAACUGCUAGGUUGGCAGGAGCUGGGGCAGAGCAACAGGAGCUCACCCCAUCAUUGGAAUUUGAACUGCCAACCUUCCGAUCGGCAAGCCCAAGAGGCUCAGUGGUUUAGACCACAGUGCAACAAGCAGAAAGUCUGAGACCUAGCUCCGACUUCUUUUCUCUACAAAUGUAACUUGUAACCACAAGAUAAAGCCUGCCUUCAGAUUACUGCUGUGAACUGAAUGAUAGCAAAAUUUUAUUGUUAUUUUUCAAGAAGACUGUGUUGUGUUAUUCUUAUUUUAAGAGGGAAAUAAAAGGGGAAAUUUACCUGGAACAAUCCAGAUGGGACAAGCCAGACUGGAUUGCUUAAUUAAAAGACUCCAGCUCAGGGGUAGGCAACCCAAAGCCUAUGGGUUGGAUGCGGCCCAAUCAUCUUCUCAAUCUGGCCCGCAGACAGUCCAGGAAUCAGCAUGUUUUUACAUGAGUAGAAUGUGUCCUUUUAUUUAAAAUGUAUCUCUGGGUUAUUUGUGGGGCCUGCCCAGGGUUUUUACAUGAGUAGAAUGUGCGCUUUUAUUUAAAAUGCAUCUCUGGGUUAUUUGUGGGGCAUAGGAAUUGGUCCUUUUUCCCCCUUCAAAAUGUAGUCUGACCCACCACAUGGUCUGAGGGACAGUGGACCGGCCCAUGGCUGAAAAAGGUUGCUGACCCCUGCUCUAGCGAGUCAUCAACUGCUUCACUAUAAGCUGCAAGGGAAUGUUCUCUGCUGUUUGCUCACUAGCAUGAGUGAGGAGGGAUAAUAUCAAAACAAUAUAUCCUCUCCUACCUUCCUAAACAUUCCCACAAUAUCCUGUAAAAUCCGUCCCCACCCCACAACUACUUCACCAUAUAUAUUCAAAAUCAGCAUCUUUAACUUGUCUUUAAAUUGCUUCAGGGUUAUUUUUUUAAGAAUAAAAUAAAUAAAUGAUGAAGCAGAUAAGGUAAAACCUAUCGUAUGUUGCAGGUUGGGGCAAAUCAGUGCUGUUUUUAGGCCAAAUUAAUUGUAUUUUGCUUUGAGCAAAAUAUGUGUCAUAAUCAGAAAUGAGCUGCACUUAGUACAGCGAAGAUUGUACUGUAUAUAUUUUAGUAUUUAAUAUUAAAAUGCACUUUAAAAUAGUGCUUUCUUAAGUUCAGAUUGCUUAAUAGAUGUUAUCUCCACAAUCAACUUAGCCAUAGUGAUGUGAGAACACAGGUUCUCUUAUGGAUUAGUAACUGAUUAAAUACGUAAUAGAAAGUGAAAAGGAGGAAUAAAUGGGCAGCUCUGAUGAAGGUGCUGGAACAACAACUCCCUUGUGAGGAAUGACUUCAACAUCUGGGGCUCUUUUAUUUUGGUGGGGAAGGUGAGUAAGUGGGGGUCAGGACUGAGUUUUAUAGAAGCAUACACCGUGUAGGAAAGUAGACAGAGCUUUGCCAUCUCUCUCAUAAUUUUAGGUCAUUGCAGCAGACUCAGUACAGACACAAAAGGCAGCAUUUCUUCACACAAUGCAUCAUCUGUGGGGUUCACUACCAGAAGACUUAAACGGCUUUAAAUGAGGAUUAGACACCAACCUCUCUCACCACGAAAGGAACACAAGUGAACAACACAAGCAACGCUGACACCAAACUCUACAUACAUUAAACAUAAUAGAAACACCGCCACCCGACCCCACCCCCAUCCAUCUUCCCUCUCUCCACCCCCUUUCUUUUUUCCUUUUUUUUCUUCUCCCCUAAUGCCUCAACAAAUGAAAUGGAUUUGUAAAAAUGUUACAGGAAAAAAAUAUAUAUACGAGGCAGUACACUUACUUCUGUAAAACAAGAAAAUCCUUAAUAAAAUAUUUAAUUAAAAAAAAAAAAUGAGGAUUAGACAAAUCCAUGAUGAAUAGGACUAUCAUGGCUAUGUACAUUACCUCCAGCAGGGAAAGACAGCUAUUACCCUCUUAUUCUGCUGAAGAACAUAAGAUGGUUCUGGCUGCUGGAUCAGACCAUAGGACAUGUAGUCCUGUUCCCACAGUGGCCAGCCUAUGGGGAACCCACAAGCAGGACCUGAGGGCAACAGCACUGCCCCUACUUGAGGCUUCUAGCAACUGUGGGAUUGCAAUUUACUUCCUAAAAGCCACCCUAAACAAUUCCUUAUAGUAUAAAUAUCACAUUGCAUUGGUUUUUCUGCCUUCCCAAAUGAAGGUGGGGACACAUAGCUAUCAUGGUUAGUAGCCCCCAAUAGGCUUACCUUCCCUGAAUUUGUCCAGUCCUCUUUUUUUAAAGGCUGACUUUGUGCUUGUGGGCUUCCUAAAAGCAUGUGGCCUGCUGCUGUGUGGCAUCAGUCUGCUGGACUAGUAGAUGGACCUUUGGUCCGAUCAGCAGAGCCAUCCUUAGGGGCCUGACCAUUAAAACAAUGAUCCAAGGUAGGUCAGAAUGGGCUGUUCUCCCAAAGGGUCUUGGACCUUUGCAGUCAUAACUGGAGAUGUCGGGGGUUGAACCUGGCACCUUCGACAUGCAGAGCAGAUGCUCUACUACUGAGCUACACACCCACCCCUACCAGGCUUGUUUUUUUUCUGGCUUAGCUUGGACUCUCAGCCUCAUAUAACCAUUGCAAUGAAUGCAGCAGAAUUUGGACCACUUGCUUUGAAAAUCCCCUUCCAGCAAAAAUGCUUUCAGUGGGGAAAAUGUUGUUGCCAGCCAGUCCUCACUCACAGCCUUCCCUUAAUUGCGGCACUUUUUCUUGAGGUGCUGACGACUUCCUCACUGGUGAGAUCGUGUUCCUCUCUAACCAGCUCCUUGGGUGAUCAGCAGUUAAACACCGGGGACCUGUAGUAUCCGCUUUUUUUGAGUGCGUCACUAACAAGCAGGAAGGUGGCAUUCAUGCCCUGCUACAGAAGCUCUGUUCUCCUUUCCAGGGUGGCAACCUUUCUAAAAAUACCAUUGCCAUUUGGGAAUCAAUAACACCAGCCGACGCCUGCCGUUACUGCUGUUCUCCUUGAUCUUGGAGGAGACGCAACGGGGUACCCUCCCUGUAGACCUCUGUGCAUGGGAGUUAAUGUGGAUUAAAGAGUGUGAUAUUUCUUACUAGUGAUACUUAAGGAGAAGGGUUGAAAAAGCCUCCACUGAGUUAUUAGGGAAGCUUUUGGGCACCUGCAGAUGUGAACCGGGAUGAAGCGAGUGUGUUUCAGCAUACCUACCCCAAAGGCAUAGGGCUGCUUUUCUUGAGCGUUAACGAUGAUUUGUGCUCAUGAUGGAAUCAGGGCAGUCUCAUUCUCCAUACUGUUUGUGCCUGCAAAGGUGAACACGUACAGCUUGGAUUCCAGUUCCCUGUAACUUCCUGCUGAAAUCUGGUAACUUUUUGUAAUGCAGAUGUUUGGAGUUCCCCACCACCACUACCACCAUUCUGCUUUUGUCAUGCUAUAGUUUUCCUCCAGAUGCAAAUGAUGUGGUGACAUUGGGGGAGCAUCACAGAACAACUGACAAAUUGGAAUGAUGUGGGAAUGAUCCAGUUUAUAUCCACCACUAAUGAAUUAUUAUUGCAUCGAGGACGCAUUACACAGCACACACGCACAUGCACACACAGAGCACCAGUCUGGAGGGGGCUCAUAAACUUGAGUGCUUUUGUGGCAAAUGGUGCUAGGAUGCUCUACAGCAAGGAUUGCCCAGGUGGGGCUCUCCAGCUGCUAUGUAAUGCAGCUCCCAUUAGCUCCAGCCAGCAUGACCUCGGAAUGUUCAGUCUGAUGGAACAUGGCCAGGAAGGCUGGGCCAAUGGGGAUUAUAGUCCAAGACAUCUAGAGAGCACCAGGCUAGCGAUGGCUGCUUGAACAAAAUGGGUUAUUUCCCCACCCCACACUCUUUUGCGCCACAAAUGACAAACAGACAGGGUACUUAAUCUUUUGUGGAAUUUUAUUUUAUAAAUAAAAUAAAAUAUUGUGGCUCAAAUUGGAUUUGGCAACAAUGCUUUAAGGCAGGGUUGGGCAAUUUGUGGUUCUAUAGACCAGGCAUAGGUAAAUUCUGGCCCUCCAGAUGUUUGGGGACUACAAUUCCCAUCAUCCCUGACCACUGGUCCUGUUAGCUAGGGGAGUUGUAGUCCCAAACAUCUGGAGGGCCAGAAUUUGCCUAUGCCUGCUAUAGACCACUGGUUCCAAACCCUUUUUUAACAUAUAGACCACUUGAAAAUUACUGAUUGCUUUUGCCUGUCAUAGUAAAUGUGAUUCCACCAGAAUUUUAAUUCGAAUAUGAUAAAAUGCAGUAUAAGAAAUAAGAGAAGCAAUAAAAAUACCACCCCCCCCUGCAAUGAUCCUCAGGGUUCAUAUGGGGAUUAAACUUGCAAUCUUGGCAUUAUCUGCACAAUGCUGAAGUUGCUUGCAAAAAUGUGUGUAUUAGAGAAAAUAAGCUAUAAACAUGCAUUAUAUUGGGGAAAAUUCUUGCAGAAAUGUGCAUAUUAGGCAAAAUCACAUACAAAUUAGAAGCUUGCACUAAAAUGCUGGUGAAUUUUCACGAGGACUUAAAAACAAAAUCACAAACUGAUGCAGAAAUGUAGAACAAACCUUAAGGCUAGAAAAAUGCAAAAAUGAGCGAAACAAAAUUUGACAGAUUUGCCCUUUCCUGUGCCAUUAAUGACUACUUCAUUUAUGCAACCCACUCUUGCCGUUUGCCCUCCCUUUCUCAUGACACCCCCCUUUUGGGUGGGGUUUCUUCACCUGUUGAUUUCCCAAUUUACUCUUUUGAAAAGUAUGUAGCAGGCUUUGCUCUUAAUGCCUCUAAAUCAGCUGGGGAGUGGGAUGGGAAUGGAACAGUUGGCUCAGCAGAAUUUUCCCGUUUUCCUGGAGGACCAUUUCAUUAAAAAGAGCAAUUUGACCAGAAGCAAAUUACAGGCGAGAGAGAGAGACAUUUUUCCCUAUCCUGCACCCUACCCCACCCGCCGCCCAGACAACGCAGCCGCUGUUUCCUUAGAAAUUGGAAGUUGUUCCUUCCUCCCUCCCCAGCUACAGUUUGGAGGCCUGUUUGCGUCUCUCCCUUGUUAACAGUUAUUUGAUGCAUACUUGUUUAGAGGACCCCUUGUUAAAAACCUCACCUUUUGGACUCUGAGUUCAGGGUAUGAUGAGACGGGAGCAAGCAAAUUGGUGGCCACGGGGGAAUUGUGUUGGCUUUAUUGGCACAUCUGUUAUGCUGCUUAAUGAAAGCUGCACACCCUGGCAAGCUUUGCCUGCACACCCGGGGGCUCGAGAGAUUAAUUCGGCCCCGAAUGGCAAAAACAACCAAUUCAGCAUUUUCCCCUCUCCCCCCCCUUUUUUUCCCUUUUUGGAUUUGUGUGUUGGGGAAACGGUGCUGCCCAUGGACCGACGUGACUGCCCGGGUAGCGACUUCUAGGUACAGUUGGUGGAGGGAGAUGGGACGGUUCUGUUUAAUGGACACAAUCCAGCAGGAAGUUCUCAAGCCCUGAGCAGUAGAACUUCCUGUUUGGUUUGUACACCAUGUGAAUCUGUGGGAGAUGGAGGGCGCCCUGUCAGAUUGUCUGCUUCUGCUGGCAAAAUGUCUUUCUGAAAACUUGUAGGAGCAGGGCCAGUCAGUAUAGACCAGGGGUGGGGAACCACGUUUCAGCCUGAUGCAUUCCCUUCUAAGCAAAGCUUAUUUGUGUUUGUGCAUGUGCGCCAGAGUUGCGUGGAGCGAGAGACAGAAAAGUGGGCAGGACCAGUGGCAAAAGUAAGGGCCUAUCCACACUGCCUCUUGUGCAGUGUUAGAAACUGGGAUAGAAAAGCUAGGAGCCAAAACGGAAUGUCUUGUCGCCAUGGGGUGGGGGUCAGCAACACUUUUUAUUUAUUCUUUUGGUAAGCAUAAACUAAUAUGUAAUUUGCAUAAGAGACACAUUGUUAAUUUCACAUUUUUAUCAGAAAUUGUUGAUUCAUGUUUAACUUGGUGUUUAUGAUAAGAAUACAGUCGUACCUUGGUUCUCGAACAGAAUGCGUUCUGGGAGUCUGUUUGACUCCUGGAACCAUUCGAAAACCAAGGUGCAGCUUCUGAUGGGCUGCAUGAUGCUCCUGCAGCCCAUCAGAAGCUGUGAAAGCCACGCUGGAUGUUCGGCUUCCAAAAAUCGUUCGAAAACCGGAACACUCACUUCCGGUUUAUGAUCAUUCGGGAGCCAAAACAUAUGAGUACCAAGGCGUUCGGCAACCAAAGUACGACUGUAUUGGUACCAUACUUCAGUUUUCAAAACAGUCUACCCUUUAUUGUUAAACUCCUUAACAUUGUUUAUCCUUAAUGUAUACUUCAAGGAUUCAAAGCACAUGCAUUUCAGUAAUUAUUGAGUGUCAGCCAGGCACAAAAAAUGGCACCCAGAGUUUUUGAAGUGCUCGCAAAUGGAGGAUCUUUAGGCACAAAAUGUGCCUGCCGCCCUGCUAAUUUCGAACCCUGCUUCUUGUCCUGCUGCUUUUUCCCAGGAAAGCCAAUCUUUAGCGCUGAGUUAGAGCAAAAGGCAAUUCAGAUUGCCAUUUGUUGUGAUCUUUCGCUAAAGAGCCGGAACUCGUGCUUUCUUGGCACAGCACACGAGCGGAAAUGUGGACGAACCCUGAGUGCAGAAACAGAUGUUGUACAGUAGGCUACAUUCCAGGCCUACAAAAGUCAAGAAUUCUUCACACGCUUUUAUUGCCCUCCUCUGCCAAUCCCUCUAUCCCCUCUUCCACACAUUCAAGAGGCAUGAUCACAGUUCAAAGACAGAUUCCUGUUAGGCAUGGAGGCGGCAGGGCCAGUGAGAGGUGUGGCUGCGGGGAAGGGGGAUAGCCCAGGCAGAAUCCCAAGGGCCGGAGAGAGAGGUCUUAGGGGCCUCAUUCAUCCUUUGUGCAUGAGUUUCCCCACCUCUGGCACAGACAAUACUGGGCUAGAUGGACUAGUUGUCUGACUCGGUGCAAGGCAAACUAUGUUUGUAAGAACAUCAUAACCAGAAUCAAGUGGUAAAAAUGACUGUGGAUUGAUGGACAUAGAAAACAAGUGGGUGACACUCUUCUUUUGUGAAGGCUGUGAUGGUGCAAGGCACGAUGUUGCCACCCGCCCAGUGAUCUUGCAGCUGGAAUCUGAUGUCCACACUGGUUCUUAGUGAAAAGAACAGCCCUGUACAAUGCCUGCCCCCAUCUUUUGAGACUUGAUAUUUGCGUCUUGCUUUGAUACUGGUGGAAAGCAGUUGCAUAGGGAAGGGGUGGUGGUGAUGAGACAUUUUGGGGGUGUGGAAAGGGAGGAAGACGCCACAGAAUAGCUUCAGCAGGCUACAGGUUUGAACACCGCGCAGGGAAUGCGCAGCAGUGGGAAGAAGGGGGCCCGCGAGCAUCUGCGCGCACUUGUUCCCCAGGAAGCUAAAAUAAAAGCCAGCUUUGUCAGCAGAUUUGCCUCCGAAAUGGAGCAGCUCCCCACCUUUCCCACCACAUCUACAGGGAGGUGCCGGCGAGCGCCUUGAGGAGAAGGGCGUAAAGGUGCUGAGCGGAGUUGCAGUGGGCCGGUGUGUGUUACAAUAAUAGCACAAUGCUUAAUUAUAAAGAGCCACCUGGCAGCAGGGCUGCCAAAAAGAUGACAAAUGGCACUUGAAAUCCCUUCUGAAAUAGCUAUAAAAACCCUUGUUCUCCUACACGUUAGGGAGAUGUCUCGCAAUGCAGUUGUCCCAUUGUUGUAACUUAAUACAAGGCGGUGAGGACAGGGAAGGAGGAUGGUGAAGGCAAUGUGUGGGUGUGCAGAGCUCAGCGGUAGAGCAUAUGCUUGGCUUGCAGAAGGUCCCCAAUUCUGCCCUUGGUUGUCUACACUUAGAAUCGCCUGGGGCAGCAGAACUAAGAAAGUCCUCCGCUGGAGACCUUGGAUUGCUGCUGAGCUGUGUUCCCCUGUGGCCUUGACUUGGUAGAAGGCAGCCUUGUGUCUUCAUAACAUCCAGGUUGAUCUUGCAGAAGAAACAUUGCCUCGUCUUGUCCUGCUUGGGAAAUUGGUAGGGUCUACUUUGAGCAGAGCCAAGAUGUGAAAGAGUGGAGGGUUGUGCCCAUAGAACAUGCAGUUGGGCCAGAGGGUGGGACUGCAGCUAAAAAAAAUCAGUCUGAUAUGUACUCUUCACUUUAAAAUGGAUCAAAAGCUUCCAGUGUGAAAAGCUGGAUUUUGCAACCUGUAUAAAUGAAUUUCCUUCUUCUACACAAUUUAUUCUGCUCUUCGUGGUCAUGGGGAGGGGCAGCGCAGUGAAGCCCCAUAAAUUCUUAUCUUGCUUUGGAGGUUCCAGCAUGUGUUCCCUUUCAUAGCCAUGAGGGCUAGAAAUUUGGUGUGUGUUUUUUAAAACAACAACAACAACAAAAAUGAACAAAGAUAUGGAAGUUGAAAAUCUCAGGAAGUUGAAUUCUGUGGUCAAUUUUGUAUUUGGUGGCUCUUGUGGAACAUAGCCUAUAAGUCACUGUGGCAUCCUAUUGUCAGGAUUGCAGAGGUCAGUGUCCUACACAGAGCUGUAAACAGCCAAGGUGCAAGGCUUGGAAGCUCCUACCACCGCAAAGGUGCUCUCAGUGGGUUCUCCUCCCCUUUCCUCAUUGACAGCACUUUUUCUUCCAAACCGCUUCCCACUACCUCUGAGAGUUUCUUUUCUUUAGUCUUGCCUCACCUUUCCUCCAAGGGGCUCACAUGGUUUUCUUUCUCCACUGCCCCACCUUUGUUCUUAGAAGAAAGAAUCUGGACCCAAGGCUGUGUGGGGAUUUGACCUUGGAGACACUCUUUACUAUACAGUGGCUCUGUGGCUGGCAAGUGAGAAAACACCUGCCUUCUCAUGCUGAUGGGAGCUUGCUGCUCAUCACCACCACCACCACUUGCCUGAGCACCACCUGGCAGCAGGUGAGGUGUCAAUAUUUAGCCCUUCCAGGUUUCUGGGGCCUUAGCAAUUGCCCAAGAAUCUCAGCCUCUUUAAAAGCUGCCCUGAUCUGCUUUCAUCUCCUUGGCCAGAAUUCCCCAACCUGGUACCACCCCUGCCAAAUACCAUCAGCUCUACUCAGCAUGGCUGAAUGAUGUUGGAACUGAUGGGAGUUCAAAUUGGAGGACACUGGGUUGGGGAAGGCUGCUGUCCAUGCAGAUAUCAAUGUAGUUGCAACCAAAGAGAGCAGCCAGAAGAACAAGCAUGUGUGGGAAUCAACUGGCUGGCUUCAAAGGAAGCAAAAGGAGAUAGAUCCAUGCAAAGAAUGGGCUGGUCCUACAAGGAGUUAAAAAAUAUUGAGAGGAGAAUUGGUUUUUCUUUAAUUUUAAACCUUUCUUUAAAAAAUAGACGCAAUUUUAAAAAUAAAGGUUUCAACAAUAGUGUUCCUUUAAAAAAUAUAACCUGGUUUUAUAAUCCAAUAUUCAAUGCAGAUAUGUUUGUUUUAGUCUGGAUCCAUUGUCCUCUAUUGAAGACAUGAGUUACGUCUGCUUUUUAUGUAAAAGAAUGAAUAGCACAGGGGAGAUAUGCGACACUCAAGGUCAAGUUUUGCAAACAUGACACAGUAGGUCAGCGUUUGCCAACCUGGUAACUGCACAGCACAGGGCUGAUGGGAGUUUUAGUCUAAAACUUCUGGAGAGCUCUAGGUUGGAAGAUGUUGGAAUAGAUCAUAUAGUUUGGUCACUUCUUUCUGGACCCAGGGGCUGCUUGCUACGAUUCUGGAUGUGUCAUCCUGUAUCUCACCAGGAUUCUCUAAUGCGCCCAUCUCAAUGAUCUUGUACUUCUGCAUUAUACUCUCUCUCUGUUCAGUUCCCAAAUUCAUGACUCUCUACCCCCUGCAACAGAAUGAAUGUUUACUUUCAGGACAAAGAUGGGGGAGGCCUUUAUCCCUUGCUGUGAUCCCAAUCCCAUUUGCUGUUCCCCCACACAUGCAAUUUUGCAGUGUCAGGGAUUCCCAUCAGUAGCAUGAGUUUCCAUUGGUACAAAAGGGGACCUGGACUGAGGCUACAGCAAGUAGCAAAGGUUUAAAGCGGCCAGUCCAGAACAUCUCCCCCUGUCCUCCUGGCACCUGGAAUUUUAGAAAACCCAUUCAGGCAAUUGCUAAUUGUAUGGAUGGGGCUUCUUCGAGUUCCCUUCUUUGAUUUUUAGGUUAAUGUUCUACAAUAGGUCUUAUCCAUCUUGAUCUCCCCCCCCCCCCCGACACUUUAAAUCAAUCCACCUGCUUAAAUUCUUUUGGAGCUUGGGGUGGGAAUAGUGACUCCUUUCUCCUUCCAUUCAACUACUGCCAACAGUGACCUUGGAAUGGAAGCUUCCCCUUUCAGACCCUAUGACCUGCUUGUUUUCUGGGAGGUUUUUUUGCAAACAAAAAGGCCAACUUUCAGGUAGAGGGUGGUGACCUUCUGCUCCUUCUCAGUGCUGUAUUUCUGUUCCUCCCUCGGCAUCAAUGCUUCAAAGACGCUGUUUCAGCUAAGCAUAACAAAAUUAUGUGUGUGCCCUUAGCUUUGAUAAAAUUUCCCUUGCUUUAUGGGGCUGGCUGUUUGAUGGAUAAGGUAGAGGUGAGCCGAAGCGUCGCACAGAACACUCAACAUGAAAUAUUUACAUCCAGUUGCUCUAGCGCCAGGGACUGAGUUUUGCCAUCCUUUUCCAACUGGGCUUCUGUCGUGGGGUGUUGCUGGAUGAUGGAUGGAUCGAUGGGCAGGAUGCUCGUGUGUACUGCUCGGCUGCUGAAAGAAAGGUCAAUUUAUUAAUGUAUUUAUGCUCUGCCAAGGGGCUGCGACUGAUUCUAAGGCAGGGCUGUGUUUCCACCUGUAGAAAUAUCCUCUCUGGACCUGGUUCCCCUCAGCCGCCCCCUCAGCAUGCAAGCUGCUGUGUCGGGGAUCCUUUCACUACUGGAUGGGAUGUAAAAAGCUUUUGCCCAUCCCAUAGUUCUGGUUUGAAGGUUCAGCCUUGAGGUUUGUGUUUGGGAAUCUCGGAGCUGCCCAGGAUUCCCAAACAUGCUCUUGAAGCCAGUGUGGUGUAGUGGUUAAGAGUGGUGGACUCGUAAUCUGGUAAACCAGGUUCGUGUCUCCGCUCCUCCACAUGCAGCUGCUGGGUGACCUUGAGCUAGUCACAUUUCUCUGAAGUCUCUCAGCCCCACUCACUUCACAGAGUGUUUGUUGUGGGGGAGGAAGGGAAAGGAGAAUGUUAGCUGCUUUGAGACUCCUUCGGGUAGUGAUAAAGCGGGAUAUCAAAUCCAAACUCUUCUUCUUCUUGAAGACCUCCUGAGAGGCUGAUGCUGGAGCCUUCUGACUGGCCUCUCUCCUGACACUGAGGACAGAGAAUUGGCCAAGUGUUCCUAAAUCUGAGUUGGCUUUUACACCUGGAGCUCGCAAGCUGCCUCCUCCACUGCACCACAUCCUAAUGCAGGCAUAGGCAAACUCAGCCCUCCAGAUGUUUUGGGUCUACAACUCCCAUCAUCCCUAGCUAACAGGACCAGUGGUCAGGGUUGAUGGGAGUUGUAGUCCCAAAACAUCUGGGGGGCUGAGUUUGCCUAUGCCUGAUUACUGAUUCUUAAAUUGUUGUCUCCAGGCCACUGUUGGUCCAUAGUGAGCUGGUUUUUGUCAGGUCUACAUAGCCAAGGGGGGAAAUGCUGGAGCACACAGUCACAAGUGGGGCUCCUUCUGUUUUCUGGUGCAGCCAUAUGGAAUAAGUGAAUUGGUGAUGAGCUGGAAGAAACUAUUCUUAAAGUUUGUUUGUAUCACUUUUUAAAAUUAAUAUUUUAUAUUCUUUGGCAAGGCACUUAAGAGAGAUACUUUUGAUUAAGCGAUAUAUAAUUUUUGCAAAAUAAACAAAGCAGUGGUGCUCUUCAGCCACAGCUGCUCAAAGGGGGACUAAUCCUUAAAAAAAAGUUAGCUGCUGUCUUGAGAAGAAAUAGAAUCUGGCUGUUUGGGAACUAUCAUUUAAAAUGUACUGAGCUGUAUGGUUGAAGGAGGAGCCCACGUGCUGUUGUCCAAAAUGCCCCCCUGCCAUGCCCCCUUGCCCAUCACUCACUGCAACUCUCCCCUGGAAGCCUUUCCUCAUCCAUCACAGAAGCAGAUGGUCCAUCAAUCCAUCCCCUGUCAAGUAGUUGCUGUUCCAUCCAGUUCGUACCAUCUCUGAAUGCCAGGAGUCUGGAAAGAACUGCUUGGAGCAUCACUUACAUUCUGAAGUGGGCACUGAGGAAGGGCACCACCACAGCUGAAAUCUGUAACCUAGAGAAGAGCUUUCAUUUUAAAACCAGAGGAUUAUAAGGCUAUAUGUUGACCAUAGAGAUAAUUUAAGUUGGAACAGCAGGCACACAGUCUGAGGAGGCUAGCCCUGUCAGCAACGUCCUUUCUGGAUUUUGGGCUGAGUUUUUCCAAAAAGCAUCUGCUGCUCUUUUACUUACAGAGGUAUAACUGAGGAUACGCUGGUGGUAUUUUGUUCAGUUGCAAAGCUGGGGGUAAGCAAUCUUCCACCUUCCAUUGUUCUGGCCGAGUAUGAUGGGCAAAGGCUUUGUGCUACCUUAACUUUAUAAAGAUUUAAUGACUUUGAUGGAUGACAGGUGUAGUGGGUUUUCGGGACAGGUGGCGCUGUGGUCUAAACCACUGAGCCUCUUGGGCUUGCGGAUCAGAAGGUCAGCAGUUCAAAUCCCUGUGACGGGGUCAGCUCCCGUUGCUCUGUCCCAGCUCCUGCCAACCAAGCAGUUCGAAAGCAUGCCUGUGCAAGUAGAUAAAUAGGUACUACUGCAGCAGGAAGGUAAACGGUGUUUCCAUGCGCUCUGGUUUCCGUCACAGUGUUCUAUUGCGCCAGAAGCAGUUUAGUCAUGCUGGCCACAUGACCUGGAAAGCUGCCUGUGGACAAAUGCCAGCUCCAUCAGCCUGCAAAGCAAGAUGAGCGCCGCAACCCCAGUCGCCUUUGACUGGACUUUACUGUCCAGGGGUCCUUUACUUUUACCUUACCUAGUGGGUUUUCUUUCCCCGUUUGCUAAUUUGCUGUCUCUUUCACACCCUGAACCCUCAACAGCUUUACAUUAAUAGCUAUGAUUGCUCCUAUUCAAUAGACGCAAGGAGAAAUACAAUUACUGCAAAAUGAGGUGCUUUUAGCACUUCUGCCCUGUCGGGACAAGGUCUGAAUGUAAUUGGUUUAAAGUUAGCGGAAUAAGAUUUAAGAUUGACCCUUUCUGACCCUUUACAGAGCAGGGAUGCGGGGCAGGAAGAAGGUUUGAUGGCCUACUCUGGGCCCCGGCCAGUGGGAGCGAGUUUUCUCACUGCUGUCUAGGAGUCCUGGGUGCCCUGGCAGGCAGGGCGGAGAGGCCUGGAGUGUAACAUGCAGCAAGAUAAACAACAGCAGCGGCCCUUGCCAUGGUGACGGCUAGAAACAAACGCUGCUCCACAGAAGGGUAUUUAUAUCCUUCGGAGCAGAUCGGAUGCCUUCUCUCCCUUCUCUCACUCUCCAUAAAGGUCGGCAGAACGAGGGAUGGGUGGAUUUAUACGACAUGCUGUUUAUAUAAGAGGCAGGCGGCCCUUCAAGUCCUCCUGGGAGCUGAGUGCUGGCUUGGAGACAGCCAGCAGGAACCCCCCUUUUUUUGUGGCUUGAGAAAUUAACAUGAUGGCUGUGGGUUGGGUUUUGGCAUGGCUGCCUGACCCAACACAUUUUGCAGCCUGAGGUAAAUAAGAUGUCUCUCUCUCUCCCCCCCCCACUUCUUACCCCAUGUAAACGGCUGCCUGGUGAUGGGCAGCAGGCUAGUUUUUGUAGUGGGGAAGGGGGAAGGACAGACUGUGCAGCAGAGGGAAAUGGCUGGGGGAGGGGAGGGUUGGGAGAAACGGUCAAGGACUGCAUUCCUCCAGCAUCAGCCUCCUAAGGUGGCCAUCUCAAUUUGCCCACCAACCAUCUCCAUCCCUCCCAACCUUCCUGGAUAUCAAGAUCUGUUUGGGACGACAAGGACAACACUUCCUUGGUAGUUCUGCCACCCUCAGGAAGUUGGGAGAUGGUGGCCCAGGAGGGGAGAGGGCUUUUUCUGUCGCAGCCCCUCAAAUGCAGAACUUCCUCCCCACAGUAGUGCAAUUAGCAUCUUGCUUGUACAGAUUUUCCCCCCUGUGUGCUGAAGACACAUCUCUUUAUGUACUUAUUUAUUGAGCUAAUGUGUGUUACUCAAUUACAAUUGUCUUUAAGCAGUGUGCAAGUAACUCACAACAAUAGAGAUAAACAUUAAGUUAGCCUUUGACUGCUAAGGUGCAGCAAUGUGUUCCCCUCCUUUACUGGGUUUAUAUCUCUCUGUUUCAUCCAUGGGGACUCUGUUCCUGGCUCUCGUCUUGUUUCUGGAUGGAGUGUUUUCUUCUUCUUCACUUACUCAUCCGGUUUUGGUGGGAAGCAAAUGAUAGCAUGGAAUAUAGCUUGGCGAACUGCCUGCAUUAAUAUUUUUCUCUUGGGUUGGGAUGUUUGAAACCCUCUGAGAUCUGUCUUGAGUUCUACCGAAAUCACUUCAUGACCCUUUGCAGUUCUUACACUCUUUUGCUUGAGCUGUUCUUGGGUGAAAUCCAGGGUGCUAGCAGCUAGUGUGGGACAUUUUCCUCCCUGAAGUGCAGCCCAAACACUGCUCCUUCACCCUGCCCCACACCAGGACCACCAACCCUUUAUGCAGUGAGGAACCUCGGGCUUAGGUGCUGGAAAAACUAUGUUUAAUUAGGCCAGGAGUUGGGAACCUUAGGCCUAGGGGCCACUAUCUGACCCUCAGGACCCUCCUCAAGCCACACCCCUUCUUCCCAGGCCAUGACCUUCUCCAGUCCUGCUUUGCACCCUUCUUGAGUGCUUUUACCUGGCUGAACUGAAAUAUGUCUUGAUAAUGCCUCUUGCUUUCCUGGAUGGAGAUUAUAGAGAGUGGUGUGUGAAUGCAGAACCUAGCCUACUGUAUAAGCUGGAUGAUUUAAUAUGAAUAUCAGGGUUAAUUUGGAUUGCAUACUUUAAAUAUGCACUAUGGAGCUCCAGAUAUUAUGUUUCAAUAUAUGCUGUAAGAUGCCCAGAAUGGCUGGGGAAAACCAGCCUGAUGGGCGGAGUAUUAUUAUUAUUAUUAUUAUUAUUAAAUUGCAUUUAUUGUUUCACCCACUUUUGCUGCUCUCCUCACCCACCACUAGCAUGUGGUCCCCAAAAGGUUGCCUAGAAAGAAAGGUAGGCCUUGGACUGAAAAAGGUCCCAACCCUUGCUUUAGAAAGCAUCACUGCAUCAUCCGCACCCAUCAGUUUCUUGCCUUUCAUGGAUCCCGCUUGUGGUGCUGCCCAAAAUAGGUUGCAUUGUCCUGCUGCACAACAGUGCUCCCCUCGUCAUCCUGCAGUGGGCCGCUCAUCCUAUUGUCUCUGGCCUGUUUUCUGGUUGUCAUUUUUUAGUGGUGUGGCAUUAAGGGUGCAUCCUUUUUAUAUUUAUAGUUGUAGCAGCACUUUUAGGCAUAUUGUUCUAUGGUAUUUUUUUGCCCUGUGAAUUUGGCUUUUAAACUGUUGCCAAGCUCAUUUGUAUUUUAUGGAUCUGUAAAUUGCUUUGACACAUUUCCUUGCAGAACGUGAGGAAUAAAGGCAGCAGUAGCAAUAUAAUUGCCUGCCGGUGGGCUGCAGGUCCCCAGGAGGCUUAUGAGAUGGCCUCUUCAUCUUUGGCCUCCCUUUGUGGUCUUCCCCCUUCUUUGCUGUCACAGUAUGCUGAGCUGAUGAGCUAUUUGUAAGAGAGGAAUGCCCCUGCCUGUGCGGGGACCAUUUGUGCUAAGAUCGAUCACUCGGUCCAUCCUGUCCCAGUCUCCCAGCUCUCUUCCCUUCUUGCCACCAACACUUUCUGACUUCAGAUGCUAAGCUGUGAACAAGGAGGACCUGAGACCAGACUCGUGAGAUUAAAGCCUUGAAAAUACUUUAAUCUGGGUGGGAAAGGGAAGGGAGCAAGGGCUCUGUCAGCUGAGAACACAGCAGGAACGUCUCUGAAAAGUGCAGCGCUUUUCUGUCUCCCCAACAACUUAUUUUAUUUUGUGUGGAGUGGAUAAGUGACACAGCUGGACUUUUCAAUGGCUGGAGGUAGUAUUAGCUAUCUUUCCUCCCACUCACCCGCAAAUAAAAAUAGCAGACUCUACUUGUAUUUGAGUUCUCUGCCCCCACCAUGUACACACAUUAGUUCAUAAGUAUUCUCCUCCUCCUGUUUAAGUGGUAUAUGUAGAGAGGCAUGCAAUGCCAAUGCAUUAAAGCAGAACAUGGCCUGGGUUCAAGUUCUUGCUGAACUGAACUGAACAGCGAAAGGCUUUUUUUGGGGGGAGGGGUGAUAAUUACUGAAACUUUUUGCAGGUUCCAUAGGAUGUUCUGGUGGGCUCACUGGCACCUAUGUGAUACCUGGUCUAGGGCAAAUUGCUUUCUUGGCCACAACUUUCCUCACCUGUGUAAUGGCUUUAGCCAUGAUCUACCACCCUAGGGUGACUGUACCCCCCAAAGGUACAGAUGUCCUCUGCAGAUGGACAGCCCAAUCUUAUGCCACAUUUGUUUGCAAGCAAAGCCUUCCUCUGUUCUUUGAGACUCACUCCCAAGCCAGUGUGCUUGAAGCAGCCGUGCAAACAUGCUAGAUGCAUGAACAGGUGAUGGCAUUGCUUUGUUUGACAUUACCACUUUGCAAAACUGAUAAGCUUUAUCAGAAUAUUUACAUAUUACUAGCAGCCUUGUCCUUGGCAUUGCUUGGGAAUUCAAAGGGGGGUGGGAAUCAGCACAGUUUUGAAAUCAGUGGUUAUAAUUGGUGCAGUGGUGAAAGGUUCAAUCUGGCAUCUUGAUUCAAAGUGGCAUGCAAGUGUGUCCAAACAUAGACAAACACCUACUCCUUGAGGAUUUGGUGGUUGUUAUUGUUGAUAAGAUUUUGUUAAAGCUUUUUCGUGAUACAGUAGGAUAAAAGAAACUAAUCUAGAUAAAAGCAGAAACAGAGCAAGAAAGAGAAAAGAAAACAUGGAGUCCUCUCUCAAAUGUAGCUCUUAACCCUUGUCUCACACAGAAAGUGGUGGAUCCUUCUAAAUUUUACCAGGGAGCUUUCCUUUCUUCUCCUGGUCUCUCACCCUGGGAGGCCUUCCCUCCCGUGCCUCUCACUCAGAGGAUUUGGUUGUGGUAUCUUAAGAUGUGUCCAGUUGCAUAGUGAACAAACGGCUUUCCAAAAUAUACAGUACAUGAAUAAAAUGGCUCAAUGGUUAGGUGCUGUAGGAAUCAUGUUAAAAGGAACGAAUGUCCAUGCAUUGCCUGUUGUCUAAAAAACUAAAUUAUGGUUUCUAUUAACAGAAGGGGCAGAAGAGAACAUAGUUCAAGUUUUGUUAUGAAGUUAUAUAAAUAAAACACACAAUCAAGUAUAUUUAUGUCUUUUCUCAAACUAUUCCAAAAGUUAUGAAAGGCAUGCCAAAUUUCCAUCAAUGCUUGCCUUGCUGGCCUGUUUUGGUGUAUACGUAUGUUAGACUUUGGCAUCCUGGUGCUCUGAAGCUCUUUUGCACUGCAGCUCACAUCGCAGGAGCUGAUGGUGCAUAUUCCAAAACAGCUGGAGGGUGCCAGGGUGGCAAAUGCUAACAUAGACUGAUAUGUAACAUGGGAGUUUAUUCAUAUACAUAGGUGGUGGGGAACUUUUAUCAGCUGAAGGGCUGCAUUCCCUUUUGGGUGACCCUUCUGAGGGCUGCGUGCUAGUUCUAGGGGUAGCCACAGGCAAAACAUGGGUGGCACAGUGGGUGAGACUCUUUUUGUACACUCAGCUAUGCAAAAGUUGGAGGUUUCUACACACCCCACAGACUUUAUUUAAAACUUGUUGAAAGUUCCAGUAUACUAUGUCAACCUCUAUUAAGGAUUACCUCUAUUUGUGUGUUUGUGGGCACUCUCAAUGACCUCUAUGAGGUUCAUGACUUAUCCUUACAGAAGCCAUGCUAGCUCUGCUUUGGCAUGGCUUGUUCUUCUAUAUGCCCAAUUAUGUUAUCCUUAAGAAAUUUUUUCUGCAGUUUCCCAGGGCAGACGUUAAGCUAACUGCCUGUAAUUUCCAGGAUCUCCCCUGGAUCCCUUUUUGAAAAUUGGUGUUACAUUGGCUACUUUCCAGUCUUCAAGGACUCAAAAAGAGUGUGGAGUAAGACCAGUGAGAGGUGUAGCUGGGAAGAGAGGGUCUAGCCUGGACAGAGUCUUAAGGGCCAAAUUGAGAGGGCCAUAUUUGACCCCCAGGCCUUAGGUUUUUUCCAUAUCUGAGAUACAUGAUAUCCCAAAUGGUGAUCAUUUCAAUUGGCCUGGGAAAUGUUGUAAUCUCCAUUUCUCUCCCAGCCACCAACCUCCACACAAUGUUAUUCUAGCAACUGUAAGGAGAUACUCUGCCAAAAUAAAAAAAAAUUCCUACAAUUGAGUCAGUUCUUCCGAUUAUUUCUUCCUACACACUACCCAGGACUUGCUCCAUGGGUUGGCAUAACUGGGCAUUUUGUGAGGGCCCACUAACCCUAGCAAGGGGCCCACUGCCAAGGGCCUUCUUGGACCGCCUGCUCCUCUUUGCCAUGGCAACCUCCUUGCUCACCUGCCUCUCUCACUUGAGACCAGACAAGUGUGCUGGUGGCAAAGAGGAGCUCUCCUCACCACCAGAUUUGCUGCUAUGGACUCCUACUUUAUUGCAGGGGUAGAAACCUGUAGCCCUCCAGAUGGUGUUGGACUCUAAAUCCCUUCAUCCCUUGCCAUUGCCAUGCUUACAGAGUCUGCUGGGAGUUGGGGUCCAAUGCUGUUUGGAGGACUGCUGGCUCUCCAUCCUUGCAUGAUAAGCAUUGGUGUAAUAGUUUUAAGAACCCCACUCUUAAAUUAAUAUACUGAGAAAUGGGGCAUUUUAAAAAAUUUUUAGGAGAGAGAGCACUGUUGCUCUUCUGCACAACUGUUGCAUUACCAUGCCUUGCUAUAUCCAAAUUCAUCGGAUACUAUUUUAGUAAUUCAGGUUGGCAGGCAUGCAGGACAAUUGAUCAAUCAGAUAUUGUCAGUUGAUCAUCUGUUGCUUGACCACGGCCAAUUAUUCCAAGAAUGCCACUGUGCAGUUGGCAGCUUACCUUCUUAAAUUUCAUGACAGGGAUCAUUUGCUAGCAAGGGCAGGAGGGAGGGAGAUAAUCUCGCCCUACAAUAGUCACGGAUAAACCCAACAGCAUCACAAAAAUGCAUCUCCAAGGAAUACCUGUGGGCAUCUGUGAACCAGAGCACAAGCAUCUUGUCACAGAGACCUGGGCUCAAUUCCUCACUCAGCCAUGAAGCUCAGAGUAAGCUUGGGCAAGCACUAUCUCUCAACCUAACCUACCUUAUAGGGUUGUUGCGAAAUCCAUAAUGAUGAUGAUGAUGAUGAUGAUGAACUAGUAGCAAAUAAAAUUGGGGUGGCUGUACAUUACCCUGAGCUUGAUAUAGGGGGAGGGCAGAAAAAGGAUGCAACAAUCCAGUCUUCCCCAAGCCUGGUGCCCUCCACAUGUUCUGGACUAUGGCAGCCAUGAGCCCAAGCCACUUCCUGUCUCCUUAUGGUGGACUUGCACCCUGUAUAAAUAAAGUGUACCCCACAAGUUUGGACCCCAGCAACGAAAACAGAUGGUUACUAGAAAAAGAUCUGUGGCAAACACACCAGCCCACUUUGUAGGGUUGUCAGAAGACAUAUUGAGUUAUGCAUGCAGGCCUUUCAACAUUUUUAAGCAGGGGCUGCCAGUGUGGCAUCCAUAAUUGGACAUAACCCCACAGAGGCUUUCCAUGGUGCCUGCAGCAUCCCCACCCCCUGCUCAAAGUAGACUUGAAGGAAGCAUUCUGUUGUAGCCAGAAGACUAGGUUGCAGCGUGUGAUUGGUUGCAGUUUGUAUGGGGUACCCACGACAGUUUCCCCACUUUGCAGAUGUACACAUGGGCCCCCAAAGGCUGGCAGACCCCUGUUAAUGCACCCUAUUGGUGCUGUGGCAUGAAGGGGCAGUUUCAGGAUGUUUUUUCCAAUAUAGAUCUGAGUCUUUAUUGCACAUCUUGUAGCUGUCACUAUUUGCAGUUUAACUGCAUAUCACACUGUACAGUGGUACCUCGGGUUAAAUACGCUUCAGGUUACAGACACUUCAGGUUACAGCCUCUGCUAACCCAGAAAUAGUACCUCGGGUUAAGAACUUUGCUUCAGGAUGAGAACAGAAAUCGUGCUCUGGCGGCAGCAGGAGGUCCCAUUAGCUAAUAUGGUGCUUCAGGUUAAGAACAGUUUCAGGUUAAGAACGGACCUCCGGAACGAAUUAAGUACUUAACCCGAGGUACCACUGUAUAUAGAACCAUGGCUUUUCUCUUCUGCUACUGCUCCUCCCCCUCUUUCUUUCUUUCUUUCUUUCUUUCUUUCUCUUGUUUCUUGGAUCUGACAGUCCUGGUCUCAAACCUGCUGCCUGCUCAGGACUCUUAUCAGCAGCAUUGACUGUUUCCUUUGCACCCUGGGGAGGAGAAGAAUCCUGCCUGCUCUCCUGGCAUCCAUAUUUGCAACAUCUGCAGCUUCUCUUUGCACAGUUCACCUCCUCAGCCUUCCAGCUCUGCUGCCUUUUUUCCAUUUUAAGGCAAAUCUCCCAUUAGUCGCCCUUAGCCACAUGUGACUCGCUCUCUACUAAGCAGCUUAAGAAAGCCCCUUUCUAGUGUGUGUCUGCAUAGAAGUACACAUUUAAAAAUAAGGGGGGGGGGGAAGAAACUUUCAGCAAAGGUUUUAGACAUUAAUGCCUAGCAGGUGAUCCAGUUUACGAAGUAUUCUUCUCAUACUCUGUACUUUGCAUGACCCUUUUCAUGGGAUGCUAAUCCCAUUUAGGGAUUAUUAGGCAGAAGUGGAAAGAAGGGCGGACUUCCAGGAUUGGGGAGUGUGGGGUUUCGCUAAUACAUAUUCCUCUCAUGAGAAAGGGUGCAGUACAAUUGAACCAGCUGCAAGUAGCCCCAACUUUUUGCAGUGCUUUGCAGUGUUUCACUGCAUGCUGAUAAGUACUUGCUAAUGAGUCCCUCCAGACUGGUUGUGUGGUUGUGUUGUGUGUGCAAUAUGUUGUUGAUGCAGUAUUUGUUUGUUUGUUUGGUAUACCACCCUUUAUCCAUAGAUCUCAAGGAAGUUCACAACAUAAAAUUACAAUAUAAAAACACAAAACACAUAAUAAAAAUAAGAACCAAACCAAACCAAAAAUCACCCCCUCCCACAACACAUUUAAAAGGUCAUUCGAUGUUAAUAAGCCAAAGGCCUGGUUGAAAAGAAACAUUUUCACCUGGCGCCUAAAUAGUGUAUUAGUGGUGGAUAUAUUAGAUGUGGUUGUUGGGUGUCUAACUGAGACUCUAGGUCUUUUACAGCCACAGCAGGCGCUGCAGCCUUGCGACAGUUUGACUUCAUCCCCAAAGGCGCACACUCCCAUACCUGUCAAUUGCCGUGGAAAAACAGAGACAUCCAACACAAUGCCCAUCAGCUCUAGCCAGCGUUGGAAGUUGGGAUCCAGACCAUUUUGAGGGCGCCAGCGUGGUGAAGGCCGCUGUAAAGGGCAUUUGUCACUUGUGGGCAGUUCACAUACAUCCGAGUCAUACGGCUGGCAGUAAAUACAAGUCAGACAGCCAGGAAUGUGAGGAAUUUAGACAAAGGGACCCAAAGCAGCUAAAGCCAUCAUCCCUCUACUUUCCCCCCCAACCCAGGCAAGGGAGUAUGGUGGGGUGGGGUAGGGGGGAGGCGUAUGCCAAACAUUUGUAUGGGGCCCAGAUAAAUGUUGCUAUUCUGCAUGGAGUGAAGUCGUGGUCUGGCUUGGUAUUAACAUUCAAACAAGCCCUGGCUGCAGCCUCUGGUCUGCCUGGGUUCAGAUGUCAAGCUAAGCCAAACUAUGGCUUUGCUCUUGAUAGAGUGGCAAUAGCAGGACUGGCAGAGGAGUGAAGCAACCAUUAUCUUGUUCACACUUGGUUUGGCUCAGUAUUAUGUGUGAACCAGGCUGGUGGCAGCAGGAGCGAGGGAUCUGUGAUAACCGCAAAUAAUAACCGAAAUGUGUAUUUUUUUGUUUACUCCCCCUUCCUUUCCAUGAAGUGCUGUAUAAAUCUUGAAGUGAAUUCUGUAAAUUGCGUGCAUAUUAUUCACUCCUCUUUUUUGGCCUGGCUUGAAUCUACUUCCUGUCGGCUUAAUUGCCACAUGUCAGUUGCCCAGGGUGCCACACACCACCAGUGGGAUUUUCACAGUUGAUCUGCAGCAGUUGCUUUCUGUGGCAAAUGGAACUGCAUUCAUUUUUACUUGUUGCAUAGAAAAUAUUUAGGGUAGCAAUUCUAUAGUCUUUCUGAUGGAUUCUGCUCUGCAAGCGACAGUGCUACUGAUUCCCCCCACCCCACUCCCAAGCUGGUAACAAAACUCAGGAGAAUAUUGCACAUGGCCCCCAGUACAGCUUAUUGUUGUCAAAGGGAGAUGGACAUUGCAGUCCCUGCACCAGGUGCUUCCCUCCAGGUUUUGGGCUGCAGAUCCCAUCAACCCUCACCCCUGGUUUUGCAGGUUGGCAUUGAUGGGAGUUUUAAGGAAAAGAUCCAGAGGGGGUAUCAAGUUGGGGUGGUCUGUGCUGUGCACUACUGGAAAGAGAGACAGAGAGUCUUUUGAACAAGGCACUCACCCAUAAUAUUAGGCCUUUCUCUUUCUUCCCUCUGCUCCUCCCAGCUCCCAAGUAUCAAGGAGUCAUCACUACUAUAAACAAUUCAUGCUUCCCUUAGUGCAGAUAUUAAAACAAUUAAGCUCCUUCAAGCAGCCUUCAGGUGCUCCUUGUCCAAUGUAAAAAGUCCCUUUUUGUUCUGCACCCUGGGCUCAAGGCCAGAUGUUUGGUUUUUUUUAGCAUGGAGUUGGGCUGGCGAUGCCUCCAUUAUGGACUCUGUUCUUUCAGGGACUUGAUCCUGCUUUGGAUUCACACUUGGACUUUUGGACCAGCAUACUCUCAUAGCUUCUCACCCCUGCGGCGCUGUGGUCUAAACCACUGAGCCUAAGUUGGCAGUUCGAAUCCGUGCGACAGGAUGAGCUCCCGUUGCUCAGUCCCAGCUCCUGCCAACCUAGCAGUUCGAAAGCACGUCAAAGUGCAAGUAGAUAAAUAGGUACCGCUCCAGUGGGAAGGUAAACGGUGUUUCCGUGCGCUGCUCUGGUUCCGUGCGGCUUAGUCACGCUGGCCACAUGACCCAGAAAAAACUGUCUGCGGACAAACGUCGGCUCCCUUGGCCAGUAAAGCGAGAUGAGCGCUGCAACCCCAGAGUCGUUCAUGACUGGACUUAACUGUCAGGGGUCCUUUACCUUUUUACUCUCAUAGCUUCUCACCCCUGUUUGUUUGUUUGUUUGUUUAUCUGUCCUUGGCAAAGUCCUUUUGAAAUUAUAUGCACAUUCAUGCCUAAACAUAAACACAAGCAAUGUGACAUAAGAGCACAAGAAGAGCCAGUCCAGCAUCCUGUUUUCAUAGUGGGACACCUAGAGGAAGCCCAGAAGCGGGACCUGGGUGCCACAGCCCUCUCCCCUCCUGUGGCUUCCAGAAACUGGUAUUCAGAAGCGUUGCUGCCUCUGGCAGUGGAGGCAGAGCAGAGCCAUCCAAGGUAGUAGCCAUUAAUCCAUUCAUUUGUCUGAUUCUCUUUUAGAGCUGCCCAGGUGGCUAUCAUUCCAUAGUUUAACUAUGUGCCGUACCUUUUGCCUGUCCUGAAACUUCCAUCAUUCAGCUUUGGAUGUCACCUGUGCAGAUGUACUGGAGGCAGAAUGCUAUGGUAUCUAGCAGCGUCUGAUAAAGUUUCUUUAAGGCCCUUGUGUGAGGUACCCUCCAUGCCACGCCCCCGCCUCUCAGCCUACUUCUUCCUUGCAGCAGGUCCAGGGGGGCUCUUGACUGAGGGACCCUCGGCAGGUGCCUGCAGAUCAUCCCUUGAUGUUGGUCUUGAGCAUGGAGAGGGAUUUAUUAUUUUUUUCAGCAGCUUCUGAGCAACCUAAUACCAUAUUCCAUAAGCGGUUUUACAAAACAAAAUAUAGGGCUCUUCCACACUUUCACUUGUCCCGUGCCUAGCAAGCACAGAUCCAAGAAGUUUUCUAGGCAUGGGUCUGAGUGAUUUCCCCCUUACCCCUCUCCUUUCCCAAGGAAAACCUGCUCUUUAGUGCUAAAUUGGAGCAAACAUCAAUCCGGAAAAGCCUAAAUUGCUGUUUGCUCCGAUUAAGCGCUAAAGAGCAGUUUCCUCGUGGGGUAAAGCAGUGGGACAAGCGAAAGUGUAGAUAAGCCCAAAGAUGAAAUAGUUGAAACUUAAGCAUAAAAUCAGAAGGUUUAACUUGAAACCUCUUGUCAGAGCUGGCUCCAGGUCCCAGCUCACAGAGAACCAACGCUAGCCGGCAGUAAUGUACAAAAGUCUUUAUUGAAGUACAGUUUCCAUUUUCAAGCCGCAGCGCCCCAGCUCUACGUCUAGGGGUUAGAUCGGCGAAGCUCCAUCUGAGUCUCCGCCCCUGUACACCAGUUUAAGAUUCUAGCCUUACUCCACCUCUUACGUCUCUCCUUUCUCCUCUGGGUCCUGCUACCCCCCGGGGUCCCUUCCUUCCUGGAUUCUUCUGACGCUGACGUUGACCCCCCUGACUCCUCCCCCUCUUUUCGGCGGGCUUUGGGACCUGGCUCCCUAUCCGGGCUGCCAACUGCGCCGCCCUCCUGUACAUUUGAACUUGGCGCGCGCGCCCAGCCUUCAACCUUCCUCUCGACCGUUUCCUCGCUCCCCGAUGGAGGCGUGGCCAAUCCUGACUCAUGUCCUCCCACUGGCAGUGCGCCGCCUGAUCCCGAUGCCUGGGACCCCUCUGGUGUGGACGCUGGUCCUGAUUUCCAACUGCUGCUCUCUGAGUCCCCUCUGGCCCCUUCUUCCUGGGGUGUCCCCCUCGGCACCCCCUUGCUCUGACCAAGGGAGCCCCUUUCUGUGAAUCUUCCGAUUCGCUGGAAAGACUCAGAGACCUCGGACCGCUGUCAUCGCUAACAUUUCCUUCGGACUCCUCCCCUCGCUCUCUAUUUCCUCCCUUUCCUGUGCCUCUGCUCCUGAACCCCUGACAUCCAUACCCCCUCGAAGCCCCCUUCCCCUCCCUCCUUCAGGUGUGGGUACUGGGUGCGACGUCGUUGUUGGGGUGAGUGCCGGAUACAGUUCGUCCCCCGUGGCGUGCAUCCAGCCGGAUAAGUCCGGCUCGUCCUCCGUGCUCUCGCCGACCUCAAUUUCCUCUGCUUCCAUCUCUUGCCGCCGUGCUCGAACCCAAGGUCCUCCCCCAACACGUCCAUGUCCGUCUCUCCCCCGGUCUCCUCCGGGGACGUUGCCUGCCAAGGACCCCCCAGCCACUUCCUGCGCCACUGCUCCUCUGGUCGAUUGUCCCACCAAUAGGAACGGUCUGAGGCAGACCCCGGGGUGAUCCCUCCGGGGAACGUGUUUCUAGUGCCGGUUCCUCGUCCGAGGUGAACCCCUGGAAUGUGCUAGCUGAAAAUGUGGGUGUGAAAAGCCAGUCGUCGAAAUACUCGGCUGGCAUGGGCCUGUGUGGGAAAGGGCAUGAAACUCGUCCUUGAGAAAAGGUUCGUCCAAGGCAUGGUCUGGCACCCAACUGUUGGCGCUGGCCGGGGUACCUUCUCUGGCGAGAAGAUAUUCUACCCCUCUUCCCCCCAUCUCGAGUCUAAAAUCUCUGUGACUUCGUUGACGGGUUCCCGCCUUGGCGACCCCCCCCUUGUGGGCGUUUCCCUGAACGGGUCUGGUGCCGUUCCUGGCUCCUGAAAUCUAUGAGGUGCUUUGGGACCUGGCUCCCUAUCCGGGCUGCCAACUGCGCCGCCCUCCUGUACAUUUGAACUUGGCGCGCGCGCCCAGCCUUCAACCUUCCUCUCGACCGUUUCCUCGCUCCCCGAUGGAGGCGUGGCCAAUCCUGACUCAUGUCCUCCCACUGGCAGUGCGCCGCCUGAUCCCGAUGCCUGGGACUCCCCCCCUACUGCACUCUGGUGUGGACGCUGGUCCUGAUUUCCAACUGCUGCUCUCUGAGUCCCCUCUGGCCCCUUCUUCCUGGGGUGUCCCCUCGGCACCCCCUUGCUCUGACCAAGGGAGCCCUUUCUGUGAAUCUUCCGAUUCGCUGGAAAGACUCAGAGACCUCGGACCGCUGUCAUCGCUAACAUUUCCUUCGGACUCCUCCCCCUCGCUCUCUAUUUCCUCCCUUUCCUGUGCCUCUGCUCCUGAACCCCUGACACCUCUGCUGAAAUAAUAAUAAUAAUACUAAAACCUCCUGAACAUGGGGGGAGGGGGACUGUUUGAAAUGACAGUGACUCCCACAAACACUACAGUGAUGGGGCUUGAUAUAAGGAACCCAGGUGGUCCUUAAACUAUCCUAGACUCAAGUUAUGGGCCUUGUAAAUUAAUGCAGGAACCAUGAACCCAGUAGCACCCAGGCAGCCAGUGGAAGCUGCUAAGCACCUGAGGCAUGUGCUGGCAGUAGUCUGUCCCCAGCAACACUUCCACAGCAAGCACGCCCAGCAUGAAAAUGAAACAGGAUUCUGCCUUAUUUUCUGCCUUAUAUCAUGCCAAACCAUAGUUCCAUUGAGCUCACUAUUGUCAACACUGACUGGUAGCAGCUUUCUAGUGACACAGACUCAGGUCCUUCCCAACCCUACCUGGAGAUGCCACAGAUUGAAACUGGGUUCUUUUGCAUGCAGAGUGUUUUGUUUCAAACCACCCCCCCCAACCCAGACCUCAAGGGAACUUUGCGUGUUGCAGUUUCUUGCUUACCCACUUGACUUUGGAUCGCCAUACAGUGCCCAAAUUCUUGGUAGCUGAAUGACGGCUGAAUUACUUUCUGCUUUGUUGCACCUCCAUCCCCUCUGAAAUCGCUUGCAACAUUUUGAUUUUUGAUAAUCUUUGCUGCUGGUGAUGGGAGGCGUUGAGCUCAUCUGAUUAAAGAUCUGGGCUGCUGUUAGAUGAAAUUAUUUUUGCCUGUUAAACUUAACUAUAAAUGGUAGGCUUACCCUGGCUUUUUCCUGGUGCGGAUUUAAUUUUUUUAAAACUGUCGGAAUUGUGCAGAGUGAUGUCUAGAGCUCUCUAGAAUAGCUAAGUUCUGAAAACAAGCAAAAGAAACAGGAUGGUGGUGCUAAAAACUUUCUGGAAGCCCCAUACCUUGUUCUUGAAACCUUUUCCCUAAUGGCAAAUGGUCUGGGCAUUAUGUUCUCUCUUGGUAGCAAUGAACAUAGGAAGAGCCAGGAUGCAUCAGACAAAUGGGCUGUUUCCGUCGGAAGGGAGCCAGCUUCUAUGGAAGCUCACAAGCAUAACGGCAAUGGCCUUCUCUCUUCUUUAUUCUCCCCUGACCCUGGGGUAUAGUGCCUUUGCACAUGGAAGCCCUACUCAGCUCCUAUGACUAUAAAAAAAGCUGCCUGUCCAGAUGUUUUGAAUUCCCUUCUGCCCCAGCUGGGGCUGGAGCUAAUGGGAGUUGCGUUCCAAAACAUCUGUAGCACAUGUAGAAGGUUCCUUGUUUCCAGGCAGGGCUCAGAAAGGCUGAAAUUCUGGACAGCCACUGUAGACAGAACUGACCAAUGGUCUGAGUUGGCACAGGGCAGAUUCCAGCUUUGCAGCUGGAAGAGGGCAGGACUGGGUCCUGUGGGGGUGUGUGUGAAGACCCUUCCUUGAGGUCUUCAAGCACAGGCUGGGCAGCAUUCUGCAGGGGAUGCUCUCGAUCUCCAAUUUCCUGUACAGUGGUACCUCGGGUUACAUACGCUUCAGGUUACAUACGCUUCAGGUUACAGACUCCGCUAACCCAGAAAUAGUGCUUCAGUUUAAGAACUUUGCUUCAGGAUGAGAACAGAAAUUGUGCUCCGGCGGCGCAGCGGCAGGAGGAGGCCCCAGUAGCUAAAGUGGUGCUUCAGGUUAAGAACAGUUUCAGGUUAAGAACAGACCUCCGGAACGAAUUAAGUAUGUAACCCGAGGUACCACUGUACUGAGCAAGGGGUUAGCUCAGGUGGCUUCUAAGACCCCUCCGCUGUCAGGUGCUGGAGUCAGGGGUAGGUUAGCAAUAAAGAACUUGCUGUUGGUGAAAUUAACUCUUUGUUGAAAGAAACAAAAUGGCUCUCUCCUAGUAGUCCCAGCAACCCUUCCCAUUAGGUCUUGCCCCCAUGAGGCAGUUGCGAGGGUUGAAGGUCCCUGCCUCCCCACUGCUCUCUAAGGCUCCUCCCCCAGUUCCUCCCCCAGUAUAAAACUAGUGUCCACUAUCCUGCCCUGCAUGCUGGAUUUCUUGAUCUCUUUGCCAAACCUCAACAAGUCUGCUUUCACUGGGCAAAAAGAACAAAAUCAGCCCAUGGUAGAUUCUCAUUUUUUCAGUCUUAAGUUGAGGGUGCCACAUUCCACAUCAGUUUGUGAUUAUUAUUUUUAAGUCAUCAUGAAAAUCCACCAGCAUUUUCAGUGACCAUUUCCCCUACUAUGGACAUUUUUUUUCAAGCAAAUGUCACUAAUAUAAUGCAUUUUUAUAUGUUGUCUCCUUUAAUAUAUGUAUUUUUAAAAUGCACACUUUCUCAUAUAAUGUCUUUUUGUGCAUAUUGUUUGGUUGGAAAACUGCAUGGCAAAGUUCAGAGAAGUGUGAAUUAUAAAGGAGUUUUUUGUGUGACGUGUAUUAUUUUGGGAAUUGCAAAUGAGGUAGGUUUGCAUCAAACCCUCAACCUUUCAUCACUCUCGCGCCCUGCUACCUGUAUCUCCUUGAAACUGGCCACGCUCUAUUUGGGCUCACCACCAUUCCUUUUAUCCUUCAUCCUCCCAGACUCCCUCUGGGCUCCUGUUUGGAAAGAGUUAACAUCAGAAAUGCUGAAUGGGAAGAAGGAAGGGGGCUUGUUAAUAAUUCAGAAGGGGAGAGAGUUGUCUCUUGCUGCUGCUGGAGAAGGCGAGAUGGUAAUUGUACAUCAUCAUCAUCAUUGCAAGAUCUUGGCCUAAGCUGCAGGAUAGUUUAAUCCUUCCCCUUGAAAUGCAGAAGGAUCAGCGAGUCUCUGGUCACAUACCCACCCAGCCACACAGAAACACUCCAAAGCUGUUUUACCCAGCGGGGAAGAAGGGAUGGGUGUGCACCCCAUACAAGGGCACUCUGGACCGGGUUUUUGUGCAUGGGUUUAUUCUGCAACAUCAUUAAUGCAAUAAUUGUGGAUUAUUGGGUUUAAACUGGACCAUCCACACGCCAUUCCUUUUUAUCAUUUGGUCUGCAGUGCUUCCUGAAUGUGAUUGCAUUAAUGCAAUCCGGAGGGGCCCUCUUGUGCUAUUCUGCCGCAAAACAACUCUCCCAAUCUGAACAUUUGUGGUAUGACACGAUACAGUGGUACCUCGGGUUAAGUACUUAAUUUGUUCCAGAGGUCUGUACUUAACCUGAAACUGUUCUUAACCUGAAGCACCACUUUAGCUAAUGGGGCCUCCUGCUGCUGCCGCGCCGCCGGAGCACGAUUUCUGUUCUCAUCCUGAAGCAAAGUUCUUAACCUGAAGCACUAUUUCUGGGUUAGCAGAGUCUGUAACCUGAAGCGUAUGUAACCUGAAGCGUAUGUAACCCGAGGUACCACUGUACAUGAUUUCAGCAGGAAACUGCAGGGCUGACGCACUGCUUGGAAACAAAGCAGUGCGUCUGCCCUGAAACCUUUUCAGGAGCAAACAGUAUUGAAAGUGGGAUUAUAUGAUAUAACUGUCCCAUAUAAGCUCAUGAGCACAGAUAAUCGUGAAUGCACAGUAAAAAGGACACCUGGAGGGGCCCAUUUAGACAGGGCCUUUCAGGUGGCUGCUCCCAGACUAUGGAACUCCCUCCCUAGUGAAGCUAGACUGGCUCCCUCCUUGUUGUCUCUCUGCUGGCAGCUGAUUACUGUGCUGUUCUAACAGGCAUUUGGGAACUGGCUGUUUUUAAUGAAAGAGCUUGUGCUGUGCUGUUUUUAUUGUAACUGUUUAUAUGGUUUUAAUAGAAUAUAUAUAUUGUUUUUUAAUGAUUUUUUUCUAGGUUCCAUUUCCCACCCUGCAUCCAUUUCCCUUUACCGGCUCUCCUUCCUCUGUUCACACAUGCCACCCUGUUACCUGAAUCCAUCUCUCUCAUCUUCUGCUGACAGGCUAGGAAAAAAACGAGCUUAGCAAUUCUCUUGCCUCCCUCCAUCCUAUCGCAAGUUUGAGGCAGUCUGGCUACAGAGGCAAGGAAGUUGGAGGAGGGGGGACAAGGGGAAAAAUGCAACCCCCCUUCUUUACCCUUUGUCAAGGGCUGGAAUCCCUUGUCAUGAAAUCAAAUACUCCGGGAAGAAAAAGAAAGGAAAGGAACAAGAAAGUCCCAACCCCUAAGGGUGGAGCCAUGAGUUGAUGAGACAGUUUCUGCCUGGAUCAAAGCAGUCUUGUUGCUGAUGCUUAUAAAACAGUGGGGGUGGGAGAGGGGACACACACAUUCAUGUACAAAAUUGCCAUGCUGUUGACCAAUUAAAGCAAGGAUGGGAAACCUUUUUCAGCUUGGGGGCAUAUUUAUUUAUAGAAGUAUUUGCAUCUUGCCUCUCACAAAACUUCAGGGAGUCAGACAACUGCAUAAAAACAUUGAAAAGCAACACAAACCCAUCAAGGGAUAUUUUAGACAAUUGCAUAAGCCCAGUGGCAUAUUUUCUCCUGAGGGCCAUAUUCCAGUGGUGAGAAGGAACAGAGGCAAAAUAAGAUGGAGGAAUAAGAAAUGUACAUUUUGCCUUUCUACUAGCAAGCAAAAAGGCCUUAUCAGAGUUCAAAGGGCACAUUCCAGCCAGGCAAAAACACUCAGGGUAGAAAGCAGGGCUGGUGAGGGGUGUGGCCUGAGGGCCAAAUAGAAUGGCCUGGAGGGCCGUAUUGGCCCCUGGGCCUGAGGUCCCCUACCCCUGAAUUAGAGAAAUGUUUAGCCCAAUUGAUUAAACAUAUUUACCUUUUUUUAAAACCUUUAUUUGCUUAGCAUCUUCAUAUAGGUGCUUCUUUUAUGAAAUAGUGGGGAUUGUGAGAUAGAAUCAUGGAAUUGUAAAGUUGGAAGUGACCCCAAGGAUCAUCUAGUCCAACCCCCUGCAAUGCAGGGAUCUCAACUAAAGCAUCCAUGACAGAUGGCCAGAUACAUGUCAGUAUAAUGAACAGAGGCCAGUACACUGUUAGGUAGAAAGAGGCCAGAGAAGAUUUCCGUUACUAACACAAUGCUCAUCAAAUGGUGGACAUGUAAGUGGAAGAACUGUUUUGUUUUGUUUUAUAUUUUGUCUCCGGGUUUGUUUUGGUUUUUUUAGCUAUGACCAUCUUUAACAGAUUUUUGCUGGUUGCUGGGCAUGCAAAUAGGUUUGAGAUGAGAAUGGAUGUUGGUAGAGCAGUUGUCGAUGGCAGAGAGACACAGAUGCUUCUUAAAGAUAUUUCACUGUGCUGUCUCUAGGGUGAAGGACUGGCAGGGGCUCUCAUCCAGGUCAAAGGUUGCAGGUUCCCCAAGUUGUCAGUUACCCCCCUCAAUUUUAGCUUUCAGAUGGAGUCUCUGCUGAAUGACAAAGUGGUUGAGGAAGAGAGACGAGGCAUCAUCAACCAAAAGUAUGUGUUGCCAUUAUUUAAUUCUUUAUGCAGCCCUUUCUGUUGUACGUAGCACUUUGCAGCAUAACCCCAAUGGUCAGAUUCCUGCCCCAAGGACCUCACAGUUGAAAAAAGAACAGACCAUUGGCUUAAAGUGCCGAAAUGCUCCGACUGAGAGUUGCUGGGGAGUGCACUCUUGCAGGCGAAUCAGGGUUUCUGCCAAUGGUUGGAUAAAUUGCCUGUGGUUGGAAUGGGAUGGUGCAGAAGUAGGCAGAGAAGAGAUCAGGAAAGCUAGGAAGCCACCACUUGAGGGUUUUUUACAUUCUGACUUGCUUUCUGGGGAUUAGUUUCAGGUCCCAAAGACUCCUGUUACAGCUGAUUCAACUGUAAUCCUUCACAUCAGCAACAAAAGAAGAGAAACUCAAUGUCAAUACUGGGCAGGCUCAGUCUUUCUCUUGGUGGAGGGGUGUCUGUGAUCAUGGCUUCCCCCCCCCCUUGCUAUAUUUAGCAAGUUGAUUGAUUCAUCUUGGCGGGUCUCUUUUGUUGGAGAAGCUGUUUUGGAACUGCGUCUCUCUGCUGAACUAGGGAAAGGGUUUGCAUGGAGAACUCAAGGGUCUUAGAGGGCUAACGUUACUGCCCCACCACUGUGCACUAACUUUUAAGCUUCUGCUCUGCUCCCCACCCUCACUCCUUGCCUGGAGAUGGUACCUGCCUUCUUGGGUAAUCUGGUUUGUGAUUCUCCAGGCAGUGUAACACAUUUGCCCAAGUGCAACGAGUUUCUAGAUUUGAAGCUGAGCAAGAGGUCAUCUCCAUUAAAUUGCUGAAAGUUGAGAUCUUGCAAGAGUUCAGUUGCAGAUCAGCAAGCUAACAUAUUUAGCAGAUCCAAAAAUGUUUGAAAGAACUUGACAUCCUGCUCUUUUUUACUUUUAACAAGCACUAUCAAUUGCACGUAUAGUGGUACCUUUACUUACGAACACGAUCUGUUUCAGAGUGCGAACAGCACCCCAAAAAGUCCGUAAGUAGAGUGCGCUACUGCGCAUGCGCGAAGCGUAACAGAGCACUUCUGUGUGUUCGGCAAACCUGGAAGUAAACACUUCCAGGUUUGCCACGUUCGUAACCUGAAAAGCUGCAACAUGAAGCAAAAGUAACACGAGGUAUGACUGUACUCAGAAGUUUUGUUUUGAACACACACAUUUAUGGAAAGUACAGUGGUGCCUCGCAAGACGAAAUUAAUUCGUUCCGCGAGUUUUGUCGUCUUGCGAUGUUUUUCGUCUUGCGAAGCACGGUGUCGGGAAAGUUUUGGAAAAGCUUCAAAAAUCACCAAAGUCUUUAAAAACCUCAAAAAAGGCUACCACACCGCAUUCUAUGAGUUGCUCCUCGAAGUCAAGUCGCAGCUGUAUUAACGGUGUUAAGAAAAAGGAAACAAACUUGCAAGACGUUUCUGUCUUGCGAAGCAAGCCCAUAGGGAAAAUCGUCUUGCGAAGCAGCUCAAAAAACAAAAAACCCUUUCGUCUAGCGAGUUUUUUGUCUUGCGAGGCAUUCGUCUUGCGAGGUACCACUGUAUCUUAAAUUAAUUCUGCCUACCCUCCCUUUAUGUUUGGAACUCCAUCCCCCAAACACAUAUAUGAUCCUUGUCUGUCUGUCUCUCUCUCUCUCUCUUUUUUAAAUGAUAUUUAUUAAAAUUUCAGAAACAAAAAAUUACAUAGUUAAAAAGAAAAGAAACAAGGGAAAAAAUAAAAAAGAGAAAAAACAUACAAAAUACAAAGUACAGAAAAAAAUAUUAAAAACACUUAAAAACAAAUUAAUCCUUCCGUAUCUUACAUUUCAUUUCCUUGCUUCCCUGACCUCCUCUCACCUCCCUUUUUUGUAUUCCAGUUCAAUUGGUUAAUUCAGCAAUUCCUUUCCCUCUUUGUUUUUGUCUUAGUCCUUUAACUUAAUAUAUUAUAGCUUUAGAUUCUCACCUAUUAACAAUCCAUUUUUACAUACACCUUUAUGACAUUGCUGCUAAAACCACUUAACUUCAUUCUGACAUCAUUCUAACAUUCAUUAAUUUUGCAAUAUUUCUGUAAAUAGUCUUUAAAUUUCUUCCAAUCUUCUUCCACCGACUCUUCUCCCUGUUCUCGGAUUCUGCCAGUCAUUUCCGCCAGUUCCAUGUAGUCCAUCACCUUCAUCUGCCAUUCUUCCAGAGUGGGUAGAUCUUGUGUCUUCCAAUACUUUGCAGUAAGUGUUCUUGCUGCUGUUGUGGCUGCCUGCCUGCCUGUCUGUCUGUCUGUCUCUCUCUCCAGCCUGCCUUCCUCUUUUUAAAUCCCAGCUCAAAAUCCCCUUCUUCGACAAAUCAUCUGGGGUCACUUCCAGACAGCCUGUUUAUUGAACAUUUGUUCUGAUUUGCUUUCAGGGAGGCUAGACAAUAGGUGCUGUUUACUGAGUAUUUAUUCUGAUUGGUUUGUGGGGAAAUUAGACAGCAUCGUUUCAGGCAAAGGCAUUUCCCCAUCACUUUCCUUAUCGGAAAAAGUUCAGCUUUGGGGGAGGGAGGAUUGAAAUUUGUUGUUUAAAAGCUCCAUUGCACAAUCUGAAUUUGCACAACCUGAAUUUGCUCAUUUGUGAUUGAAUCUUACCCAGAAGCUCCCUGGCUUAACCCCUCUGCCCUCACCCAUAAUCAAAACAAACCUGAGAUCCAUGCAACAGCUAUUUACUCCUAAUUUGCACCUCCUUUCUCUCACCUCUCCAACUCCUCUCCUGUCUUGGAUAUCUUCUCCUCUCCCUUGCCAGUCAGUGUAGACAAUAUAGAUCUCAAUGGUCUGAGUUGGCAUAAGAGAGCUAUCUGUGUUCCUGUGCCUUAAUUGCCAAUUUAACUCUUUGGUAAACCACAUGUCUUGCAGGAUGGAGCUGCUAGGCAUCUCUAGCUAAAAAACAAACAAACAAACAAACAGGUAUCUGGUCAGUAUAGCGCAGUGCUGGGGAAGUUGUGACCCUCCAGAUUUUGCUGGAGUAGAACUUGUAUCAUCCUCGAGCAUCUGGAAGUCCAGAAUCUCUACCGCACCCCUGGGGUAGAUAAUACUGCUUUGCAAGGACCAGAGGUCUGAUCUGAUAGGAGGCAGCUCCCAUGUUCCAGCUGUACUGCUGCUGCUCAGUUUCAUCGGAUGAUCUUGAGUUCUAGAGUUAUAUGAGAGGGAGGAAAACUUCUGUCUGCACGCAUUCCCCACACUGAACACAAUUUAAUAAACAUCUUUUCGUGUCCUGUUGAGCAGCAAAGGACAACUGGGUGCCGUCAAGAGGAGACAGUCCUCUAAUGCUACUUGGCUGUGCAUUAACUGAUACGAUUCUGAAGUGUAGCUGGUAACUGGCAUACUGACUUGUAGGAGCUGAGAGUCCCCCCCCCCCCGUUUCUUUAAACCAAGUGCUGUCAAAUUGUCACGUACACGCAUGUACCUAGUGUUGCUGCCUGUGGGUCUUGGGGGCAGUGCGCUGCCCUGGGAGAUGGAUGGUCUCUGCAUGCAGUUACGCAAGCUUGUGGGCCAGUCUUUCCAUGUGCCAUAUUUAGAAUUGCUGGAUCGGGGAAAAAUAUUUUUGCACAGUUCCCAUUCCUUUGUCUUCAGCAAUCUUUGUUUUCCCUUUUAUUCAUUUCUUUGCUAAUUGUGCCAACUCCACCUUCCCCCCCCCCACACUUUUUUUCUUUUAAGGAUGCUUGGAUAAAAGAAGGGAGGAAGAUUUGAAAUAGCUUAGCUUACACUCUUAAUCGGCCCAUUUUUGGAGGAUAUAGCUGCAUUGGUGAGAGAAACAGUUCUUUCAGACAGUAUAAUGUUUCUCUGUGGAGAUUUCUCCCCCUCUAAUUAGUAAUGAUCAAAGUCACUUUGCGAUGUAACAACUGGCCAUGAUUCAGAGACGAAACGGUAACAUUUUCUCCCGUUCAGCGCAAAAAAGUGCAAGUGUUCUUGAUUGUCACAAUCCACCAUGUCAGCCCAACCCCAGGGCUUUGGGUGCCUCAUGAAACUCUCAGUCCACGUAUGGAGUUUCUUUGUUUUUCUUCUAAUAUCUAGCACUGACAUUCCACCGUUCAUCGAAUGGCAUUGACGCAGCUUGCAAUGUAAAACGCUAAUAUACCAAAGAUGAAACAGGAGCAGUAGAAACAGCGGAUAUAAAUGGCAGAUGAAACAAGAGCCAACAAUUAAAAGCCCAAACAAAAGGCAGCAUAAAAGGCAAUUGAAAAGAUCCAUAGUACCAUUUAAAGUCAUUAAUAUGCAUGUGAGAACAAGAUGAACUUGGUGCAGCACCCAAAAAUGGGAGUUGCAUAAUUUGGGUGCCACCACCAAAAAGUCUAUUCUUUUUCUGACAGCCACCUGUCUGACCUCCAGGUGGCUAUUCUUCAGCCCGGGGUUCCUGCAGUCUAGAACUGAAGCAUGAAGUGCAGCAAGCAGUGGUGUCUGUUCAGUUCCACCAACCUCAUUCCACUCUCAACCAGCCCCCAUUCUUACUUAAAACCAGUCCAAGAGGUAGCCCUGCUUCCCAGCUUUCUCUUCCUCCUUAGUCUCUGUGUUGCUCUUGCAGAACACAGCAGGGCGGAGGAGGGAGACAGAACCAGAAUUAGUUAGCUGUCUUUCAAUGGCUCUAGUGCCACCUACUGUUGGGCUCCCUGCUUCCCACCCUACCAAUGGGCUUUAGCCACUACAGUUCAUUGACCCAGAGUGGGAGGCCAAGUUUUCCACAUUCAUCCCUGAGCCAAGCAUUGCAAGCUUUAAAGGUUCUGUUGGUUUUGCAGCACUCUUUAAAAGAAAGCUCAGAGGGAACAAUGCUCCCUGGUUCACCCUGUGGUCUGACACAUCUUCCUCCCGAGGCCAAGCCAGGCAAAUUUCAGCAUGAGCCAUCUCUUCUCUCCACACACCCCAGGAGUGUGGACUCUGUGACCACAGAGCCCUCCUUCCUCAGAAGAGACUGGAAGAUAUUGAUAUGUUUGGCUGGCAACUGGGUCUUGUUUGCUCCUUCUCUCUUUUCAUUCAUUCAGUUUUUAGAAACCGCCAGAAUCGGCAGUAUUGAGAUCCGGCGGGUUUCUCAUUUCAGGCGCCUGCUCUCGGACUGCAGCGGGGCGAGAAUUUCACAUCCUUUGCUGCGUGCCUUUUCUACCCAAGCUCCAGUUUUCCAGCCCAACUUGAGAAGUUUUCCAAAAGGCCAAAAGGACAGGACUCACUGUUUUCAUUAUUCUUUUAGUAUCUCUCACGUGUUUCCAACAACACAAACUCUGCUACUGAGUUCAUGCAGCCUGCAGAGUCCUGUAGUGAAGGUGUUUUGUGGACUGUGCCAUCUCAGGCUGCAGCUGGAGAGGAGUCUGACUCCUUGUCCCAAGAAGAAAUCUCCCUGCAUGGAGAACUCUAGCAUGCAGUGGAGAAGUGUUCACCCUAGCUUUCCUUGUUAUCUGUUAUCCCCCCCCAUAUGUACUUGGGAGAAGAUUCAAACAUACAGCUGGCUUUUCUACCCCCAGCCUGCAAAAGUUUUACUUCCAAACUUUGCUGAUUGUACUUAACCUGUCCUCUGUAGCAGAGUUGUCAGAAAUGGUGAGUGAAAGAUAUUGGGUUUUGUUUGUUUUUUAAUAGAAAUAAUAGCAACAGCUUGAUCCAUCUGAAGCUACCUGUGAAGUGCUUGGGAGACUCUUGUGCAGGGGUCAGCAACCUUUUUCAGCCGUGGGCCGGUCUGUGGUCCCUCAGACCAUUUUUUGGGGAAAAAUGAACGAAUUCCUAUGCCCCACAAAUAACCCAGAGAUGGAUUUUAAAUAAAAGCACACAUUCUACUCAUGUAAAAACAUGCUGAUUCCCGAACCAUCCGCGGGCUGGAUUGAGAAGGCGAUUGGGCCGCAUCCAUCCCACGAGCCUUAGGUUACCUACCCUUGGUCUUGUGCUUAUAGGUCAUUUGUUUGGAACCAAAAGGAUGCCUCUGGUGCUCUGUGGAGUUUAAUGCUGUUGGCUUGUUUUGCAACCUAUAUCCUGCUUUGUCUUCAAAAAGUACCCAAAGCAGUGAAGAAAACAAGAAGAAAAUAACCACCCACCCAUGAGAGAGAGAGAGAGAGAGAGAGAGAGAGAGAGAGAGACUGCAAGAACAGCAGCCAGCUAAAAGAACUAAGAGCUGCCCAGCAAUAAAACUGCACCUUGGGGGCAGAAGAGCAGACCUUCCAAGCAUGGGCGUAGCCAGGAUUUUCAUUAGGGGGCAGGCCUUUUGUUGAGGGCAGAACCUCAAGUUGCUAUGUAUUUUUCUUGAUUUCUCUUGAUGGGGGGCAGCUGCCCCUUCCCUCCUUUGGCUACACCCAUGUCUCCAAGUGUCCCUAUUUUCCAGGGAUGGCCUCAGAUUUGCAGAAGCCACCCCAGUUUCUGAGUUGAUCCUGUAAUGUCCCACUUUUCCUUAGGACUUCCCUAUUUUCACUGGAGAAAUUUCCAGAGGUUAUGGAGUUAUCUGACCCCCGAGUCAUCUAAAGGCAGCCCUGUAUAGGGAAGUUUUUUUAAUGUUUGAUUUUUAUUAUUAUUUUUAUAUAUGGUGGAAGCCGCUGAGAGUGGCUGAGGCAACCCAGUCAGAUGGGUGGGGUAGAAAUAUAACAAUAACAAUAACAACAACAACAACAAUAAUAAUAAUAGAUGUCCCUUUCGUUGGAGAAAUAUUGGAGGGUAUGGAAGAGACCUCAGUCUGCUGGGCAAAAGCAUUGCCAAAGAGAAAUACCAUCCAUGUGAGGAAUUCCAAACCCUGGGUUCAGCUAGUGAGAGAGUCUUCUUUUGCAAGGCCAAGGGGGAGUGUGUGUACAUACUGUCAUGAGACCCAGGGGCUUUGCUUUGUAGUCCUAGGUAGCUAAGGUUUACCUGUGAGUAUAGUAAAUGCCAAGCACUGUUCUUGAGUGGAGUCCUUUUCUGCUUAAGUUUACCUUGCAUGCUGCAUGGACAAAACUUGCCAUGAAACUGGGACCCAGGGUUUAAACUGCGCCUCAGCACAGGAGCCCCUGGCUUCCUUUGUAGAGUGUUCCACAUGUGACCCACCAAUCAGGUUUGUAUUGUGGCCUCCUGGCUGGACACGGCUGUAUUUCCCCACCCACCCCAGUCUCAGGCAGGCAGCCGAAAAGAAAAGACUUGUCAUGCUCCCGCUGGACUGUUUGUGCAUGGCUGAUGAGCAGCUUGGUCUGUGAGUCUACUGCCGACUUGCCAUAAGGACUAGAAGCUUGAGGUUGAAGCACGGCAGAGAACUGAUGGAGAAACUGGCCAAGGAGUGGUUGAUAACAGAGAGCUUUGGGCUUAAUGGGGGAAUUCUGAAUAGAUGAAGGACUGCAGCUCUCUCCAAGAGCAAAUCUGGCAUGAUUCAGAAAGACAUGCAUGGGGAAUAGCUGCCACACUCCAUGGAGUGCUGGCUUUAUUCACAGCUGUGACCUCAGGGGCCAUGACUGAUCCCUCCUCCCCAAAAAAACUUUGCUGGUCAUGCCAGUUAUUAGUGCAAUAAUGGGAUUCUGAGCCCCUUGUCACCACAAAAGUGCUUCCUUUCACCAGUCCCCAGAGAAUGGCUACAAAGUGUCCCCCCCCCUUUUCUUUUUAUAAGUGAUUAAAUAUUUAAAAUUCUGGCUCAACUCUGAUAGCGCUCAGAAUAUUACAGGCUGUGUGCGUCUCUUGUUCUGCUUGUUUGAGAUCAGCAUUUCCCCUGGUUGCUGUUUAGGAAAGAAAGACAAUGUGUAAAAAUGGUUUUGUUGCUUCCCCUUGGCUAGCUGGGAAAUGGACCAAUCAGAAGGGUUUGGCUCCCUGUGGCUGAAUUGAGCGGGGGGCGGCGGCCCUCAGGCUCAGGAACCAAAAGCGGCCCCCAAGACCUCUCUGCUUGGCCCUCAGGACCCUCUUCUUUAUUGUCACGUAUGCUGGUAGCUUAUGCCACACCCUGUAGUGAUGAAUUCCACCUGGAUUGUGUGUUGUGUGAAUAAGCAUUUCCUUUUGUCUGUCCUGAGCUUGCUGGCAGUGGGUUUUCCCUGAGCAACCCUGGUGCCAGCCUCCACAACUGCUGGAAUUCCUACUGAGACACUCACCAGUUUUGGAGAUUUUACCAUGCAUUGCUCCCAGACUUCUAACUUAUCUUUGUAGGCUAGAAACUUAGGAAUGUAGGAAGCUGCCUGAGUCAGACUAUUGGUCCAGCCAGCUCAAUAUUAUCUACACUGACUGGCAGCAACUCUCCAGUCUUUCAGAUGGGGCUCUUUCCCAACCCCACUGAGAGGUGCCAAAAAUCAAACCUGCAACCUUCUUGUAUGCAAAGCUCUACUGCUAAGCUACUGCCCCCCCCGCAAAAAAAUCCUUUAAAAAUCUGUGAGGUUGUUUUCUGGAUGCAAUAGAGAUUUCUGCUGGUCAUUAGGUAUUUGUCUCUCUUCUCUGAUGUAGCCAUGUCUUGGACUUGGUUUGCACAUAAAGGGAGGGGAAGUGAUAAAGUUCUAAGGUGGUAGAGUGCUGGGCAAGGAUCACAUAUUAGAACACUUCCCUGGCUGUAGUUAAACAUCCCUGCACUUAGAAAGCUAGCCCAGAAAGUGGUGUGGGCUAAAACGUCUCCCCCCUGAUGUGCUAGCCUUCUACUUGCAGGGAGAUUUUACUAUUGCAGGAAGGUUGCUCCAAAGUGGCGCCUCCCGCUGACAGAAGAAAACUUUUCAAGCUUGCAAAUUCAAGUCUCCAUCACCUUCAUUUCUCUUAAAGAAGCUGAGAGGCUUCAAUAAACUAAGAUAGGAUUGGCAUUUGGGGUGCAUGUGUGGCUAGGAGGUUCAAUGGCUUAUCCCCCCAGAUUUUGCAGCAAAAAAGUGUUGUGCCUCUAGCUCUGGUUUCCGAGACUUCCCAGGCUCCGUCAGCUGCUCCAUGCUGCCACCUACGGGCCAUGCCUCCCACCUGCAGCUUGGUCAGAUGCACUGGUGGCGAGUUCUUGAGGGUUCUCUAAAUUGUUGGUGCCUGAGGUGGAAACUCCAGCUGUCUUCCACAGGCUGUGACCCAGCGAGAAGUCCUUCUGAGGAGAGGGUUGCUGAGAAUGCUGGGUUUUAGCUUCCACUUCCAAGUUUCCACCUGGUCUGUGUUUGAUAAGACUCCAAGCCUGGCUGCACCAAGAGAUGGCCAAGCGCCAAACGUACUCUCCCGCUCUCAAACAUGGCCGCUCCAGUGUGAGUUAUGUCCAUCCUCCUUUGAGCAUGGCCUGCCUUGGGCCUCCGCUGCUCCCUGGUACGCCCGUGCCCUCCUUUUCCAAAAGGAGCCUUCCUGGUUCCCUCUGCCCAGUGGCGAAGCUGCAUGCUCUGCUACCAGGGGCAGAGAGCAGGCGGGGGCAUGGCCAGCGCCCCCCAGGGGCAUGACACGCAUCCCUAGGGCAUGACGCAUUGCCCUCAGGAGCGUGGCAUGCGUUCUGGGGGUGUGACACACAGUUUGUGGGGGUGUGGCACCCGGCACGUGCGGGGGUACAUGGCGCGUGUCCAGGGGGACUGCCACAAUGGCACCCUACCAGAAAAAUGGUGCCAGGGGCAGUCCGCUCCCUCCGCACUCCUUUUCCUGUGCUAGUGCCUCUGCCACCUGACCGUUUUAAUUGUAGGUGUUGGGUAAGGAACCUGAGCUCUGAUCCCUCUCCAUAGGCCAGUCCAAAGAGGACCUCACCCUUGCUCUGUGAUGUUUGGCUGUGUGGUGUGGUGGUUAGACUACAACCUGCGGAGGGGGAAAGCGAGCGUUCAAACAACCCUCUCCAUCAUGAAGCUCCCUUUGCCCGCCCUACCUCACAGGGUUGCUAAGAGGAUAAAGUGGGGAGGUGGAGAGCCAGGCAUGCCACUCUCAUAUCCUUGGAGGAAAGCCAGCGCAUAAAUGUAAUCCUAAAUGCACACUUUUUUAAAAAAAGGAAGCCUUGCCAGUCUCCAUUCAUUUCUCCUUAACAUUUAUAUAUUAUGGUGUGUGUUUUUUUGGGUUUUUUAUAUUUAUUUAUUUAUUUAUUUUAAAAACAAUUUUCCUUUUAGAAAUCCCAAAGUGGUUUACAGUGGUGGAUUAAAAAUAUAUCAGCACAAUAAAACAUUAUUGAUAAAACAGAGCAAAACAGUAAAAUAUAAUAAAAACAGUACAUAUAGAGGGUUUUUUUGAGAAGUUAAAAAAAAUCCAGCCCAGGAGAUUAUUUUAUUUUUUAUUUCGUAACAUUUAUACACUUGAUUGUAAAAAACAAACAAACCUUCAAAGCUAUUUACAAAAAGAUAAGAAAAAUUUGCAACCUUAACUUGAAACAUACAAAAGCUAAAAUACCAAAACAGAUUAAAAUUACACCAACUUUCUAAAUCUGUGUUGAAACAGUGAAGAAAAUCUUUGCCAAAUAAACACUGCCACAUUUCUUUCCCUGACCAUAGAGUUAUUUGAUCUUGUAUCUUAUUUUCAUAUAGUACGUACAGGAUGUGUUGUGGGGUCUUCUGACUAGUUCAGUGAGUUGAUUUAGACUGAACUUUCUGACGGUAGCAGCUGUUUGACGGUGGAACUGCCUACCUUGGAAAGUGGUGGACUCUCCUUCCUUAGAAGUUUUUAAACAGAGGUUGGGUGGCCAUCUGUCAGGGCUGCUUUAGCUGCGAUUCCUGCACUGCAGGGGGUUGGACUAGAGCACCCUCAGGGGUCCCUUCCAACUCUCCAGUUCUAUGAUUCUAUGAAAGAGGAAGAAAACAGUGUCAGAGGUAUGUGCCAUUGCCAGGCCGGGCUAAUCUGUGUCCCCCUCCUCUUCUUGUUCCAGAUUUCUCCUGGUCUUCAGCUGUCUGGUCCUGUCUGUGUUUUCAACCAUCCCAGAGCAUCACAAAUUCGCCAACCAGUGUCUCUUCAUCCUGGUAAGGGGGGCUCCUCUGGCCCCCUCCUCAUCUGUCUUGCUCUCCUGUCUGCCCAUCUUAAGUCUGUUCUUCAUUCUUGCAAAUCCCUUCUCCCCGCCCUUGGUUUUGCAAUCCUUUCUCUUCAGGUGGCUUUGCUACAGGGCCAGCUCCAAGUUUGUAAGGAAGGGACUUAGGGACCCCCAUUCCAUUCCCUCCAAGAGGGUGGUAGCAGUUCCUUCCCACCAUUCUCGGUUUGCUUGCCCCAGGAAAGGAAGAAGAAGAAGGAGAAGAGUUUGGAUUUGAUAUCCCGCUUUAUCACUACCCGAAGGAGUCUCAAAGCAGCUAACAUUCUCCUUUCCCUUCCUCCCCCACAACAAACACUCUGUGAGGUGAGUGGGGCUGAGAGACUUCAGAGAAGUGUGACUGGCCCAAGGUCACCCAGCAGCUGCAUGUGGAGGAGCGGGGACGCGAACCCGGUUCACCAGAUUACGAGUCCACCGCUCUUAACCCCUACACUGGCUCUGGAAUCAGAGCUUGACAUCACUGGUCACCUUCCAAAGGUCGUGUCUCAGUGGGCCAGGCCUUAUAAGCCCCGGAAGGCUCUUUUCCUUCUGCUGCUGCUGCUGCUGCUUCUCCUUUUCCUCUUCUCUCAGCAAACCAGAAGUGGAAGGAAUGAAGUGGGUGAGGAGGAGCAGGUGCCAAGGAGAUCCAGGGUGGUGCAGUGGUUAGAGUGCCAGAUUACGACCUGGGAGACCAAGGUUCGAAUGCCCGCUUAGCCAAGAAGCUCACUGGUUGACCUUGGGCCAAUCACUGCCUCAUAGCCUAACCUCCCUCACAGGGCUGUUGUGAAGAUUAAUUGAGGCAGGGGAGAACCAUGUGUGUCACCUUCCGCUCCUUGCAUGGGAUGCAAAUGCAAUAAGCAAAUAUAUAAAUGAGGCCGCCCCUCUCCAUUCCACCUACAGCAGCUGGCUGGCCUAAUAACUGAACCUGAAUUCCCUAAAUGGCCCUAAAUGGCCUUGGUCCAGUAUACCUGAAGGAGCGUCUCCACCCCCAUCAUUCUGCCCAGACACUGAGGUCCAGUGCCGAGGGCCUUCUGACGGUUCCCUCGCUGCGAGAAGCCAAGUUACAGGGAACCAGGCAGAGGGCCUUCUCGGUAGCGGUGCCCGCCCUGUGGAAUGCCCUCCCACCAGAUGUCAAAAAGAAAAACAACUACCAGACUUUUAGAAGACAUCUGAAGGCAGCCCUGUUUAGGGAAGCUCUUAAUGUUUAAUAGAGUAUUGUAUUUUAAUAUUCUGUUGGAAGCCACCCAGAAUGGCUGGGGAAACCCAGCCAAAUGGGCAGGAUAUAAAUAAUAAUUUAUUAUUAUUAUUAUUAUUAUUAUUAUUAUUAUUAUUAUUAUUCCACACUGAUGACUGGAAAAGCAUCCUCUGCUUCCCCUGAGGACACAGACUAGUUUAGGAGGGGGCUGGGACAGGCUGUGUAGCAAUGGAGGCUGGUCCUUUAGGGUAACUGGGGGAGCACUGCCCCACCAACCUCAGCUUACAUCUACUUCCUGCCUCCUGCCUUGCAACCUUUGCAGGUGGUGGCAGCAGUGGCUGUCAGCUUCCUCCUCCUGGGUUUCAGUGUUGCCCUUGCAGAACUCAGCAGUGGGGAGGAUGACGAUGGAGACAGUUGCCUCUGGCGCCACCUGGUGCUGGCCUCCCUGCCUUCCACCCCAGUGAGCACCAGCCACCAUUGCUGUGUUUGCAAGUCUACCCUCCAACAGAGGGAUACUACCACAGGUCUUGGAAGGACAGCCAGGGAGUGGCCGCUACCGCCCCAAACCUCCGCUAAUAGAGGCAGCUGUCUCGCUUGGCCUAAUGGUAGGGCCGGUACCUGUCAGAUGCUUUGCUUGUGGGCUUCCUGGAGGACUCUGGGUGCAUAAUGCUAGCUUAGCUGGAUCUUUUGGUUCGAUUUGGUAGCAAGAUUCGUCUUCUUAUAGCCGGCAGUCCUGGUGGUGAACUUUAUCCGUGUGGAAAAGGCGGGUGACAACUUGGGGAAGAGGGAAGGGCGACCAAACCCAGGGGGAGGGGGUGGGCGAAAAGAAUCUUUUAAAAAAGCAACUUUCCCCCAAACUGUCAGAAACGGCUGACGCUGGAAUUCUCCCGACUGAGAUGGAGACUAAAUUAAGAAGGUCCGUGUGACUUUCCCUCUAGUAAGCAAAAUAGGGGCUUGUUUGUGAAAAAGGAAAGAAAGGAAAGGGAGGCGACGAGGCAGGACAAAGCUGACACGACGGGAAAACGUGCCCUUAUUGACUAGUGCUCCAAGGGUGCAAGAAAGGGAUGCCAGCUCAUACGGGCUUCCUGGGCAAGGGUGCUGAAGUGCCACGCUGGCUUUCCAGUCAGACCAGGAAAGAUGGAGAGGCUUGUGAAGCUGCCAUCUUUGAGGGAAGGGUUAUAAUUCAUUGGCAGAGCAUCUACUUUCCAUGCAGAAGGUCCCAGGUUCAAUCACUGGCAUCUCUGGGCUGGCAAUAUCUGCCCCCCCCAGCUGAAACCCUGGAGAACUGCUGCCAGUCAGUGUGGACAGUACUGAGCUAGAUGGAGCAAUAGUCUGACUCAGUAGAAGGGAUCUUCCUUUGUUCCUAUUUAAACCAUCCCUUUAUUUGGAACCAUGAGGGCUGGAAUCUUACUUUAGCAAAAGGGAAAGGCCAAAGCUCAGUGCCAGAGCCCCCGCUUUGUGCACAGAAGCCCCCAGGUUCAGUCCCUGGUGUCUGCAGGAAGGACUGGUAAUGUUCCCCAUCAGAAACUCUGGAGAGAGCUGCUGGCAGUCAGUGCUGACAAUACUGAGCUGGGUGGACCAAGGGUCUGGCUUGCUAUAAGGCAGUGUCAGGGGACUGCCAUCGGGACAGGGGAGGGAGGCAGGGGCAUAUAGAGAGCCUCCCACGCUUCUGAGGAGCAGCUCCUUGUCCAACUGUGGGGAAAGCCACACCUCCAGUGGAGCAGAGACGAAAUGGGAAAGCCAAGAGAGGGGAGGGCUCGAAGAUGCUACUGAGAGCCCAAGCGCCUCAUCUAGCCUGGCUGGCCAGGAAACAGGCACGCCAUUUCCGUCGCCCAGUUUGAGCAGAGGGGUGAAACAUAAGGAGGGGAGGCGGAGAUUUGGGGUGUCUAAAUAUUUAUGCUGGGGGAGAAACCGGAAGGGGCCACUCCCAGAAUCUGCAAGUGACUAAGACGGACAUGAACUUUGUGGUUCUGCACUGUAAAUAGUUUGCACAAUAAAAAUCUGCUAAAGACAGGUUGGAGUCCUGCCUGGUUACUCGUGAGCAACCACCUCACCACCUGACAGACAGAUUAGCUAAGUGUAAGGCAGAUUCCUAUGUCCCCACUGCAGUGAUUAACUUUAUGGAUAAAAGGUUGGGUUUUUUCAGUUACAUGAGAAACCAUGGCUCCAUACCUCAGCUGUACAUGGAAACAGCUGCCGCAAUUCCUUGGCUUGAAACAAGAGUGUCCUGGAGCAGACUCCCCUGUAGCUCAGUGAAAGCCUCUGCUUUGCAGGCAUCACCAGAUGGGAAUGGGAGAGACUUUUUUUCCUGGAACCCUGGAGAGCAGCUGCCAGUCAGUGUUGACAGUACUGAGCUAGAUGGUUCAAUAGUCCAACUCUGUAUAAGGCAGCUUCCUGUGUUCCUACGAAUAGGCCAACCAGGCUGGUGCUCACAAGUGGCUUUGCAGCUGAAGUUCUCUGGGGGCUCUCAUGAUACAUCCCCCAAAUAUCUAUUCGAAAGUGAAUUCCCGGCAUCGGUGUAAACCAACUUCCUCCACCUUCUCCAGAAGAGAUCCUUUGUUUCCUGAGGUCUGGCCUUUGCUUGGGAGAGGGAUCAAUGAUUUGCAAUGAGGACAUUUAUAUUUAGAAAGCAGGUCCCUAUGCCACCCUCCCCUUUCCGGAUUCUAAUUUCUGCUUGUGGGGUCCACGGGGCCUGCCGAGGUGGCCUGGUCACUGGGCUGUGGCAGAAACUGCGGGGGGGGGGGGAGAGAGGUCUCAUUCUGCGUGGCUUGAACUGACAUUUGUUAGUCGCAUAAGGAGGAAUCUUUUAGCUGGACUUCUGGUCUGAUCCAAGCCCCACCUGGUCCAAUGUCCCAUUUCAGCCAGCCUGUUAAGAUGCCUCUGGGAAGCCAUUAAGUGGGAGCCUCUUCCUGCGGCUCAUUCCCUGGGCCUGACAUUCAGAGAUUAUGCUGAAUGUCUCUUGAACAUGGAGGCUCCAUUUUAGUUGUCAUGAGUAAUCAAAGAGGUAUUUAUUUAUUAGAUUCCUUGCCCAUCCUUUACUGUGAGGUCCCAGGUUAAAACAACAGAAUAUUAGAUUACAAGGAUAAUACCAGGUUACGACCACGGUGACAAAUUAAGGUUACAACAAUGCAAUAUUGAAUUAUAAAAUGCAGCCGCCACAGCCAUAAAACACAUUAUCAUGAGUUUGUUUAAAGUCUUCCAAAUUAACAGCUCUCUCUUAAUUUUUACGGCAGCAAAUUUUGUAAGUUAACUGUGCAUUAUGAAAGACCGUUGCUUUGCUCUGGUUUUAUUUUUCCUUUUUUAUAGGGGUUCAAUAGCUGUCUUUAAUAUGCUUUUGUGGGAGGAGGUGUAGCCUGUCUUAUGGUACAGUUGUCCUGAAAGGUGAGGUGUAAAUAUUUUAUUAAAUACAAUAUAUGAGUGCGAAGAAGCAUGUUCCUUUAUUGAUUUUAAACUUAGCCACAUGUCUGCUUAUUUGCGUGACUUUCAACACACACACACAUAUGGGGGGCAGGUUCUUACAAUUACUGUUAAUGGAGAGUGAUUUCAAAAGUGUUUGGUAGCUUUCUCCUGCCUGGUUUCCCCUUCUCCCAAACCCCACACCUGAUUUUUUCUCUUCCUCUCUCCUCCUUUGCAGGAAUUUGUCAUGAUUGUGGUUUUUGGCAUGGAAUACAUCAUCAGGGUGUGGUCAGCCGGCUGCUGCUGCCGCUACAGAGGCUGGCAGGGACGCUUUCGAUUUGCCCGGAAACCUUUCUGUGUCAUAGGUACGCCUUUCGUUUUGCCCUAUAGCAGCCAGGAGAGAAGGAGGAGUCAUGGGAAGAGACAUAGCAAUGGGACAAGGCAUGCACAGCUGGACCACAUCUUUGCACCGAAUGUGUAAACCACAUCCACCUGUUAGCCACCAGACAUCAGGAGCAGCAAUCUGUUAUCCUUGAUCUAAGCACUCAGAUAUGCACUGCACUAAGAUCAGGAGAUAAUUCUUUGCCUGCUGCCUUUCAAAGAGCAAACAGAGCUUCAUUUCUGAUCUUAGUGAUGUGCUGAGAUCAGAUAUAAGCCUGUACCUGCUGCUGUGGCCUGAACUUUGACCCAGGGGAUGCCAUAUGACAUCAGGUAAUUGACAGAUAGGUGGCCCCAACCUGCCCAUCAAAAAUGGUUCACAGAGGGUGAACCAGUUCUGGAUGGGGCCCUCUGCCUGUAUCUAAUUCCCCACCGCUGAUACAAGGCUAGCCAGCAACAUUGUUCUUGGGGUAGUGUGCAUAGAACGGUAACAUACAAUUUAAAAAGACAAUUUCAUAUUUUAUUUUAUUUUUUUGAAUAACCCAACUCGCAACAUAAAAUUCAUUUUCUGUAAGAAAGGAGAAUAAAAGCAGACAAUUCAAAAGUACAUCAUGCAGCUCGUAAACAGUGGCUGAAAAAGUUAAAAUUGUAUAUUUGUAAAAAAUAAAUAAAUGCAGGUUGUUAAAAAAGAAUAAAAAUGUUCCAGAAAGACAGCAAGGCAGGCAUCAGAUAGGGUGUCCCACGGCUCAGCUACUACCGCUGAAAAGCCCUUGUGCCUGUUGCUUCCCUUCGUGGGGGCACCUGGAACAAGGCCUCUGAAGAUCUAAGAUAUAUAUAAGAGAAUAUGAUUUUUCAGGGAUCUUGUUCUCAAGCUACUAAGGGCUCCAAAGGUUAAUAGCACCCAGAAACAGUGAGAUCCUAGAUACAGGUGAUCUUAAGCCGUAUAGACCUUAUGUUCCCCUUUCACGGAAGGUUUUUAAUACCUUCUUCAUGAUUUGAAUAAAGACAUCCAAGUUGUUUUACUGCAGUUCUUAAAGAGCUCUGGGCAGCCUUUAUCUCAGCCCUGCUUUGUCCUUUAGAGACCCACAUUUUUCUUAAUUUUUGCUGAGCUAUCAAGUUCUCUUCACCAAGGGCGGCCUUGAAUGCCACCUACUGGAAGUCCUGAGCACUGCAUGCAUUGCAUAGUCUUACUCGCUUCGCCGCAGGAGAGCUGGUGUAGCCCUUUGAAAAGAGAACUUUAAAAAUAGUUCCGUUGCCCCAGUCUCACAGCAGUGUCACUGUACAGCACGCCUUGCCCCAAGAGGUUAUGUUAUCUUCCUCCUUUCUAUUCUGCCUACAACUGAAGAUGCUGUUUUUAAAACAAGCUUUUGAUUCCAUGUGGUUCAGUUUAAGUAAUUGCUUUUGACUUUUGGCUGUUUGGAUUCUUGUUUAUUGAUGCAGCUUUUAGUUAGACAGUUAUACUGGAUUAUUGUUAUUUUUAUGUCUGUUUUUAUAUUUUGCAAGGUGCUUUGAAUUGCUCUUGCAGUUCAGUGGCAGAGCAUUUUAUUUGCAUACAGAAAAUCCCAGGUUCAGUCGUCCACAUCUCCAGGCAGAGAGGAGAGAGGCCUCUGGAGAGCCACUGCCAGUCAGUGUCAACAGUAUGGAGCUAGAUGGACCAGUGAUCUGAUUCAAAAUAAGGCAGCUUCCUACACCCGAGGGACACAUUUUUAUACAAAUAAUUUAAAGACUUUUCAUAGUUCAAGGAUGUGUGCGUCCCUGUCGCCCCAUUAGAACGUAAACAUCCUGUGAAUCUCUCUCUCUCUCUGUGUGUGUGUGUAAUUUUGGCCCAGUUGCAAAUCCUUGUUGGUGCUUCAGAUGACCAGCUUCUGCGCUUAGGCAGAGGGUUUUUGCUGAACACACAGGGGACCGGCCCACCCCUUGGGCCCUGGAUCAUGCUUGCUUUCCCCUUCUCUUCUUCUGUUCCAGAUUUCAUCGUUUGCAUUGCUUCUCUGGCCGUCAUCGCUGCUGGCACCCAGGGGAACAUCUUUGCUACCUCGGCACUGCGCAGCAUGCGCUUCCUACAGAUCUUGCGCAUGGUGCGCAUGGACCGCCGUGGCGGCACCUGGAAACUCUUGGGCUCAGUGGUUUAUGCACACAGCAAGGUGAGUUGGCAGCCUGAGGCAAAAAUAGAAGGUACAAAGCACACUGUGGGGGUGGCCAUGUUUGAGGUGUGGGAAGAAAGAGGCUCAGUUCCAGCGCUGCAAAGACCUAAAGACCUUCAGCCUCUCAUUUGUCUUCAAGAAGAGUCUUGCUGCCAGAUUAAGCCAAAGGCCUAUCCAGUCCAUCAUCCUAUUCUCAUAGUAGCCAUCCACAUGUAGACAGGAAACCCACAAGGAGCACCUGAAUACAACAGCACUCUUCCACACAUGGUUGCCAGCAGCUGGUAUUCAGAGGCAUACUGCUUCCAAUGCGGAAAGUGGUUUUAAAUCUUUUUGAGGAUGACUAUGAGACUGAAAAAAAUUUGAAUCAUCAGGGGUUCUCAACCAGAGGCAGAUGGAUAAACCUGUUUCCAUUCUAUGGCAUUUUGCUGUUGCCCAAUCAAAGGUCUGUCCCAUGUCAGGUUUCACAGAUUUUAAAAAAUAGAAAGCACAAAAAUUUCUACAUUUAAAUUGUACAUAUUCUGCAUUGUACAUGUAUUCUUCUUCCCCUAAAAUGCACAUUUUUGUAUGCUUUCCAAUGCAUAAAAUAUAUGCUGUCUUUCCUCCUUUUUAAGAAAAUGUGUAGUACAUCUUUUGUGUGCACAUUUUUGGGGCACUGCAAAUUCUGGAGAAGUGCAUAAUCUGAGUGAUAGUUGCAUUCUGUUCCAAAAGAAAUUUUGGUGACAGAAAACUGGGUCUGUCAGUUGCAGAGAUUAAAUUUCUUCUCCCUCCCUCCUCUCAGUACGCCUGCUUCCUCUCUGAAUAAGCAAUGAUGUAAAGCAGCAAAGCUUAUACGAAGUUCCAGGAGACCACACGGUCUCUUAAUAAGAUCACUAUUUGUUUGUUUGUUUGUAAUAUUUCUCACUUGCCCUUCACUGUAAGGUCCCAGGGCAAAUCACCAAAAAUAUAGCACACAAUUAUAAAAACAGAUAAAAAUGUUGCAAUUAGAAAACAAAGCAAGAUACAGUGGUACCUCAGGUUAUAGAUGCUUCCAGUUACAGACACUUCAGGUUACAGACUCUGCUAACCCAGAAAUAGUACCUCAGCUUAAGAACUUUGCUUCAGGAUGAGAACAGAAAUAGUGCAGCGGCAGCGGGAGGCCCAUUAGCUAAAGUGGUACCUCAGGUUAAGAACAGUUUCAGGUUAAGAACGGACCUCCAGAACGAAUUAAGUUCUUAACCUGAGGUACCACUGUAAUUCCAAAUGGAACAGAACUAAGUAGAGAGAAUUGGCAUGGACUAUAUAUCAGAGUGGCCUUCUCAUCUUCUAGUGGGAAUGAUGAUGUGUGGCAUCCAAGCCAGCCAGCCAACUCCUCCAACAGGAGACUAGAAGCUAUUAGAAACUCAAGCAGGGCAUUCCACUCACCAUCUGCCCAGUUUUCCGUUCUCCUUUUUAAGUGACGUUCAACUUUCUGUGGACACGUAGCAUGCUCAGUCAUCAUUAGGCUGGUUUGGGGUGUGUCUCUUUGGGAAGCUGUUUUUCUUAAAACCGUACUUCUGCAAAGCUCAAGGUUCCCCUGAGCAUGCUGCUAUCUCCUUGUGUGGAUUUCAGAGCCCCCCCCCCCCCGGAGAAACAACUGAGUGACUCCAGAGAAUCGCCAACCAUGUGUGGCUUUUGUAGCUGGAGAAACAUUGAAUGACUCCAGAGAAUGGCCAGUCAUGUUGCGGCUUUUGUAGUUUAGGAUGGCCUUUCUUUCUUGGUGCUUUUCGGUAGAAGAGCUCCUGAAUCUUGCACUCUGUUCCAUGACUUAGGUUUCUGUGUCCUAUUCCUUUGGUUUUCUAGCUGGCUUUUUAUGUCUUCAGCUAGGACUGCUUUGCUCCAAGUUCCUUUUCAGGUUACUUGCUGAAGUUCACUUUUGUGUGUGUGUGUGUGGGCAGGAGCUGAUCACAGCUUGGUACAUCGGUUUCCUGGUCCUCAUCUUCGCCUCCUUCCUUGUCUACCUGGCAGAGAAAGAUACCAACAAAGAUUUUCUCACCUAUGCAGACUCACUCUGGUGGGGUACGGUAAGUUAGACAUCUUUUUGAUCUCGCCUGCUCUUUCGUCUUGGGAUGGGCAGGGAGGGAGAAGAAGUUAAGUUUGUGGGGAGAUGUUUCAACUGACCUGUUGAGAGCAUGCUGGGUGCUUAGGAUAUGUGGAGGACCAGGCUAUCAGAGACAGUAUGCUAGGAACUGCUGGAAUCACAAGUGGGGAGAGUGGUGUUGUGCUCAGGUCAUGUUUGUGGGUUUCCCAUAGGCAUCUGGUAGGCCACUGUGAGAACAGGAUGCUGGACUAAAUGCUGGUCCAUAAAGGUCUGUCUUGUAUUCUUAAGAUGCAGGGGGUGGGAAUGACUGAGUGCGGAGAAUAUCCUCCAUAGUCUAGGGAAGGGGAAGAAAUUGACUUCAAUUUGCCAUUUAAUAUGAAGCUGCCUAAUUCGUGCUUCCCAUAACAAAGCAAAUGGCAGCCAUCCUUUGAAAUUCACACUUUUUGAAUUUUGUAAUGCCAACCAAAGAGAUGGGUGCAAAAAUGCAUAUAUUAAGGGAAAGUGUGCAUAAAAAUAUACAUGAAUGAAGCAAAAUGCUGAGCUUGCCCUUUUACAUGUACUGUUUAAUGCUCACCCUUACACUUACAAGGAACCCAUCAUAUAGUGUGACAGUACUUAAUUUCUGAGACUCCUUUCCUGUUAAUAUUAGGCAGGUACCCUUGUUGUAUUUUUUUUUUAAGCCUGCUAGAAGCACUUUCAUUUAGGCAAUCCUACCCAGAUGUGUACUUUUUUAUUAUGAAUAUUUUAUGCUGUUUAUGUAAGCAGCUUAGAGCUUUUUUAUUUUAAGCAGUAUAUAUACAUCUUGUUGAAUUAAAAAAAAACUAUGUUAAGGGAAAUGGCUGGUAAAAUUUGUACAUUAGGCAAAGCUGCAAACAAAAAUGUGUGUAUUAGGAAUACACACACACACACACACACACACACACACACACACAGAGUGAGGACUUUGCUAAAAAGCCAAGCAAACUGAUGAGGAAAUAAGAACAUAAAAGACCCCUACAGGGGUUUCCUGCAGCCAAUCAGAAGCCACGCUUUGGUUUUCAAACGUUUUGGAAGUCAAACAGACUUCCGGAAUGGAUUCCAUUCGACUUCCAAGGUACAACUGUACUUGAUAAAAACCAGAAGGGUCCAGCAUCUUUUUCUAAGAAUGGCCAACCAGAUGCCCCAAUGGGAAACCUGCAAGGAGGGCCUGAAAGCAACAGCCGCAACUCUCCCCAUGUGAAAUUCCAGCAACUGGCAUUGGGAGGCAUAAUGCCCAGUGCAUAAUGCACAGAAUGUAGUACAUUGCCGACAUGCUUAGUAGCCAUUGACAGCCUUAUCCUCCAUGGAAUUGUCUAAUUCCCUUUUAAGGCCAUCCAAGUUGGUGGACGUCACAACCUCUUGUAGGAGCAUAUUCCAUUGUUUCACUAUGUAAUGUGUGAAGAAGUGGUUUCUUUUUGCUAGUCCUGAAUCUUCCAACAUUCAGCUUACUGGUAAUUGAAUAUUCCUGAGUUCUAGUAUUAAGAGAGAGAGAGAGAGAGAAACCUUCUCUUUUGCCACACUAUGCUCCCCACCCCCACUUACACACCUUUUAUUUAAAUUGAAAAAUUCAAAAUGUUUGUAACCUUUCCUCAUAGGGGAAUUGCUCCAUCCCCAUGAUCAUUUUGGUUGCCUUUUUUUGAACCUUGCCCAGAUCCAACUGGGGGUGAGGCAACCAGAACAGGACACCGUAUUUCAAAUGACACCGUAGAUGUUUGUAACGGUAUUAUGGUGCCGGCGGUUUUAUUUUCAGUUUUGUGGUGAACUGAAGUUAAGAAAUGAAAAGUGUUGUGUACCUCUCAGCUGCACCCUCUGAACGUGUAAAGGAACCAGAAGUUGACGUGAAUCGAGAGGAUGCCAGCCUAGUCCUAGCCAGUCAUCCUGACUGAGAUAGUUCAGUCAGUAGAGAGUGAGACUCUUAAUCCCAGGGUUGUGGGUUUGAGUCCCGUGUUGGGCAAAAGAUUUCUGCAUUGCAGGGGGUUGGACUAGAUGACCCUCAUGGUCCCUUCCAACUCUUUAAUUCUAUUCUAUUCUAUUCUAUUCUAUUCUAUUCUCAGAUGUUGUUGGGCUACAUCUCCCAUCAGCCAGCAUGCCCAAUGGUCAGGGCUUGCGAGGGCUGCUGUCCGACAACCUUUGGAAGCUGCCAGGUUGAAGGCAGGGUGAUGGCAAAGGAUUUGUAUUGAUAUCUCCUCUUCUGCUUUCAGAUCACACUCACCACCAUUGGCUACGGGGACAAGACCCCACAGACGUGGCUGGGCCGGGUGUUGGCAGCCUGCUUUGCCCUGCUGGGCAUUUCCUUCUUUGCUCUACCUGCUGUAAGUAGGUGCCAAUGAGACCUGGGGGAGAGGCUAACAGGGAUGGCAGACUGGUGGGUAGGGGAAGUGAGGAGACACCAAUGCCCUUGUCUGGCACAAGCAGGUGGGCUGGUGGGCUUUUCCAAGCAGUUGAUGGGGCUCCUCUUCCGAAAUUAGGCCUUGACCUCUAUUUUCUGGCUCCAUUUCUCUUUUCCACACAGGGGAUCCUGGGCUCGGGGUUUGCUCUCAAAGUCCAAGAGCAACAUCGGCAGAAGCAUUUUGAGAAGAGACGGACACCGGCGGCCAACUUGAUCCAGGUGGAUAGAAAGGAGAGAAGAGUUUGCCGCAAGGCCCUUCUCCAGCUCUGUGGGUGGGCUGUGAUCCUGGGAUUUCCCCCCACUUCUUUGUUUGUGAUAGCCAAAUCCUUGCCCUUGUAAUUGUGGGGGUAUGCUUGGAAGGGUGUUGACAACACCUCAUGGAAUGGCUGGAAUAAUUCCCCCAAAUAAACUAAGUGUUACUUAUUUAGAAUCACAGAAUGGUAGAGUUGCAGGGACCCCCAAGAUUCAUCUAAUCCAACCCCCUGCAAUGCAGGAAUCUCAAAUACAGAAUCCCCUCAAAACAUUUUUACCCUGCUCUUUAGGCUCUCACAGUUGCUUAUGGAAAUCAGCUAAAAGGCAUGGCACACGAGGAAGGAGGGAUGUGGGGAGAGGAGGAAAAGAAAAAGCAAGGCCGAGCAGCAGUUUCUUAAAGUAAUAUAGCUCCUCCCCAGGACAAACAAUAUGACAAUGCAUUAUGCAAAAUAAGAGAAAUAAGCAAAUUUGCAUGGAUCACAGUGUGGAGCUUUUCUUGGCGCAAAAGGAGGGCACAGCUUAGUGGCAAAGCAUUCCUGGCAACGGAUCUUGAGUUGGGAAAAAAGUUACUCUGCCUGCCUUGGAAAAUUGACGACAGUGGGAACAAGGUCUCACACAGAUUUCCACUUGUCUCAUUGCUUUCUACUGGGAAAACCCAUGGUUUAGCACUGAUUGGAACAAACAGCAAUUGGGUUUUCUGCAGAUUGCCAGAUUCAGUGGUAAACAGCAGGUUUUCCUGGGGAAAGCAACAGGGCAAAUGAAAAACCACUCUGCCCCAUGCCUAGAAAGCAUGGAGCAAGCCCUAUGAAUCAUUGCUAGUAGAGUAAUGGUCAAGUGGGAGGGGUCCCAGUUCACAGUACAAGAUUGUGCCUAAGGUCCCAGGUUCAGUUGCCACUCUCUCUGGAUAAAAAUAUCUCAUCAGGGCUCAGAAAGAAAGGCUCCCUCUCUCUUCCUGAGAUCUCAGAGAGCCACUGCCAGUUGGAAGAACAAUGGAAGCCCUAUUUAAGGAAAAUGCAACUCCAGCCCCCUUCUCUUGCUUAAAUACAAUAGCUGAGCAUGUCAUAGGAAAAGGUGGUGGGUGGGAAUCCCUUCAGCUUUCCCCAGGACUCUGGUUUUCCUAUGAGCUCAGCAUGUUAACCCUAUCAAAGCUGGAUCCAAAGGGGAAACUGAUAAAGCUAGCCAGGAAACCUCCUCCAAGUCCUAGAGGUUUGGGUGUAGAUGGCCUAUCUCCCAUGGUUACGUUUAUUAUUAUUUUUCACAUAAGAAGCAGAUUUUUACCUGAAACAUAGAAACCCUGGAGGCUUUAGCCUAUUGGCCCAUCUAGCUUAAUAUUGUCUACACUGACUGGCAGCAACUGCCCAACUCCCAGCAGCCCUUGCAGCCAGCACAGCCUGUGGUCAGGAGGAUGAUGGGAGUUGGAGUCCAACAAGCUCUGGCAUGCCCCUGGCUGGUUCCCCUGCACAAUAAUAUCAUUUAUUAAAUUUAUAUCCUGCCCUGCCUCCCCAAGAAGCCCAGUGUUGCAGUUUGGUCCUUUCCCUGUUCAUCCUUGUUCUAUCUGUGACCUCCUUCUUGGCCCCUUUUCCCCUCCCCAUGUUGCAUGCUCACACCCAGUUCCGAUUCAGUUUUUCUUUGGCUGUCCCUCCAUCUGCCCUGCAUUUUAUAAUAUAGAACCUGCCAUCGGGGCAAAGAACAAAAAUCCUGGUGUAUUAGCCAUGUGCCUAGAUUGUUUCCCUCCCAUUGUUGCUGGAAAGGUGAUGCUUCUGACUCCCGCGUUAUCUCUCUGGUUCAGAGGACUCUUGUGACAAAGGGGACCCCUCCUGCCCCUCCCAUCUCCUCCUGUCAGCUUUCCUGCUGCCCCACUGCUAAAUGCAACUCCAAGUUGCCUUUCAUUCGCUGAAAGGCCAACAGCUGGAAAUGGACAGUGAGCGAGACAAAAGGGGAACACACUCAUUGUUUCAGCACACAAAGCAAUCGCAAGGACGCAGCUCUCUGCCCCCUUUGCUCCCGAAAAGGGCUCCUCUGUCCUUUCCCACCUGAUAACGCCGGCCAAUUCAGAAAGCCUUGCUUUCUGGAGCAGAUGGAAAAUGACGAUAUGGCCAUCCACUUUCUUCCACAAUCAUUCCUUAUAGAGCAUUUCCCCACCCCCAGAAAUAAAUAGGAAAAGGUUUGGGAGAAACAUCUCAGAAUAUUGAGCUGCUGUAAUUUGAGGACUCCUGGGAGAAGAUUAUGGGCUCAUCAUCCUCUGGUUUAGGCCCCAGCCCUAUUCUCUGCCCUGCCCCCCUGCCUCUGCCCCAAAUCCUCUCUAUGGGUUUGAGCGUCUCGUACUCGAGGCAUCUGAUCAAAUGAAACAGAUUAAUACUGGAAUGUGUGAUGAGACAAAGCAUACGUUAGGGCCUCUGUGUUAGACUGAGAAGUAUAAUGUCUAAAGCCAGUUCACAACAAUGUGACUUUCCAGCUGGGCCAUUCCUACCAUUGUUGUGGAGCCCAGAGCUGAAUACACUGAGUGACAUGCCCCACACCUGCCUAAGGUAUCCAAAAAGUCCCGGGUUCAAUCCCCGGUUUCUCCAGGUAGGGCUGGGAUAAGUUCCUUGCGUAAAACCCUGGAGAGCUUGCUGUCAAUUCUGAGACGGUUCUGAGCUAGAUGGGCCAAUAAUCUGACACCUGAAGGUGUGGUGAAAUACGGUCUGUAUCUGUAUGUGGAAGGGGACACAAAGGGGAGCUCCUUUGUCCAUUGCCCCAUGCAGCAGAACCCCUUUUGCUAUGGUUUGCAAAUCAGAAGCCGGCUUUGUGAAUGCAGGCCAGCACCACCACUCCCUUCAUUUCCCAGCGUUAAACAUGGCUUCGUGUUAAAUGCCCUCUGUGAUUUACAGAAAUCAGAUUCCCUCUUAAUCAUAGCUUCAAACCACGGGUACCAUUUCAGUUUUGUAAUAGAACCACAACUGCCACUGGUGCCCAUGUAAAGUGAGACCAUAUUUCUGUGAAGAGAGGGGGCAAGUUGCUCUGAAAAGUAAAGGAGGAAAAUGGUGCUUGCAUUGUUUGUGGACCACUCAGAGAUUCUGUUACAUUACAGUAUGCAAGUAUAAAUGGAUAAAUACAUAAAUGGAGAGUGAAUCUUUCAUCUUGAUUUGCAAAGACAGCUGCCUGGGACACCUGUGGGGUAAAAGGCAGCAGAUUUUGGCCCCAUUUCUGCCAAAGCAAUAGUGCAAUUCCUUCCCUGUGAAGCUUUUUCAAGGUUUACCUUUAAAAUCCAGUAUCCUUUUUCCAACAACGUCUGGCCAAAUGCAGGUUGGGUUGGUGGGUGAAAAUAUACCUGGUCUUCUGUAUUAGAAAAAGAAGUGUACAGACCAUAUAUUCAAAGCACAUCCACACACACCCCUCCAGAAUCCUGGGAUUUGUAGUUUACCCUUCAGGGAUCUACAAUUCCCAGUACCCUCAACAAACUACAGUUCCCAGGAUUUGGGUGUGCUUUGAAUGUAUGGUGUGUAUGCAGCAAAAGAUAGUCCCGGUUGCAGUUUUAAAUUGCUGUGUUUUUGUUGCAGUUUGGUGGUUUUACUCUUAUCUUGUUUAUCUCCUGUAACAAUACUGAGGUGGAGUCUAUCUUGCAUGUCUUUUUUAACUGUAGUUUCUCCCAAGGGACUAGGAAAGCCCUAAUAUAUCCCAUUAUACAGUCCCUUCCUGGCUGCUUUUCUGAGUCUCUCAUGAUCACUUAGCUUCAGGCUCCAGUAAAUCACCCACAGCACAUUUUUUAAAAUGGCCAUCCUUAUUAGACCACUUCUGAUUGCCUUAUAAAUAUAGGGACACUAUUUAGUUUUUUUAAACAAACAAACAAACAAACAAACAAACAAACAAACAAACACAAUUCUGUGUUUUUUAGUUGUAUUCAUUGUAUUUUCUAUUCAUUUUUUCUUAAAAAAAAAAUUUGUUUUCCCCAAAUUGUUACAAAUCAGACCAGAUUACCGGUACUUAAAUUUAAUACAAUUUCUUAAAAUCAGGUUUCCAGCUCCUGUUGCAAACAUAUGUUGAUCAUUUCCUCCCGAAGCCGCAUCUUCUCUUGUUUAAUGUCCAGUCAUCAUCCUUCACUAGACGUUAAAUUGCAUUUGUUAUUAAUGCUGUUAAUUGCUGAUUUCAAAGAAAGGAAGGGAAGGAGGGAGAUAUAUAUCUUGUUUAUCGUGUUAUAUUGUGAUAUCUUCGUGAGCCACCUUGAUUUAAAAAACAACAGUGUCAAUCAGUAACAAUAACGAGGUGGCCACUGGGGAAAACAAGCGGUGCAUAAAGAACAUGCCCUUCUCUUUCCCCACCUCCAUCCCCCUUGUCCCGGUUGGUGCAGGCUGCGUGGCGCCUCUACUCAACAGAUGUCAGCCGGGCCUACUUGACAGCCACCUGGUGCUAUUACGACAGCAUCCUUCCAUCAUUUAGGUAGGUGUGAAGUUGCCUUGGUGGAGGAGCCUACUUGGUGGUGGGCCCCUAAAAUUCACAGACUCUCUGCAAGCCAAGAGGUGGAGAGCCAGGGUUGCCCAGAAUGGCUAAGCCAGUGGGGCUGAUAAUUAACAUCAGGUUCAGGAUGGCAGUGGUUGGACUAAAGUUACAUUUUUUCUUUGUGUAUUGUUGCCAUUUCAUGUAACAGUUUUCAAUAUAAUGGACGUAUCCGUUCCCCAGCAAAUAAGAACGGUGGGGACAUUUUGUGUCACCGACUUUCUGUCAUUCAUCCAGUGUUGAGUAGCUGGUGUUGGAUAGAUCCAAAUCAGGGGGGUGCUUAUGUUAACUUAAGUUGAGUUAAUAUGGUGAAUUAAUUUGGGGAAAAUGUUGCCAUGCAGCAAUAAUCCACUGUUCUUUUUCUGUUCAGUCUAUGUGCUAGUCAGAUGUCUGUCUUUAGAAUGGGAAGGGAGAGCACAGAGGGCCUGAACAUUGCAGGCACUUGGGUUGAAAGGACAAUGUCUCUCCCUCUCUCCCUGUGCAACACUCUUUUGCUUCCAUAGUAGUGAAUGACAGCCAUUCUGUUGCAUGGGAGAGGGGGGGAAAAAAACCCCAGGUGCCCUCAGGAAUGUGAUGGUAUGACUUUUAAAGGUGAGGCAAUGGCUUAUGUCUCCCGUGCUGCUGUUUUCCCUGGAGCCAGUGGAGGAGUGAAACAGAACAUCUGCUGGCUGGGGAUUGUGUGCAGAUCUCACACCCUCAUCACAACGCAUCACACUUCCAUCACACUUCCACCCCCCUCUCCCUUGACACAUGACCUUCCCAUCUCAAUCAGUGUCGGGACUUUGUUUGCAAAGACUUCUGUGGAGACUGGGAGGCGCGGUGUGGAUUUUGGAGGAGACCCUUGGUCUUUAAAUGCUGAUAUAUAUACUGUACUCACUCACAUACAUACAUACAUACAUAAAUACAUGAAUAUGCACUGGUGGCCUUUACUGAAUCAGACUUGUUAAUCCAUCUUGCUAAGUUCUGCCUCAUUUGACAGGCUCUUCAGGGUCUCAAGUAGAGAGGUAUAGCAACCCAUAGUAGAAGUCAUAUGACAACCCAGCCCAGCAAGUUUGCACCACAGAAUCAUGGAAUGGAAGUGAGACAAAGGGUCGUCCAGUCCAACCCCCUGCAAUGCAGUUGUAAGAUGACUGAUUCUGCAAAGUACAGGGAAUGACUUCCAUACUUACCUUUAUAUGGCCUGAUUCCACUGCUGGUUUCAGAAAAUAUAUUCAGUGGUGCACACCCUGUUGCAGAGGCAGCCAAACCUUUGGGGCCAGUAAGCACAUCGGGAAUUUUGAGAAAGUGCCGUGGGUGCCUGCCUCCCAAUUGCUGCUGCCGGGGUGUGGCAGAACACAAAAUUGCUGCCGCAUCUACAACAGCAGGGGGAAAAAACAGGGCUAUAAAGCAGCCCCCCCUCCCAGAAUCCCCCUCAAGUCAGUGGGAGAAAUGGCAUGUGUAUCAAGUGCCUCCAUGUUCAUUCACAGAAAGAAGCUCUUUGCACUUCUCAGAACAGAUGGGAAGAUGGAUGUCCAGCCCUGGCGUCCCGUGGUUUGCAGGCGUGUUUCAAGGGGGCAGGUCCAACGUAAGAGGGCCUGAAUCAGUGAAAGCAGGAACCAACCGGGAAAAGCUAUCAGCCAUUCAUGCAUUGUCGAUUUUUGAGGGGAUAUUUUCUGAGAGCUUUUAUGGGCACCAUAAGAAGCAAUUACAUUAAUGCCAGUGGGUACAACUUGGGCAAUCUCUGCUGUAGCAAGAUGAAAAUAGAGCAUUCUAAAGAGCAAGGUGCUGCAAGUUUUGUUUGCCUGCUAUUUUGUUCAUUCUUAUUUAUUUAUUUAUUUAUCAAUCAAUCAAUCAAUCAAAAGAUUUCUACACUGCUUUUCAUUUACCAAAAAGAAUACCACAGUGGUUUGCACAAUAAUAAGGCAUAGUAAAGGUAAAGGUAAAAGGACCCCUGACCAUUAGGUCCAGUCGUGACCGACUGGGGUUGCGGCGCUCAUAUCGCUUUAUUGGCCGAGGGAGCCGGCGUACAGCUUCCAGGUCAUGUGGUCAGCAUGACUAAGCCGCUUCUGGCGAACCAGAGCAGCGCACGGAAACGCCGUUUACCUUCCCGCUGGAGUGGUACCUAUUUAUGUACUUGCACUUUGACGUGCUUUCGAACUGCUAGGUUGGUAGGAGCAGGGACCGAGCAACGGGAGCUCACCCCGUUGCGGGGAUUCGAACCACUGACAUUCUGAUCGGCAAGUCCUAGGCUCUGUGGUUUAACCCACAGCGCCACCUGCGUCCCUUAUAAGGCAUAACAGUAUCCAAUAAAAAUUAGUAAGCAGUAAAAUUGUCACAGUCACCAAAGUCUACUAAUAACAUGAAGGGCUGGGUAGCCAGCAUGGGGCUAGUCAGUUGUUUUGCUGUACAACUCUCAGCAUCUCGUCCCAUUGGGCAGGCUGACUGAGAGUGAUGGGAACUCUAGACCAUUGUUUCCCAACCUUGGGCACGCAGCUGUUUUUGGAGUACAGUUCUUAUCAUCCUAGACCACUGGUCUUGUUAGCUAGGGAUGAUGGGAGUUAAAGUCCCAAAACAGCUGGAGACCCAAGGUUGGGAAACACAGCUCUAGACCAUAGCAUCCUCUGGUCACCAUGUUGCUACCCUUGGCCUGGAUGAACAGGCACGUCUUCCGUCAGCAGUGAAAGCACUCCGCAGCUGAGGCAUAACUUGCUUUGACAAAACACUAGCUUUGUAUGCAGUUCACUCUGCUGCCAUCGGAAGGUUAGAGACGGCAUAUUUUGUUGUGUCCAGUAAUUUCAAUGUGUUUUCAUGCUGUGUGCAUAACCAAGCAGUUUAUAAGGUUUAGGUCCAACUAUGAAGCCUCACCACUGCAAGGUUUUGACCGGUCAUUCAAAGGCAAAAUACCAAAGCCGAACAUCUGUAACCCCCCAGUUCAACAAACCCACCUUGGUCAAUUCACACCUCGGAGAGACCAACUCAAACAACUGAAAGAAUUAUGGGUUACCCCCAUCUUUAUUCCUCCCCUUCAAUUUCUGCAUGUUAUAUUGAUAUUAUUAUUAUUAUUAUUAUUAUUAUUAUUAUUAUUAUUUUCUUUCUCCCCCUUUUCAAAGCAUUUUAAUUUCUCCAUGUUUUUAUUUGGACCCACCCCUAGAGAACUGGUCCUUAUGUUUGACCACUUGCACCGAGCUCGCAACGGGGGGCUCAGGAACUCUGAGGUGAGGAAAUUCCCUGAUGGAGCUCCACCACCGUAUCACUCCUUCACCUCUGGCCUGAAAACCAUCCAUCCUCCAUUUUGCUCGGGGGAAAGGUAGGGUCAAAGCCUCUUCCAUGCCUGUGGUGUGUCCCCUCUGUCUGUCUGGUGUGUUGGCUCUUUCUCACUCUGCUGCCCUCUGGUUUAACAUCUGACAGACGUUGAACUGGCUUCCUUCCUGUCUGCAAUGGCCCUUUGACUUGAAUGCACCACCAGCCCUUGUUCUUGGCCUCCCCCUUCCGACUGGAGUCUGCCGCUACAUCUUGCCUAUUCUAAUUAAUCAUUUUUAACAAGUGCAUUUUCUAUAGAGAACUUCGGCAUUUGUGAAUUAUAGCUGUCACCAUCAUGGCCUUUUGGUGUGGAUUGUAAGACUUUGCUAACAGUGGGAAUCUAGUUUUCUAUCACAGAUUUUAGUACCCACCUCAGAACCCUGAGAACCAAAGUUUUUAGGAUAUGUUUCUUGCUGCUGUGAUUGUAGGGCAUAAUGAAAAGACAAUGGACAAUGGACACUGGAGAAUUUGUUUCUGAAGACUUGGAGGUUAGGAUUGGGCUUCUUUAUUCUGCUCUCCAGUAGUUACAAAGAGGUUUAGAGAAUAAGCAGCACAAGCUACUUCCUCUCUCUCAUCCAUGUGAUCAGGAAAUCUGCUCUGAAUCAAAGGGGUGGCAGCAGUGGCAUAGCGUGGAUUACCUGUGUCCGGGUUAAGGAAAGUAUCCUUGGCACUGCCAGCCAAUAGGCUGAAAUGAAGGGGCAAUAGCUUGGCAACCUGUCCAAUUUGCAGCUGCAGUGCCCCAUGAGUGUCAAGCACAGCUGAGAGUGGGACGGGGAUUGGUCGGGAGUGGGUGACUUUCUAAAACCUGUUCAGAGGGCACCCUAGCAACCAGCUGCUGCCCAAAUCCACUCCCCAGUCCACCCAUGUGAACAUUGGGAGAUUUUCUGUGUGAGGGGGAGGACACAAUAUUUUUCAUUACUACUUUCUUUUUCUUUUGAAAUUUUGCACCCCUAAGAACUUUGUGCCCAGGGCAACCACCCCGUGGCCCUGCCCAUGCUAUGCCACUGGGUGGCAGAGAGUGACAAGAGGGGGAAGAUCUGCAAAGCAGAAGAUAUGGUGAGCUAUGCACAUGGUGACCGGAUCAGAGAGAGAGACUUAAAAAAAGACAUAUAUUUUAUUGGUUUUUAACAACUAUAAUAAAACCUGUAGGUUUUUACAUGUCUAUAUCACACACAUAUAAGAAGGAGAAUUAAGCAGAGGCACUGCAAAAUAACUGAAUUAUCUGAGACAUAGCCUCUCCCAAAGCCAGCAUGAGUGGCUGGAGGUCUGACAUUGACAUCACUUCUAUUUACAUGGCUGUUGUACGGGAACCAGAACUUGUUAUACGGAUCAUGUUUAGUUUGGCCUCUGACAGCUCUUCUGUGUUGUGUUAGAUGCUCAAAAAGAGCCAAAUCCCAAGUUUUCCCUUGCCAUUUGGCCAAAGUCAGACUUUUGGGGGUCUUUCCAAUGGGAGGUGGUCUCUAAACAGACAGCAGCAAACAGCAUGGCAGGUGGGUCCUUAUUUGUAAGAGGAGGGACAAGGAACUUCUGCUUUAGGAGCAGAAAGCUGUUUAUAGAACCCAUAAACACUGACGAGGGUUUGGCAACUUGUGGGGCUGGAAGGUGGGAAGCAGAGACUACAAAGUUUGUGCUUCACGGUGCUGGAAAUCCAUUGUGUGUUUGUUCCUUCAUAACAGACAGGCAGCAAAUAUUUCUUGAGGCUAAAAAAAUAAAAUCUGCUAGCCCUCAGCAGGGCAGAUUUGUCGCUGGAUGCAACCAACUGGAUUGUCUUGACUAUAUGAAGGCCUGUGCUGCUGGGCCGGAUAGUUUCCCCCCCUCAAGUCUCCUCUGCAGUCCCUACCUCAUUUCAUCAUCUUUUUCUCUCUCUCCUCCUCUUUACCUCCCUCCACUCCUCCUCCUCGUCCUUCUUCCACCUUCCCAUCUUCACCAUUCCCCAUUCAUUCCUGGAAGCUGGAAAGAAGAGGAAGCUCCGCCCCACAAGUGUUUACGCCUAAGGUAACCUUUCCCUCAAAGCUGCUGUGUGCUUUUAUUCCCCCUCAAAAGAGAGACCACAGGACGGUAGGUUUUCUUCCAGAAGUAUGGACGAUCUGCAGCUGCUGCUUGGGGAGAGGUCAUCAAAGCCAAAUAAACCUUGAGUGUGUGUUUGUGAAUGUGUGUGUGUGUGUGUGUGUGUGUAUCGGGAAAGAAGCCAGUACAUUGUUACUGCAGAGACAUUGCCUGCAUGCUUUUUAGGCUCUAAAGCAGGUGGUGUCCUCCUGCUGGUCUCCUAGCAACUUCAUCGCUGACCAUUGGCCAUGCUGAUUAGGGCUGAUGGGAACUGAGAAUCCAUCAACAUCUGGAGGGUACCACAAAUGAUCAAUGACCCCUGGAUCAUAUCCAGGCCUAAGAGGGGAGCCAUUUGCCAGUCCCAGAAACAGAGAAAUGGAUAAGCAACACCUGAAAAAAUGGGAUUUGAUAGCAGGCCACAUUAGGGUCAUGGGGACUCAGCCCAUUGCCCUCACUUAUUUCUCCCAAGCAGUCUUCCAAAAAGUUGGUUGCUGACACAACUGCAUUGUUUUGAUGCUACUGCACAGCUGCCUGUUCCAGUGAAUGCAUGUCUCAGAAUCACGAUUGCAGAGAGGCAUCUUCCGGUUUUCCCAGGAAUGCCCCUGUCAGUUGCUUCUCUCAUGGAAAGUUUCAAGUACGCACCUUGCCAUAUGGAGGCAGAGAGCAAAAAGUGAGAGAGAAUGCCUGAACCAAAACUUCCUCCACAAAAACUGGUUAUUUGCUGUCCCCCCAGUUCUUUCUCUGAAAUGUGCUUAUACUUUUUAAACCAGAAGUUUUUCCAACAGGUGUUUUUUUUUUAAAUAUAAUAAUGGAUUGCUUCCUGAAGGGGUCUAAUAAAUUGCCCCAUGCCUGCUCAUUUGAAUUAGGACCAGAAACUUAUGGAUAAGAGUUAAAUAUUCAGUCACAUUUGUCAUUGAAUGAUUCGUUCUGCAGGGGGUGCUGUAUGCGCACAAGCAUCCAUUAUUGCCAGCCUCAGCAAGGCUUUUUCCCUCUGGGAUCAUCCUUCUAACUUCCCUUCUGCUGCCCCCCUUACUAACUUUUUGCCUCCUCCUCCUCCCACCUUUCCCCUUCUGUUGUUUUCUUUCUUUCUUUCCAUUUCUCUAGCCAGAUCUUUAGUAGUAAAAGGAAUUUCUUUCGGAUUCACACCGGCUGGAAACAGAGGUACCGAGGCUUUGGAUCUGCUACCCAAGAGAUGUUUUGGGGUUGAAUUGGAUUUUAAUUGUCAUUGCAUUGUUUCGUCCUGUGUUGGUUUUUUCCUUUCCUUUAGAAAAAAAGGGAUGGCAUGCUGCUCCAAUGUGCAAUGGAGAUGUGCAUGGGGGGUAACCCUCUGAAUCUUGCUAUGAAGUCCUUUCUUGGUGGGAGAUAUGUUUGCUCUCCUGCAACCAGAUAAUCGGUCUCCAGUGCAGCUUAAAAGGAGAGUCCAUUAAUGCGUUUCAGCUGGAACCAUAGAAAAAGGAGAGAGAACUAUGCAAUGUCCCCCAAACUCCUUUUAAAAUGGUUCCUUUCCCUAGUCUUCUAAACUUUUCUACUUCCUUUCCUGUUGGGUUGGGAUUUAACCUGUCUGAACAGAGGGCAGCUGAUGAACCAAAAAUUGAUCAAAUGUGUAUGUGACAUGGAUUUUAUCAGGACAGUGUCAUAGAGGGAAUCAUCCAUGGUUCAAAAAGGUACUACUCCCAAGUCCCCCAGAGGCUCAAGGGGUGGAGACUCAGCAGCCAAGGGGGUGGAGUGUGUUUGGGGCAGAAGAUGGUAGUGAUGGCUCAGGGUGGGGCUUCUUGAACAGGGCCUGGAUCUAAUAGCAGAAUCUCUCAUCAAGCUAAACUCAACAUAGAUUACCCUCUUUAUUUCUGGCCAAACAGCUUGAUACUUUACUCCUCUUCACAGCAAGGACAGUGAGGAGGGGGUUCAACCCCAGACAAGUGAAAUCAUGAGGGCUACCAACCCUGUGCUAGAAUUCAGUUUUAUAGAGUGCUGAUCUCACCGAGGUCCCUCCCACCUGUAGAGAAUGCAGUGGGUUCACAUGAGAGAGAUCACUGUUGGACAAGCUGUAUUGCCAGGACAAUGACUUUCUCCUCCUUGAAUUCUACAUUCCAAGGAAGGGGAGCGUGCAGCCCUCAAGAUGCUUCUGGGCUGCAGCUCCAAUCAGCCUCAGUCAGAACGGCUGUUGGCUGAAGAUGAUGGAUGCUGUACUUUAGAAAUUCCUUUAGUGACUGAAUGUGGCCAUUAGACAGAGUUGGUCCAUGUGGCUUCAAGUCUGGAAGUUCCUGUUCUCAAAUGCGAUUGUGUUGUGAGCAGGGAGUCCUGCUUCCACUGCUAUCAGAUGGCCCCCAUGAAGCAGUAAGGAAGAUAGACUUCUGCUUCCAUCAGUGCUCAGCUGGGCAGAAGAAUCUCUGCCCCUUCCCUUUUGCAACAGCUCACUUAUUGUCUCUUUUUAGAAGGCAAGGGAAGAAGAAAAAAAGCUCAGUUAUAUGAAGCCCAGUUUGGUGGUGGAGCCUGUAGGUUUCAUUAAGUCCCCUGCCCUACGUCCCUCACUUCAUAAUCUGAGCAAUGCCAAAAAUUAAUAGGAGGAAAGUGGGAUUUCCCCAUUUUUUUCUUAUAGCAACCCUAAGAAAGCUGUGCUGGAGAUCUGCUUGCCUGUAGGUGCUUGACGACAAAGUGGGUUUGGAAUAACUCUUGGGGCCAGUAGUGACUUUGUGGAUUCUCUCUCUCACCCACACACCACAUCAUUCCAGGGGAAGUGGUUCCAUUAGCACGGUGAUGUCACCACUUUUCAUGGGCGUCUGGAUUCCAAUACGAGCACUUGCUUCUGUGUCUGGGUGCCACACCCACAUCUGCAGGGAUGCAGAGAGUCUUCAGAGUCCACAGCUCACCCUGUAGGACUUCUGCUGCAUUAAACCUCAAAAGGAUCGCAUUCAAAGCUCACCUACUGACCCCACACCCCGAGGCUUUCCUAGGUGUGCAUCCAUGGAAUUAAAAGUUGGUGGUUGUCAUGGAUGGGCUCAAUCAGUUUUCAGCCACAGGAAGAAUUUAGUCUGGCAGAAUAUGCUACACAAGAGCUGGCCCUGAAGUUAUUCCUAUUGUGUUUUUAGUUAAGAUGCAUGGGGGAAAGGUGGAGCAGGUGAGGGGGCCAAGGAGGUUGACAACUGCCCCAUCAGUGCAACCCAAGGAACAAGGCUGACAAAUAAUUUCUGCCCUGGUGGCAGUUAUUGUGUGCCAAGGAACCCUGGCUUGAAAGUCAAUUGGCAUUACCUCAGCAAGAACCCCGGACAAGUGUUUCCAGAACAACAGUUUGAUCACAAUUACUGAUCAUAGGAAGCUGCCUUAUAUUCCACUGGUCCAUCUAGCUCAGCAUUGUCUACAGUGAGUGACAGCAGUUCUCUAGGGUUUCAGGCCAGGUCCUUCCUAGCCCUACCUGGAGAUGCUGCUGGGGUUUGCACCUGGGACCUGCAUGCACAGCAUGUGCUCUGCCACUGAGCUAUGGCCAUGGAUGUGUGCAGAAAUAAUUUUUGUCGGGGGAAGUCUGUGACACUUGCAUGAGUCUGUGUACAGUAAAACAAAUAAAUGCAUUUAGGAUUCAGGGGGGCAAAUGCCCCCCCCCCACAAUGGACACCCAUGGCUAUGGCCCUACCCUCAGCCCAGCAGUGUAGAGCUGCAAGGAAUGCUGGGGGCGCAGAAAGGGUGAACUCUCAGUUCUUGGAGGGCAGACUUUGCCGGACAGGUGCGCUACAAAAGAUUUAGGUGGCAACUCCCAUUAGUCCCAGCCAGCAUGGGUUGUGCUGGCUGGAGCUGAUGGGAGGUGCAGUCCAAAAGCGCCUGGAGGGUACCUGGUUGCGGAAAGCUGCUCUUAGGUGAUGUUGAGGACUAGGAGGAGGCCUGUGAUCUGUGUUUUGCAUGAACUGAGGGUCCACUUUGGUAGACUCCCCUGCAGUGCAUCAGUGGCUUCUGCUGAAAUCCAGCCAAAGUGGAAAGGGGUGUCUCCAGUUUAAAAGACUGAAAACCCCUGGAUGGAAGGAUUGGUGGAAGAAGUUACCCAGAGCAGAUGCAAUGUUCUCCCCCCAUCCCACCCCAAUUCAGAAGGCCGCCUGGGGCUUGAAGGUGGCCAAGAGAUGGUUAGUCUCAAGGCUCAUCCACCCUUUUGUUUCUGCUGCAAUUUCCAGAAAAAUUCAGGGAGGAGAAGACUAUGGGUGGCUGCUAACCACGAUGGCUGUUCUCUGUCUCCAUGGUCAGAGGCAGCAAUGCUUCUGAAUAAUUUUUUUUGGAAACUGCAGGAAGGGAGAGUUGCUCUUCCACUCAAGUGCUGCUUGCGGGUUCCCCACAGGCGUCUGGUUGGCCACUGUGAGUACAGGACGCAGGGCUAGACGAUCCAGCGGGCUCUUGUUAUGUUCUUACUUAUUGUGCUUCUGACAGACACAUUUUGCCCAUUCACUCUUAUUUUAAUGUUGAAGGCUAACAAUGCUUUGUUGUACCUGGGUGGCAGAAUGCCUUCCAGAGUAGCUUACAAGUGAGAUCAAGAAACUUAACAUUUCUCUUGACUUUUGUUCAUUUGUUUGUUUUAAGGAAAGUUGAUAAGACCCAAAUGUAAAAUCCUUUGCUGUUAAAUUUGCCUUUGUGUGGAUCUUAUGCCAAAUGGUGACUUCUGGUCCUUGCACCUUGGGUGUGGGGCUCCCCUUGCGUAGCCUCCAGACAUCUUAGAAAGGGUUAUCCAAUGUGGUCUGUGCUACAUAUUGUUUGUUCCAUCUCUGGAUUACUCUGUGGUAGCAAUUGUUUCAAUGCUGGAUCUUCAUAAAAAUCCUGUGGGUCAGUGCUAGUGAUGUCUCCAAAAUUUGUAUUUCUGGGACUUCGAAAUACUUCAGGAGUUCAUAAUGCUCAACUCAAAUAUGGGGUGAGCAUUAUAACCCCUGAGGUUGUUGCUGUUUUAUAGGUCAGAACCAGCACUUUGAAUUUGGCUCUGGGACAGAUUUGCUGCCCUCUUCCUCGCACUGUCAGCUUUGCUUGGGUUGGAGCCCUCAGCUUCCUACCAAGGGAGAUGUUCUUGGCCAUUUAGCCAGAACAUCAGCCGAAAGACUUAUUUAUUUUAGCUAGCUCCCAUGUACUCCCCCAAAACCUCUGGAGUAUCCAAACAUCUCCUUUCCAGGCCUCCUUUUUCUGGCGGUGUCUUUCAAUCUCUCUUUAUCGGUUGGUCAUUUUAAUGCUUCAUAUUUUUGUUUCUUUCUUUUUCAGCCCUUACCGUAAGUACCUCAGUAGCAUCUGGACCAUAAAUAGCGUUUUGUGGCAUGACUUGAUUUUGUCCUUUCCCUUCUCUCCCCUCACCUAUUUCUUUGCUAACAACAACAAAACAACUGUCAGUGGUCAGGAUUGGGUGCACUAUAUAUAUAUAGUGCACAAAUAUAUACAUAUUUGUGUGUGUGUGUCUGCACUAAGGUAACUCAAAUUCUACAACAAGCUGGAUUCUGCAAUCUUAUGUCUGUUAAAUAUAUAUGCAUGAACUCUCUUACUUUGCAUCAUUUAUUCUGGUUCUUCUAGUUGGAAGGAGGGGUCAGGAGCUGUUCAGGGUACUGAAACUCCAUCCCUAAUCCUUGCAAAUCUUAACCAGAAUUCAACAAAACUUGCCCACACACUUUCAUGUUGUUGUUAGCAAUGAUAAAGACUAGACUCCUUUAAAAAAAAAAAAGUUUACGUUCUCAGAGAGUCUUAAUCCUUAAGUCACUUUUGCAUUUUUAGGGGAGGUUGUGUGGACUUGCAGCUCUGAUUUAUGAUAUGCCUGUCCCCACAACCUAGAGAGUGCCCUUACUAAGCAUAGAGGGGAAACUGGUCCCUCUCCCUUUUCAUGUAGAUUUCUCCCCCUACUCCUGCAUAGCUAGGAUGUCCUUCCGUGCCCUGAUGCCCUCCAGAGAUUAAGAACCAGUCAUUUAGUCUUUUCUUUUCACUUCCACAAGCAGCAGAAAAUAAAGCCAUCCUUCUGGAAGGGAAGCAGUCAAAAUCAUUUGUAAAAGUGUUAAAAAAUAAAAGACACCCAUUAAUCGCAAAACAAAAUGACAAAAAAAGAAAAAAAAUCACUACCACAGUUUAUGCUGCCAUUUGUACGCUAGCUAGGACCACCUUCUUAUUCUGUUUUUUUUAAAUAAGAUAUUUAUUAAGGUUUUCAAAAUAUUACAAAAGAAAAAUAGAAAAAAGAAAAAUGCAAAAUAAAAAUAGUUAAAAACAAGUCAAUAUUUCCAUUACUUAUUUUUCAUUAGCUUUUUUCCCGGACCUCCUCACGCCUCCCUUUUUUGUAUUCCAGUUCAGUUUGUUGGUUCAGCAAAUCCUUCCCCUCUUUGAUUAUCCUAAUCUUUAAUCUUAAAGUAUUGUAACAUUAAAUUUUUACCUGUUAGUAAUCCAUUUUUCAUAUUCCCUUAUAAUAUUUCAGCUAAAAACCAUUUAAUUUCUAUCCAACAUCAUUCUAACAUUCAUUAAUUUUACAAUAUUUCUGUAAAUAGUCUUUAAAUUUCUUCCAAUCUUCUUCCACUGACUCUUUUCCCUGGUCUCGGAUUCUGCCAGUCAUUUCCGCCAGUUCCAUGUAAUCAAUCACCUUCGUCUGCCAUUCUUCCAGAGUGGGUAGAUCUUGUGUCUUCCAAUACUUUGCAAUGAGUAUUCUUGCUGCUGUUGUGGCAUACAUAAAAAAAGUUCUAUCCUUCUUUGGCACCAAUUGGCCGACUAUGCCCAGGAGAAAGGCCUCUGGUUUCUUCAAGAAGGUAUAUUUAAAUACUUUUUCAAUUCAUUAUAGAUCAUCUCCCAGAAAGCCUUAAUCCUUGGGCACGUCCACCAAAGGUGAAAGAAUGUACCUUCAGUUUCUUUACAUUUCCAACAUUUAUUAUCGGGCAAAUGAUAGAUUUUUGCAAGCUUGACUGGUGUCAUGUACCACCUGUAAAUCAUUUUCAUAAUAUUCUGUUUUAAGGCAUUACAUGCCGUAAACUUUAUACCUAUGGUCCAUAACUGUUCCCAGUCAGCUAUCAUUAUGUUAUGUCCAACAUCUUGUGCCCAUUUAAUCAUAGCAGAUUUCACCGUUUCAUCCUGAGUAUUCCAUUUCAACAGCAAGUUAUACAUCUUUGACAAAAUCUUGGUUUUGGGGUCUAACGAUUCUGUUUCUAAUUUUGAUUUUUCCACCUGGAAGCCAAUUUUCUUAUCCGAAUUAUAUGCCUCCAUUAUCUGAUAAUAAUGAAGCCAAUCUCGCACUUUGUUUUUUAGUUUCUCAAAACUCUGCAGUUUCAAUCUGUCUCCCUCUUGUUCCAGAAUUUCCCAAUAUUUUGGCCAUUUGGCCUCCAUAUUGAGCUUUUUCAAUGCUUUCGUUUCCAUUGGUGACAGCCACCUUGGGGUUUUAUUUUCCAAUAAAUCCUUAUAUCUUAUCCAAACAUUAAACAAUGCUUUCCUGACAAUAUGGUUCUUAAAUGCUUUAUGUGCUUUGAUCUUAUCAUACCACAGAUAUGCAUGCCAUCCAAAUACAUUAUUAAAACCUUCUAAAUCCAAAAUGUCUGUGUUUUCAAGAAGCAGCCAUUCUUUCAACCAGCAAAAAGUUGCUGAUUCAUAGUAAAGUUUAAGGUCUGGCAGGGCAAAUCCACCUCUUUCCUUUGCAUCUGUUAGUAUUUUAAAUUUAAAUUUUAUUCUAGGCUUCUUGCCCUGCCAGACAAAUCUAGAAAUAUCUCUCUGCCACAUAUUUCGAGAUAUUUCCACCUUCUUAUUCUGGAUUAACUAAUCCAGGCUAAAAUGCAUCAAUUGGGGCACAACAUGCAUGCCUUUGAACCACCGUGUCACACUUACAUUCCUGAUUGGGUAGGGAAUCUGUGGCUCUCCAGAUGUUGGACUCCAGCCCCAGCCAACAUGGCCCAAAGUCAGAGAUGAUGGGAGUUGUAGUCCGGCAACACCUGGAGGGCCACAGGUUCUCCAGCCCUGUUUUGGAUUAGUCAUAUUGCAAUCCUAUCAUAUCUACUCAGAAGUGAGUGACACUGAGUUCAGUGGGGCUUAUUCCCAGGAAAAUAUUACAGGAUUGUGUUGUAUGAGGGGCUGGUGGACACACAGCAUACAGUGGUGCCUCGCAAGACGAAAUUAAUUCGUUCCGCGAGUUUUUUUGUCUAGCGAAUUUUUCAUCUUGCGAAGCACGAAAUCCCAUAGGAAUGCAUUGAAAUUCAAUUAAUGCGUUCCUAUGGUCAAAAAAAGUCCAAACAAAGCCAAAUUUGGUACAACAAGAGUUUAUUAACUGCUCUUUAAAGUCACACAUACUGUAAAGAGCAUUUCAAAAAUUGAAGGAUCAAUAAAAAUCAUAAAAAUUCAGAAAAAAACCACACAAGCUUUCAGAUUCUUGCAAACCCCUCCUCAACUGUUCCCCCAGCCACCCACCACACAGAAAUUCAAAUCCAGAAUUUUUUUAAAAAAACAGCAGAGUGGCCCAAUGGUCACAGAAAAUCAUAAAAUUUUUUAAAAAAACCACACAAGCUCCCAGAUUCAUGCAAACCCCUCCUCAACUGUUCCCCCAGCCACCCACCACACAGAAAUUCAAACCCAGAAUUUUUUUUUAAAAAAACAGCAGUGUGGCCCAAUGGUCACAAAAAAUCAUAAAAAUGCAGAAAGAAAACACACAAGCUUCCAGAUUCUUGCAAACCCCUCCCCAACACCAAGUCCUUGAAUUCCAAACACCCCAAUCCAAAAUCCAAAACCCCCCAAAAAAGUUUUAAAAGUUUAACUUACCAAAUGGCUGCAUUUUGAAGUUUUGGAAAAGCUUCAAAAAUCGCCAAAGUCUUCAAAAACCUCAAAAAAGGCUACCACACUGCGUGCUAUGAGUUGCUCCUCGAAGUCAAGUCGCAACUGCACCUCUUCAAGCAAUGCACCUUGGUUUUAACAGUUUUACGAAAAAGGAAACAAACUUGCAAGACGUUUUCGUCUUGCGAAGCAAGCCCAUAGGGAAAUUCGUCUUGCGAAGCAGCUCAAAAACCGCAAAACCCUUUCGUCUAGCGAGUUUUUCGUCUUGCGAGGCAUUCGUCUUGCGGGGCACCACUGUAUUUUGACCAUUCAUUGUUCUUCGCUGAUGCCUGACUUCUGGAAUUUGGUUUGUGAGCAAACAGAAAUUCAUUUGAGUUGGGGGGAGAUACCACAGGCUAAAUAAGAACCUCUUUUGAGUCUCAGUGUGGGUAGAGUAGCCAUUUAUUCAGGUUCUGAGUUCAAGACCUUGGGAAAUGCCCUGUCUUUAGCCUGCUGUGAUCAGGCUAUUCUUUGUACCAAUAUUUCCUCUCGGAUUCUGACAUACAUCUAGAGUUGGUGUAGCAUGUCAGAACCAUUGAGUCAGCUCCAGUCAGCUCCCUCCUGGAAGUAGUCAGCAGGUCCACCGGGGACCAGAGUGCAAUGCGCCACAUCUCUCUAUCUCAUUCUCUCUAGCGCCCCCUUUAGGUUGCUGCUUGCAUCCUCACCAGCUCAAGAGCCCCUCACCUUCCUCCUAAUUUCUCCGUUCCUCCCCUGAAUCCUUUGCAGCAAUAAAAUGGGCAUCAAGGACCGCAUCCGCCUGAACAAUUCCCAGAGGCAGGGCAGCCGGGGGAAGCAGCAUUUGGUCCCACCUCUCCGCCGCUCUCCCAGCACUGAGAAUGUCAACGAGGCCACCAGCCCCACCAAGGUGCAGAAGAGCUGGAGCUUCAAUGACAGGACAAGAUUCCGGGCCUCAUUGAGGCUGAAGCCCCGGACACCUGUGGAGGGUAGGUCUUGGGAGCACCUACAGUUUGGGGUUGUGAAGGGGUUCUGGGGUGGGGAGAGAAUGUUGCAGAGUGUGCUUCUCUUUAGGGGCUGCUCCUCAAGAUGCCUGCAGAAGAAAGAGUUCUAGACAGCUUGAGGAAGCGAGCCAAGCCACAUGCUACUACAAAAGGAAGGAAGGAAGAAAUAAAGACGUCAUGGGGUCAUUAAUCAAUCUGAACCUGCUAGGGGAAUUUCAUCCCUGUUCUAAAUAUGAUAUUGAUAGUAUGCAACAGCAGCCAUCAACUGCCCUGUUCCUGCCCUUCAAUCUUCACAACUUUUAUUUGGAUGCAAGCUUAUACUACAGUGGUACCUCGGGUUACAUACAAUUCAGGUUACAUACACUUCAGGUUACAGACUCCGCUAACCCAGAAAUAAUACCUCGGGUUAAGAACUUUGCUUCAGGAUGAGAACAGAAAUUGCACAGCAGCGGCACGGCAGCAGCAGCAGGAGGCCCCAUUAGCUAAAGUGGUGCUUCAGGUUAAGAACGGACCUCCAGAACGAAUUAAGUACUUAACCCGUACCACUGUAUUGAGCAAUUGUUGGAUAAACAAAAUCAGAGCAAAAAGGGGAAAACACACACAGGGUGUGUGUUUGAUGGUAGGGAGAAGCAAUUAUUGUGCAAAUGAACUGAUGGAGGGUGGAGAGAAAUCAAGAGGAAAGUGGAGGGAAAUUUGUGAAUGGUGGGCUGUGCACAGAGGUUUCUGCCUUCCUUAAACUGACUAAGAAGGCAUGAAUGCCAGGCAAGUCACUCUCCUCCCAUGAAGCCCUGUUUCUGCUCACAGUUGAUGGACCUGCAGAGGAAAGCAGUGAGGAGAAGGCCUACCAGUGUGACUUGACUUUUGAGGACAUCAUGCCUGCUGUGAAGAUGCUCAUCAGGGCAGUGAGGUGAGCCCUGUGGGGCAAGUGCUCUUGGUUCAGGCCCCUGGGGGCCUUUGUCUUGUGUUAUUUGGCAAGUGUGGCUCUGGGUACCCCUUUCCUCCUUUCAUCCAUCCUCUCUGAUGGAUUGAUGCCUUGCUUUUGAUGAGACAACUUGAACUUUGUGAUGGGGGUGGCUGGGUAGUUGACAUUAGGUAGUUGACUCCCCAUUUCUGCACCUGUCUGAAUGAGGGCAUAGGUGGCAAAUACCCAAGUUUUACAGAUUGUUCCCUUUUCUGGGCUCAGAGCCCAGUACUGCAAGCGCACGGAUAAGGAUAACAUCAAAGCAAGCCAAUUAGCUUAUAUCAAAGCAAACAAAUAUAAACAUAUAUGACAACAACUACCAAUUAAUUGUGGGGUUAUCUUGACUACCAAGGUGGUGUUAGCAAAACUUCCGGGACACUUUACCUUUGGUUCAGCACACCUGGUUGGCCAUGGUGAGAACAGGAUGCUCUGGCUAGCUAAUCCUUUGGCUUGAUCCCGUGCACCUUUUCUAAAAUUCUUACUGGGCUACAUGGACCAGUGGUAAUGGAAAUGGGUUGGAGCAUCUACUUUGCAUGGAUGAGGUCCCACUACCUGGUAUGGAUAGACAAGUCUUCUGUCUGCAGCCCUAGAAAGGUGCUACUUGACAGAGCAGACUAUGCUAGAUGGGCCAGUGGUCCGUCUCUCUGUAGAGCAGCUUUCAUCAAAUUAUAAGGCUGCCUUUCCCUCAAGCCUUCUGGAUUCUUACAUUUUUGCAGAAUCCUCAAGUUUCUGGUGGCCAAGAGGAAGUUCAAGGAGACGUUGCGUCCGUAUGACGUCAAGGAUGUCAUUGAGCAGUACUCAGCUGGUCACCUGGACAUGCUCGGCAGGAUCAAAAGUCUCCAGACCCGGUAAGUGGAGCUGCCAAUGCCUGCUUGGACUAUAGUUUCUCUUGUAGGAAACCCACUUUCACCCAGAACCUGCCUCCCUCCUUUCCUCCUCCCCCCUCCCUCCCUCCCAGUGUUGUUGAACUACAACUGCCAUCAUUGCUCAUGGGGCUUCUUCCCUUGUGCUUGAUCCCUACAGUCAGUGCAGAAUGUUGCAGCAUAACUGCUGACAGGAGUGAGACCCUUCCAACAUAUAGCACCUGUGCUCAGGUGUCUGCGCUGGCUGCCAGUUUACUACCAGGCCAAAUUCAAGGUGUCACUAUUAAUCGAGAAAGCCUUUAUUAGCUAGGGUCCAGUUUACAUGUGGAAUCACUUUGCCCAAUAUAUUCCCACCUGGCUGCUUCAAUUUGUAGCACUUGCAUGGUUGCAGGUGCCAUGUAAUACUUGCUCAGCAUUUAUAAGAAAUCUGUAGCCAUUCUUUGGCACUUGCUGCCUCUUGGCAUCAGGCAAGGUAUCUUCAUUUAAAGCACAUUACUUCCCCCAAAGAAUCCUGGGAACCCUUUUUUAAAGGCUGCUUGGAAUUAUAGCUUUGCGAAAGCAAGAGGUGAUAUGGUUGGAGUUUAUGACAUUAUAAGUGGUAAGGAGAAAGUGGAUAGAGGGAGGGGGGAAACUCAUUCCUCUCUCCUCCUCCUCCUCCUCCUCCUCCUCCUCCUCCUCCUCCUCUUCUUCUUCUUCUUCUUCUUCUUCUUCUUCUUCUUCUUCUUCUUCUGUGAUCACUCAUAGCCGAGUAAGCUUGUCUUCCAUGAACACGGACUCAUGGGCAUCUAAUGAAGCUGAAUGUUGAAAGAUUUGGGAAAUAUGAAUGAAAGUAUUUCUGCAUGCAUAGAACAGUUAAACUACAGAGCUCACUCCCACAGGAGGCAGCAAUUGCCACCAACUUGGAUGGCUUUAAAAGAGGAUUAUCAUGGAGGAGGAUCCAUGAAAAGAGGAUCAUGGAGGAGGAGGAGGCUAUCAAUGGCUAGCAGACAUGAUGACCAUGCUCUGCCUCUAUGGAGGAGUGCUUCUGAAUGCCAGUUGCUCGCCCUUGCAUCCUUAGCCCUCCAUGCAUUGUUGCAUCUGUGAUUUCAUUUUCCUGCCUGUCUCUUCUCUCUUCCUUGCCUGGCAGUGUGGAUCAGAUUGUGGGCCGGGGAGCUGUCGCUAUCGAUAAGAAAAAAGGGGAGAAGACACCACUGGAGGUGGAGCUGGCGGACGACUUCAGUAUGUUGGGCCGAGUGGUCAAGGUGGAGAAGCAGGUACGGCUGGAAGUGGAGGAUGGAGGGAGGGAGGGAGGGAGGGAGGGAGGGAGGGAGGGAGGAAGGAAGGAAGGAAGGAAGGAAGGAAGGAAGGAAGGAAGGAAGGAGGGAAGGGUCUGUAAUGCACACACUUGAGAGGCCUCUUGCAACCCCCAGCUAGGAAUAGCUUUAUAUGUGGUCAAUUUAAAAAAAUGUUUUAAUAUUUUUUUUAGUGUUUUAUCACAUCUGUCACACUGAGCUCCUUUGGCAGGAAAGGUGGGAUGUGAAAUAAUAUAUUUAUUUAUUUAUUUAUUUAAUUAGCUAAACUAAGGCCUCGUUGCCAGCUGGAACACAUAGUGGCCAUGAGAUCAAAGAAUUGCACUGAACACUCAUUAGAGAGAACUUGGCUGCAAUGGUGGCAGACUUUCUGAGCUACUUUUUCAGCUAGGGACUCAAUCAAAUCUAGAAGCUAGAGAUGUGAAAGUUGAGUUUCUCCCCUUUUGAGGUUUUCCCUUUCCACUCUGAUCCAGGGCACCAGAGGGCCUUUUUCUCCCCCACCCCUCUCUCGUCUUGCUCUGCAGUGUGGCAAGGCUCAACCAGGGCGUAGGAUACAGUGAGGUUCAAGCUACAUGCAAGACAAAGCAGGGCUCAGACUAUGCUCUGGAGUUACUGCAGUUGAAACAGAGCCCUGACAGAGUAGCAGCAACAGAUGCAGCCUAAUUGUUGAAACUUCCUCUGCUUAAAGGACUUGGCCUUCUCUAAUAAUCUCCUCCAGCAAUGGAACAGGGGAGGUUCAGGUCUUCCUGGGUCUUUUUACAGUGGAGUUGUGAGAGGAAGACAAUGCCACAUUCUUGGCUUGACUCCUUCGGGAGCAGUGCCUUCCCCUUCAGGUUUAGUGUCCUCACCUCCAUCACCUGAUGGAAAGCAACCCAACUCCUGGCCUUUGACAGACCUCUCUUGCUUUGUGCAGGUGCAGUCCAUUGAGCACAAGUUGGAUUUGCUGUUGGGUGUCUAUUCUCAGUGCUUGCGGAAAGGGUCCGUGAACUCCAUCAGCCUGACGGCAAUGCCAAUCCCCACCGGGGAGCCUGACAUCACCUCUGACUACCACAGCCCUGUGGACCACGAGGACAUCUCUGUCUCUGCUCAGACCUUGAACAUCUCCCGGUCGGCUAGCACCAACAUGGACUAAGAUGGCGUCCAGCCUAGCCAUGUGGUCGUUACACACCAGCCAUAUUAGGGAGGGCGGCAUCUCUCCGCUUCCAGGGCAGAAGGAGGGAUAGACAAACGUUGCCGGCUGCUCUGACAGACAACGCUCCGAGAGCGAGAGCCCUUUGUCACCCUCGCCAUCCUGGUGGGGCGCCAACUGACUCAAUGCACCUCAACUUUACUUGAAGUCUUCCAGCUGCAGAACAAAGCCGCUAUUACUGGGCGUUCCAAGAAGGAUGCAGUUUUCAUGCCCUCCGUAGAGCCAUUGUGGCACUUCUGUGGCUUUUUAAACAAAAAGUGCUAAAUAGCAGCACCUGGCAGUCUGAACUACAUGGGGCAGGUGGUCUUCCCCAUGGGGAGAAAGCCACGCUAGCCUGAAACAUGAUGCAGAGGGCUCCAUCCUUUGCCCUUCAGCCUUUGAUGAGCAUCUUUUAAGGUUCUCUUCUAUCAAAAGCAUCUCCAGGUGCAUCCAACUUCAUAGGGGCUGGACCCUCCUUUGUCACAGAGGUACCAGGGCUGAAGAGCCACCAACAGCCCCUUCCCCGAGUCCAGCAAAUAACACCAGUGGUUCCAGACACUUUACUUUAUUGGCUUGUAUCUGACCGCCUCUGGCUCCAGACUUCUACCAGGUCGGAGAUGCUUACUAACAGCUAUGCAAAUGCUAGGUAACCCUUUCUUCCCCGGUCAAAAGCAAGGGGCAUUGCGACUCAAGUGAAUGUGGUUUCUUACCUUUGCAUCUAGAAGAGAAUAAUAACUGGCAAUGUCUAUUCCUGCUCUUGGCAGUGUUUAAGCACCUUGGCUCUUCCCCCACUCACCCCCACCAGGUAGUGGACGUUGCUCUGUGGCCCUGAUAUCAUAAGCACAGCGGGACCUUCCUCGCAGGGGAAGUGCUUCCCAGGUGCAGAGCAAACACGAUAUGCAACAAUCUUAAAUAUGCAACCUGAAAUCAAUCUUUACAGUCGAUCAGUGGACUUUGAGCCUCCCCUGACUAGGACACGGAGGCAAUCCUGAUGCCUUUAUAUGCUCACCUAAGAAGGCCAAAUCCAGCUGGCCAGCAGCAGAGAAGUUCCUGGUGACCUGCAGGGUGUGUUGCAUCUGUUUCCUGUCUUUAGGGCAGCAGCCAGCCUGUCCCAAGGGAUUGUGCCUCCCUUGCAUCCAAUAGCAUUAGGCUUUCAUGAUUAGAGGCUCUGGUUUUGUGGUGGUUACCUUGACGGAGGGCGCUCUGGCGCAGCUUUAGAUCCUCCCUCCCCUCAGACCACCUAACGAAUCCAGCCCCUUUGCUAGCGGACAGACCCUGGUUGACCCCCGAUUUCCACCCCUCAGUCUCCUGCAGGCAGCCCACUAAACUGCCUUCCUAUGAUCCUCACCAAAAGCUUGUUUCCAACAUCAUUUCAAGCCCCAACCUCUGCAUCUUUGGGAGCUGUUCCCAUUACGAGGCUGUGCCUCUAGAUAUGAUACGGUAUUCUAAUUUAUUUUUUAUGUUAUUACUAUAUUUCUGUCCCACUUUCUCCUCCAAGAAGCUCAAGGGUGGUGCACAUAGCUCUCCCCAUCCCUGUUUUACCCCCACAACAACCCUGUGAGGUAGGUCAGGCUGAGAGGCUACGACUGGCCCAAAGUCACCCAGUGGGCUUCAUGGCUGACUAGGGCUUUGAAUCUUGGUCCCCAAGGUCCAGAACUCUAACUCGCCUUCCUAAUAACCUUUCCCAAUUAGUUUGUUUUGCUGUUUUCUUAAUCUUAAUUGCAAUAAGCAUCACUGUAGACUUCAGUCUUGAGUGUGCUUUCUUGGGGAAGAUCAGUGGCUAAGGCCUUCUCAACACAUUACCAUUCCAGGUGUGUGCUAUUACAAAAAACAACAGUGACAACAACACUUAGGUAGGGGUGGAUAAUCUUUCUUUAGCUUGAGGGCCGCAUUUCCUGAUGGGCAAGCUUCCAGGGGCCGCAUGUCCUGGUGGGAGGGUCCAGAGGCUAAAGUGGGUGGAUCAACAGGGGUGACUUUUGUCUAGUAGGCAACAUUCCAACUAAGCAAGAGCCAGAGGUUUCUACCUACACCCACACGCAGCACACCCCUCUCCAUCUAGGCAAACUUGUGUCCUGUGUUCCAAGGACACAGGCAAAACACUUGUGAAAGGAAUGGCCUGGGGGAAAGGGGCAUGGACUAGGAAGAAUCGUGGCCUGUGAAAAGCCCCAAGAGCCAGAGAGAGAGAGAGGCCAAUGGGCCUGAGAUUUCCCAACUCUGCUUUAGAAAUUCAUCUGCAAAAAUAAUGUACAAACCAGAUGUGUCUAAAAGCACAUGCAUCAUACCAGCAUGCAUGUCAGAGGUCCACAGUUGACUGCAGCUCUGCCGAGUUGACACUCUGCCGCAAACCUGAGCUUGCUGCUGUUUAAGCAGUGGCCCUUAGAUCUAGUAGUUUGAGGGGACCAUAUACUUCCUCGCUCUCCAUUUCUAUUGCACAUUUCUUGUUGGUACAGAGCCAUCCCACGAUAAUUUACAAGCUUGAAUGUCUUGUUCCUUUCUGCCUUUCCUCCCCUUUUUCUGGCCUCUACCUGGCCACCUGGAUUUCACAGUGUACUCCCACCCUGAUUGGAUAAUUAAUUAUUUUUAAGCAGGAGAUCAGAUCAAAGUCCUUCCUCUUCCUCAUUGUUUCUGUCUUCCUCUUUGUCUCUCUUCCUCUUCCUCGUUGUUUCUGUCUUCCUCUUCCUCAUAGUUUCUGUCUUCCUCUUCUUCAUGGUUUUUGUCUUCCCUUCCCCACUGAUUUUGUCUUCUCUUUCUUAGCGCCACCACCACCAUUGCCAUACAUGAAGUUGGAGGAGGGUUUAAAACUGGAAGGUUAUCCCUUUUUUUUCACCUCACAGGCAACAUCACCAGGGUGAUCCAGUUGCCCCAGGAGGUAUCAGAUUAGGGGGAGGGCCCUGCUUCCAUUUCACGCCUCCUUAGGGUGCAUGCCACAAAAGCCCCUCUGGCCUCCCGUGCACCUUUCUCCUUUGCAUGCUCAUGCAUGUGUCUUGAAGAAAUGGCUAGAGCUCUUCCUGACUUCUCAGCCCACUGAAGCCCACCUCUCCCCACCUCUCAAUGCACUGAACACGGCGUCUUUGGAGAACACACCCCAAGUCUUCCAUCCAAGACGGACGUCUCCAAAAGUGGGAGGGAGAAGGGGCUUGUGCGGUUGGGGGAGGAAGAGAGGAGGGGCAUGGCUUUGACCAACCAAGGUAAAUGAGGUGGACCCUCCAAUGGAUUUCCAAAUAAACCCUGUUUCUGAGACAAUGAAUAGUUACCUCACUUUAUUAACUUAUUAACUUAUUUGUUUCAUUAAAGUUUUCAGUAGACGGUU